AUGAGUUCCUAUUUUGUGAAUCCUCUCUUCUCCAAGUACAAAGGCGGUGAGUCUUUGGAACCCACUUACUACGACUGUCGCUUCCCACAAAGUGUCAGCAGGAGCCAUGCUCUGGUGUAUGGUCCGGGCACCACAGCCCCUGGCUUCCAGCACCCUUCCCACCACGUCCAGGAAUUCUUCCACCAUGGAUCGUCAACCAUCUCCAACACUGGAUACCAGCAGAACCCCUGCGCCCUCACAUGCCAUGGGGAUGCUUCAAAAUUCUAUGGCUACGAGGCUCUACCGAGACAGUCCCUUUAUGGUGCCCAGCAAGAGGCGAGCGUGGUGCAGUAUCCUGACUGUAAAUCGUCUACCAACUCAAGCACUAGCGAGGGACAAGGCCAUUUAAGUCAAAAUUCGUCUCCCAGCCUCAUGUUCCCCUGGAUGAGACCACACGGUUAGGACUUUUCUUACAUUCUCUCUUUUUGUCUCUUCUUCACGUUGUGUCUGUUUGUGAGCUUGUUUUGCUUCCUGUGUGUGUGUGUCAUUUUCCUGUUACCGAAUAGCUAGCAGAGCCUGUUCCUUAUUUAAAGUGUUAAAUCUAGGGAUUGUUGCAAUCGUAUAGCAAUAAAUAGUGCAUGGGACACAGUUGUUGCCCUUUUUUUGUUCCACAGUAAUUCCUAGUCAGCAGUUUGUUGGUGAAAUAGAAAGUAUUUAAGGUGUUUUAAGUACAGAUCUUUUGAACUCACAAUGUACUGAGUUAUUUUUAUGGCUUGCCUUGAGGAGAACUGUAUACAGCUCCCACGAGGUUAUAGGGCUGCUUUUAAGGACAGAGCUCUUUCAUAAAGCCAUAUAGUUUAUCUUAAUGGGUUAAGAGUUAAAAGGAAAGAAAUCGCAGUAUUUAGAAAAGAGAAAUUCUUCCCUCAACUAGCCUGCCAGUUAGUGUUUGCAGUGGUGGACUGACUUCAGCUAGACUGGAAAAAAACUCGAUCCAAAUUAAAUAUCUCCUAUUUAUUCUAACCACUUCUUUUCUAAAAUUAAAAUGUAUUCCAAAGCAAAACUGCAACUUCAAAAUUCAAAUCUACUGGCGGGAAGUGCAUGUCCUCUCCAGGAGGAUUAAAAAUCAAUUUUGAGGGCACGUUUAAAUUAAAGAAUAAAAGACUGUGUGAAAAUAAAACAUACUUUCCCUUCAGACACGAAAAUGGGCCAUAAAACUGUUUUAAAGUUGCCGCCCUGAAAGGCUUGAUUUAUAGUUAACGCAACAUACAGAUAGUUGCAAGUUCUAGACUAUUGUUUACACUGCUUUUACUAUGAACCUAUAAAGAAUAAUACUUUAUUGCUUCUUAUAGUAAAUACAAUGACAACAACAACAAAAAGUAGUUAUAUAGUAAAUCAGGAGACUUUUAUUAUUAUUUUUUAAUAUUAAUUUAGGCUCUUUAACUUUUUUUUUUAAUAGAUUUAAAUUAAAUUUUUACAUUGGAAAACCAGGAAAUGCAAAAACAAACAAACAAAAAAAUCCUAUUAUUGUAAACGCACACACUAAUAUAAAUACCACUUUAUUAUUAUUUGCACUGUUGAUGUUAUUGUAACCACUGCAGACAAUCAUAAUAAUUCAUAUAUUUGUCUAAAUAUUUUUUUUAAUAGCAGAGAUCUGCCAUUGUGGAGCUUUAAAUUGUUCAGGUAUUUAACAAGACACAAUGUUGCAGGAAGCAAGGCAGCCAUAUGCAUUCGAGGGAGCUGAUUUCUCCAGUGUUCUAAGCACUGAUACUGUUGUUUUUUUUGUUUUUUUUGCAGCUCCCGGAAGGCGCAGUGGCAGACAGACUUACAGCCGGUACCAAACACUAGAGUUGGAGAAAGAGUUCCUUUUCAAUCCAUAUUUGACGCGGAAGCGCAGGAUUGAGGUCUCCCACGCCCUGGGACUGACUGAGAGGCAGGUCAAAAUCUGGUUUCAAAACAGGAGAAUGAAAUGGAAAAAGGAAAACAACAAAGACAAACUACCCGGGGCUCGAGAUGAAGAAAAGACUGAAGAAGAAGGGAAUGAGGAAGAGGAGAAAGAGGAGGAAGAGAAGGAGGAAAGCAAGGAAUGAUUUGGAGUGUGUGAGUUGAGCUGUGAGUGAGUGAGUGAGUGUGAGUGUGAGUGGAAACUCUCGUUUUAUGGUAGAUGUAAAAACAAAACGUUUAUGGCGAUCAUUUGCUUUUAUAGAGUAUAGAAGGGGAGAAACACAACAGUAACUACCUGUCACAAGACCCAGCCUUUCUGCUUGGCCAGGACUCCCUUAGCAUUUCGUUAUGGUUUGUGUGGGAAGGGGCAUUUUCAUUAACUUCUUAUUUAUGUCCUACAAGUCCUGAGAUAUAGGCUAAUAACUUAUAAAUAAAUAUAUAUACACGUGAAGAACCCUGCAAAGGUUUACAACAGACUGACAUUUCUCUAAAACAGCCACAAUAGUAUUAAUUCCUUUUUAUGUGAAAAAAAACCCUACUUAUUCCCAUCUUUUUUUCUCUUCUUCUUCCUUUUAUGAGGUCCAAUAAUUGAUGGCCUUUUUUUAUGUAAUCUACGUUCUAUUUAGAUUUAUGUAUUCAUAUAUGUGUGGGAAGGGAUGGGGGAGGGGGAAUACUUACCCUUGUUUAUAAUUUUAACCUUAUUGUGUAGAUAUCAUUGUUUCAUUUAAUGCUGUCUAAAAGGUGUUGUAUGCCUAUGGCUCUGUCAAGUUUAACUUGUCAGCAUGUGGAGUGCGUGUAGGGGGGUCCCCAAGAUAUCUAGAUGCAGCUAUAUCUUUAAGAAGCAACAUAUUUCAAUGUGUAUCUCAUAUUAACAGGCCAAGACAUUGGGAAAAAAAAUAACAACCCUGAAUUCAUGUCCCCAGUGCCCUGCUUUGUACAAGUUUAUCUCUGAUGUGUAAGCACUUCAAAUCUUCAUAUACUACCUAAAGGGGUCACGCAAUAAUCAUUAAACUAAUAACAAGCAAUGUCGGGGUCUCUGUAUCCCAUUCAAUACUAGGUCAGACUUAUUAAUGACUAGCAGUGUGACCCGGAUGCAAAGCUACUAAGUAGCAAAGAAUACAUACUGCAACUUGCAAUGUACCUAAUCACUACCUAUAGAAGGAAUAUGCUAUUGGGAAGUAUUUCUAACGCGUUUUUCGUUGUUUGUUGCUGCUUAUUAUUAUUUUAUUUCCCCAACAACUGAAACUGCCUAUAGUUGGACGCACAUUUUUUUUGUGUUACUUUUAUUGUGCUUACUAAAGUAGCUUAGGACUAAAUUGCACUGAAUGUAAAGUUAUCUAUUUGUCUUGACCUUAUCUGUUAUUGCAAGAGCUCGAAAUAUUAAAAAAACAAAAAAAAAACAAAACAAAAAACAACACAAAAAAAAUACAAAAAAAAAAUAAUAAUUAUAAAUUCAAAAACGUUCUUUGUUUUCUUUCUGUACCAGCCCUAGUAAAGCGUGUUCUAACUGAAUGUAGCAGUUGUGUCAUGAACAUGUUUCUGGACACGAAAACAUUUGUAUUGUAUACGUGAAACAUGAAAUAAUGAUGAUGAUGAUGAUAAUGAUGAUAAUAUUAAUAUUAAUAAAUGAUUUUAAAAUGAAAUUCCUUGGUGUAAAAUGUGCAUUGAUUGAGCAGGUAUCUGGAUGACAAACACAAUUGGCCUUGAAAUAGUUAAGUAGAACUUAAUAUAUUCUGUAUUAGGAUACAUGGAUUAGUCAGAUCAACGUGCCUAUUCAUUUCGUGUAGUGCUUUGCUAAAAAAAAUAAUAAAAAAAAUCACAUGUGGCUUUCAGAUUAUUGGUGUAAAAGGUGAAUCUUACACACACACACACACACACAUAUAUAUAUAUAUAUAUAUAUAUAUAUAUAUAUAUAUAUAUAUAUAUAUAUAUAUAUAUAUAUAUACAUAAACUUUCAGGGUUUCGCUAUGUUUGUGAGAACUACAGAUCCACGUGUACAAAUGAUCUCUACUAAACACCACGCUUAAAUAAACAAAUACAUUAUUAUAUAGAUAUAAAUGUAUAUAUCAAUAUGCAGAACUUCCAUUCAAGAGCCUCUGGUUCAAAGUAUUGAAAGGUCACAUUUUCUGCAGUCUGAUAAAAUAUUUUAAAAUCUCUCUACUUUGAUGAUUUUGCCUAAAGUUGCCAAUAGGGUUUUUUUUUUUCUGUUUUGUUUUCUAAAUGUGCCCAUCUAAUAAUAAAUUACAGUGACCCAUACUCUGCUGCAUGUACACAUGCUUAAUGCAUCUAACAGUCUGUCUGUCUGUCUAUCACUCUCUGUCUGCCUCUUAGUUUGUCUGUAUAUCCAUUAGUCAACUCAAAUUCUCUGUGCAUGUUAAUGUGUUAAUGCCAUUUAUGUUUAUGUUUACAUCUUUGAUGUGCAUAGUUUUCUGGGUUAUUAUUCAUAUUUUAUUGUAACUGUGAAUUGCCUGACAAGAAUGUUGCAUGAUUUGUAUUCAUGUAUACUACAGACAUCAUGUUUGUAUGUGGCUAUGUUUUGUGCACAUAGAUUAAUAAGACAACAUUUAUUUACUAUGCUUUAUCCAAUAAAUUGGUGAAAAUGGAAAACCUUAUUUGCAAAAUUAAGACCAAAAAGAACUGAUUUGGUAAAAAAAAAAAAAAAAAAAAGUCUCAAAUUCAGUUGUGUUGGAAAGUUUUCAUAACCUCUACUAUUUUGGCCUUUAUUCUGCAAUCCGUUCGACAAACAGGUCACCCCAACUCGCCGUUUAGAGAAUAUGCUCUCAUGCGUCUGCUAUAUCGCCUACAUUCCUCAGAGGAAAAAAGGGUUCUUGUUGGUGUAAACAGACACCUAUGAGAGAAUGUUACAACAUAUAAAUAGGUCUCCAAAGACUUCCCACCUGUUGGAACAAAUGGGACUCACACUCAACUACACAACUUUGAGUUUGGAAAAAUAAACUGUUUAAGGUUGAAUAAUAAUUUUGAAUGCUUACAAUUUAGUUCACUGAGGGUAAUAGUAGAAUAGCAGAACCCAUAUACCUACACAUAAUUGUAUAUUGUGGUUUCAAAGAAUAGGUGAGUCAUACAACAAUGGUGACGUCAUACACCGUACCAUCUUCUGUCUCUUGUUGCCUGGGAAGUUUCCUUUGUUUAUAAUUGAGAUAGGCCACUAGUGUACUGGGGAACACAAAGUUGGUGUGUAACCUAUUCUGUGCCAAUGUCCUGGGUUUCAACUACUCAAAACACCAGGCAUGUGGCAAAGUAAUAACUGCUCUGCUAGCAAAAACGCCAUAAAACUGCUCUCAAAGCUGCAGCAAAUGUACUGUGUGAUAGGAAUCACUUCCUGGACCUAUCCUGGGCAUAUGGACUGCAAAACCGCGAAAUCCCUCAUUUCUGGAAUUUUAACAACACUUGUUUCCUCAAUUUACUUUAUGGCCAAACACGAUUUACACCUCGAAAAGUUUAAAGAAAUGGCUUUUUUUUCAUGUCAAGAGUUUUCAUGAAAGCCAGCUCAGUGGAUGUGCUUGCAGAUGUUCCAUUGCUUACUAUUAUUUACAUUAAAUGAUAGGAACAUGCAAAUCUUAUACUGGGCACUUUAGGUGUGACCCUCAUACACCCAGCUAGACUCACAAAGUCAUCAUUAACAGUGUUACACACCGCCCAGACAAAAAGAAAACACAUCUAUAGAUAUAAAGAACAGCAAACUUCAAACUGUGUAGACAUAGUCCAUUCCAUAUAACAAGACUGCAUGUGGGACAUUUUGAGAACUUUACUUAAGUAACAUUGUAUCAGCAAUUAUCAUUGCAAGUUCUCUAUCUAUCUAUCUAUCUAUCUAUCUAUCUAUCUGUCUGCCUGUCUGUGUGUCUGUCUAUCUAUCUAUCUAUCUAUCUAUUUAUCUAUCUCUCUGUCUGUCUCUCUAUCUCUGUUUAUCUGUCUGUCUGUCUGUCUAUCUAUCUAUCUAUCUAUCUAUCUAUCAUCUAUCUAUCUAUCUCUUUCUGUCUGUCUGUCUAUCUAUCUCUGUCUAUCUAUCUAUCUAUCUAUCUAUCUCUAUAUCUUAAGUAACAUUGUAUCAGCAAUUAUCAUUGCAAGUUCUCUAUCUAUCUAUCUAUCUAUCUAUCUGUCUGUCUGUCUGUGUGUCUGUCUGUCUAUCUAUCUAUCUAUCUAUCUAUCAUCUAUCUAUCUAUCUCUAUCUCUUUCUGUCUGUCUGUCUAUCUAUCUCUGUCUAUCUAUCUAUCUAUCUAUCUAUCUAUCUAUUUAUCUAUCUCUCUGUCUGUCUCUCUAUCUCUGUCUAUCUAUCUGUCUGUCUAUCUAUCUAUCUAUCUAUCUAUCUAUCUAUCUAUCUCUCUGUCUGUCUCUCUAUCUCUGUCUAUCUAUCUGUCUGUCUGUCUAUCUAUCAUCUAUCUAUCUAUCUAUCUAUCUAUCUCUAUCUCUCUCUGUCUGUCUAUCUAUCUAUCUAUCUAUCUAUCUAUCUAUCUAUCUCUAUCUCUCUCUGUCUGUCUAUCUAUCUAUCUCUGUCUGUCUAUCUAUCUAUCUAUCUAUCUGUCUCUCUGUCUGUCUCUUCAACACAAAGACACACAAGUACACGUCAAUACAUCCAUACAUAGUUAUCUAUCCAUACAUGUGUGUAUAUGUGUUUCUAUCGCUUUAUGAAAGUAAUUGUAAAUAAUAAUAAAUUAUUUACUAUAUUAGCUUAUCUAUAACUGCAGAAGGGGAUAGACAUAUAGCUAGACUAUAUUUACACCCAUACACACAGACACGUAGGCACACACAACACUUCAAAUAAACAGACAAAUAGACAAACACACACAGUUGUUUCUUAAAGAUUAGUACAAUUCUCUUUUAACGAUUUAACCCAAAUUCCAUAUUCAAACUAAACGUUGCGUUUACCAAAAAAUAAGCCUUCUCUUUGAAUGUUAUUCAAUUCACAACAAAAACAACACACACAAAGCUUUUUAAGAAGCUAUAUUCUUUACAAUACAAUGGCAAGCUGCCAGUAUUUUUUUUUUUUUAAUUCCUUAUAAGCUUAUGACUUUAUUGCUGAUUCCACUUGGUGUUUAUGCUGAAGUCAACAGCCCCAAACUUCAAUCUUGAGAUUAAUACAAAAUCUUGUUUUUAUGUGAUUAAAUCAUUAUAUCAUUCUCCAAUAUAUGAUGGGGAUGAAAUGUUCUUACAGGGUAAAAAAAAGUAAUUUGAGGACGAUAUGCCUUCUCAGAGAGGCCUAUGAAAAUGAUCUUUGCUGUCUAUAGAUGCCUUUAAAUGGACCCAUUGACACGCCUGAAGGAAACUAUAGUAUUGCAAAAAUCAUUUUUUUUAUUAACCAAUCAAAAUUUCUUUCAAGACUCGUUUAAGAAAAGGGAAAUCAUAAUUCACUGGAAAGCUGAGCCAGAGCAUAUUGCUCAUUUUAAUUUAAUGUAUUAUUCUAAUCAAGGCAACAGAUACAUGAUAAUGUACCCAUUAAAAAGAAUGGAUAGGCUCUAUCCACUAAAGAGAAAACAAUGUAGAAUGAAAACUAAAUGAUAAAAAAGGAAUCUGAAACGGUAAAUAUGUGAACAAAGAUCCCUAAAAUCAGCACCCAUAAUGUGAGAAUAUGGCAGAGAUAAGUAAGGGGUGCAUUUAGAUAACACAGUACAAGCCUUAUUUGGGCUCCGAUUUCUGUGUUAUUUGCAAUAAUAUAAUGGAAGAAUUAAAUAGAUUUGAAUAAUAAGGUAGGUUUGUUCCACACAGUUGUUAUUACAGUGUAUAAGAUCGUGGAAUAAACCACAGGCUUUUAUUUAUUGUGCAAAAUCAGAUUUAUUUAUUAAUCUAUAUUUAUAUAUAUUUAUUUCCAAAUUUGGAAGACAAUUCAGUAAAGGGUAAGGUAUAUUCUAAACAGCGAGUUAAUAUUGAAAAAAAUGCAAUAAAAAAUAAAUAAAUCUAUUUUUCAAGUGGGUGUCAAGACUUAACUGCAUUGUGAUCCAUUGCAUAAACUACGAAUUGGAGUCAUUUUGAAACUCCUUGCAAAAUUAAGGUCAAAAUUAUUAAUUACGGAAAACAUAGGAGAAAAGAUUUUAUUUAUAUGCACUGCUAUAGUUCCAUAUUUUAAAGUUGAUUCCACUACAACUUACUGUUUUCAGUAAUCAAUUCAUCUGCAGUGAAUACACCCUAUGAUGACAGAAUACGUUAUUUUAUUUAUUUAUUUUUUAACAUUCUCUCAGUAUUUUUGUUUGUUUGUGUUUACAACUUGCACUUUGCUGAAUUAUUCUCUAGGUAGCAAAGGAUUAUUUUAGUAUAGUUUUUUUUAGUCCCUACUUAAGAAAAAAAAAUCGACUACAAAUGGUUUUUAGGGAGCAAUAAAACAAUAAAACUAGUUAAAAUGGCUUUUUAUAGAUAAACACCUCAUUGCUGUUUCAGGGACUAAAAUGGCUCCGCGUUUAGUUCCUAUGUCUGUCUUUGUUGGUCUCCAGGAUGAGAAAGCUUGCUUUGUACCCUAAAAGCCGUCAUUGCUUCAACACCAUUCCCCUCGUCGUAACUUUUAACUACUUGUUAUAAAAUUUAUUGGUGGUUCGUAAAGAAGACUAAAGGUAAUUCCCUUCCAUCCGGUUGUAAUACACCACUUCCAUUGUUAGGUGUGAGGUGAAAAAAAUACCAACUUUUAUUGAAGAAGAAAAUCAAAGAGCAUCAAUAUUUUAAGUAGUAUCUUCCUCAGUUGUUGGGUAAUAAAUAUACCUUACACAUAAACAACGUUUCUUGCGUCCAAAUAAGUUUAUUAGCAGAAUUUAAAAGCAACAGCAAAGUGAAAUAAACUGUGGCGAAUUAUAAACAACAAAAAAUGAAUUAAACGAAGGAAAUCACAAAAUAAGAAAUAAUAAGAUAUCAUUUUUAACAGAACGCUAUUUUUAUGGAUAUAUUUAUUUAUUUUAAUGUAGUCGUGAAACUAAAAUUGUCCUUACUCAGAGAAAAACGAAAUCUAAACGAAUUCUUAAACCAAAAGGAGAUAAAUCCAUUAAAAUAAAUUUAGCAGACAACAAUUUUUGAGAAAAGAUACGAAAACAAAGAGAAAAAUUUAAUGAUAACUCAAAAAUACAUUAAUAUGUGUGUGUGUGUGUGUGUGUGUGUGUGUGUGUGUGUGUGUAACUGUGUAUGUAUGUCUUUCUCACUCAUUAUAUUUUUUAAAUUUCUUCAAAAACAAAACACACUCAUAUAUAUAUAUAUAGAUAGAUAGAUAGAUAGAUAGAUACACAUACACACACAUAUUUAUAUAUAUAUACAUAUAUAUAUAUAUAUAAAUAUGUGUGUGUGUUCAUGUAUGAAUGUGUGUGUAUAUAUAUAUGUGUGUGUUCAUGUGUGUGUGUAUGUGUAAAGUACUCUAUGUGUACAUAUGGUACACACAUGCACACGAACAUAUAUAUUACAUAUGUAUCUGUGUGUGUGUUGAUACUUCAAAUAGCAUAAUAUUUGUUAAUUAUAUAUUCAGUAUGUCAUAAACGUAUAUUAAAAGUACUCACGAGAUACUUUUGAAUGUCAUUAGUAUCCACAAAGUUUCACGCUUUAAUCAAUAUAUCUAGAAGGAGGUUGAGAGUGUAUAUGGGAAAAACUAGGAAAAUGUAUAUCAAAAUGUAUCAUAUCAAAAUGUGAGUUUAAUUUAUUGCUAUACAGCAAAAUGGCCUUCACUGUGGACCUCUUUAAGGCUGGUUCUAUUCACCAAAUCACAUAUGGCUCAAUAAAGUUCAUCUAAUGAUCAAAAGUAUAUUUAAAUUUGAAAAACAAAAACAAAAAACAACAACAAUUAAGGAAACUGAUUUGUAUUGUAAUAACUACAAAUAAAGGUAAGGCCACAAAAAAGCGACAACAUUAUAUAUAUUUAUUUAUUUUUAAAUGGUGUUGUCGUCUUUUUUGUGGCCUUACUUUUAUUUUUUAUAUAUAUAUUUAUAGUGUAUAUGCAUAAACACAUAUAUGUUAAAAUGUAGUGUUGUCGCCUUUUUUACUAUAUAUAUAUUUUAUUAUAUACACUAUGAACUAGUUGUGCGUAUCUCUAUAUAAUAUAUAUCUAAUACUAUGUAUUUUAUGUUUGUGUAACAUUCUUGCAUGACAUAUUAAUUUUUUUACUGUAUUAAUUAAAACAAGUUACACACCACACAUUCACAGAAUUAGUUCAACAAACUAAGUGUAAUGAACAAUACAUUGAAUUAUGUUAAAGCGAAUAAUAAUAAUACAUUUAGGAUUUAGAUGCCAUUUUUGCAAUUCAUAUUCAGUUAAUUGGCAACUCCAUAGAUGCCUAUAUUCAGCUGUUUAUUUUUUUUUAUCUCUUGAUACAUGGCACACACUCAUUUUCUUAUCUAUUUAUUUAUUUGUGUGUGACGUGUGUGUGUGUGUGUAUAUAUAACAUUAUUUUUAUUUAUUUUUGUAACUUUAAUGAUAUAUAUUUUAUGUAUAUUUACUAUAUAUCUCUAUAUAUUAUAUGGCCGCUUGAGGGUUACGGAGAAGCCAUAAUCUGGUCUGGUAUAAGCAUAAGCAUACAUUUUAAAAGAGGCCUUAAAAAAAAAAAAAAAAAAAAACCUUGAAAAAAAUCCUAAUUACUUUAUUAAUUAAAACCCAUAAGCUUACACUAGCUCUGAUUUGAUCCUCAGGAAGCGAAGACUCCUAGGAUUAAUUAUUAAAAUUAGAAAUAAGUGUAAAGGUAAGAAAAAAACAUCAAAUAAUAAAAAAAAAUUGGGUAAUAUGGCGUCAAGAAAAGACAUUUGCACACGCCACAAAAUCCACUGCAUUCUUGGUUGUUUGCAGAAAAUUUACAGCUGAGCAAUAAAAGUUUACGACUGAAUCACAAGUUGGAUUGGCCACAGGAAGUCAUGUGGACUCUCCAUGAACGUGAACUUUUUAUUGUGGUUUCUCUUCUGAGUAUUUCUCUCUGCUCCUUGCUAUUACAGUCCGCCCAGAGCCAGGGAAAGGGCUUUUCAUCCUAUCUGAUUUUUAAAUAUAUUUUUGAUCAUCUUAAUAUUCCUUUUCCCUUUUUCUUUUCUUUUCCUUUUUUUGGGGGACUGGUGGAACACUUGCUUCGCUUAGAGGCAUUUUGGAACUGAAUUUACAGCACCUUUUGGUCGCCUCCCCCAAUUCCACCCCUAGGGGCAAAAGGCACUACGUUUCGUUUGGAGAAAGCAAAGAAUAAGAGAGCGCCGAGUUGUAAAUACCUUUUUUUUUUGUUUUUUUUUUCCUUCUCUGGUUUGACUUCCCUGCUGUAGAAGCAGAGGAUCGCUCCUGUCCCCACCUUUCUUUAUCCUAUUUUUUAUUUAUUUAUUUUUAGCCUGUUAUGUUUUCUUGAAGCUCCACACAGCAUCACCGGAUCAGACAGAGAGAGAGAGAAAGAGAGAGGGAGAGAGGAAGAGAGAGAAAAGAGAGAGUGUGACAGAGAGUGGCUGCCUUGGUAAGUGUUCUCUUAUUGGUUAAAAUAUCUAGCUAAUGGUCCAUAGCAAUGGGUGGUAAGGAAAUUAGACUGAACGUUCUAUUGUAGAAUCUUGUUUGCAAAAUAUUGUGAUAUGGUAGAUCUGCAGAAAUAGGUUAUUAAAGUGCAAGCUGGGAGUUAUUUUUUUCCCUUUAUGUGAUGUCAUUGGCUUUUUAAAAUUUAUUUAUUUAUUUUUUUACACAACGACAGUGUAGGAUACUAAGAUUAAAUCGCUCCUUGCUUGUCAAUUCCCCCCCAAUGUUGUAAGGCUGCUGUACAAGGUCUGAGGGCCUUACAAAAAAGGGGUGUGAUGCAAGACAGAACGAAAGAGAGAGAGAAAGGGAGAGAAGAUCCGCAAAGGAAUUGAGGUCGGAAGCUUAAAAAAACUGUAUGAUGAUGUUGAGGAUAGGAAGAAAAAUGAGAACUUUUUUUUUUUUUUUUUAAUUCUGUAAGAGUAAGGUUGAACUGAGCAUGCGCAGUAAGGGCAGUGCCACUAUAUCCAGAACUGUAUGCCAAUCUAGGUCUUUCUGGGUUAUUAUGUAAUUGGAAUGAGAUUCUAGUUUGUAUUUUUAAAUAGGUUUAUUUAUUCUGAGAAGAGGUUAAAGCAGUGACAAGAGUUGUGUUAUUAACCACUAAGGUGCUGUACUAGAAAUGGAUUUUAAGAUUUGAAAAUAAAAUAUAUAUAUUUAAUGCUAUUAAGACUCCCUAUCCAUGAUAAAAUGAUAUGUUUUAUUCUUCAUACAUAAAUAUAACAUGCUUUUUAUUCAUUAUUUUAUCAUAGUGUGCAUCUGUAGUAUUUCCUUUAUUUGUGAGUUCUGAUUUUCUAGGAAGUGAUAAUGCAAUCACAGUUUACAGUUCUUGUAGAAAUUCUUUAUUUGUUUUAUUUUCUUUUUUAGCUGAUUUUAUCUUUAUUUACAGUUUAGUAGCAACAAUAUAAAUGCAUAUAGACUUGUGAUAUUGUUGUAACGUUGUUUUAUGUCUAAUAUUAUUAAGGUAUAUUUGAAAUUGGAAAUAAAUACUGUGUGGAUUGCUUUUUCUACACUCAUGUUAAUCUUAGUGCAUUUGUGAGAAAAUAUGUGUUUCUAAAUUUACAGAUAUUAAAUGGAGUACACAAACACACACAAACACACACACACAAACACACACAAACAAACCUAUAUUCAACUUAAUAUCUAAUUAAAUUACAAUUUAAAUACACAUGGUUUGCACUGUGUGACUCGUUCAUAUGACCCUAAUGCUACUGAGUGUUUAUUUAACCUACUUAUUUGAUGCUUGAUGUUUAUUGCCACACCCAAGCUUAAUUAAAUCGAAAUGUACUUUUAGAAGCUGAAAAGCCAUGUGAGAGCUUUUUUCUUUAAACAAUAUGCAGACAGACUCUGUUUGGCCUAACAGUGUAUCCCAUGUUUUCAAUUAUUUAGAGACUGCAAGUAAAUAUACACGGUCGAUUUGUGUGUAUUUCUGUUUGCCUGCUGUCCUUAUUUGGGGGCCAUCUGGAUUAACAGUGAAAUGGGUGCUUCCCCAGCAGACCUUGUCUGCCUGCAAUCCCAGCCAGUUUUAUGGCUGUCCUGGCCAUUAAGACACAUACCAACAGAUCUUUUUAGGAGAUGUUGGUCAAUACUAGCCAUUCCGCCAUUGUUCUAUUCCUUAGCCACAAACGGAUAUGGUCUAGCCUCAGAAUUGUCCAUGCAAUGCUUGUGGAAAUGCAUUCCUGUUAACCCUUUCAGUGACGGGCUGAGAGGAGAUCUAUGCUUUGGAUUGUCCUUUUGAGUUUUGAAGCAGAAAGUAGUCUAGAAUUGCUUCUGGGUUUCAUACUCCCCGUGUGAUCUGUGUGUCUGAGUUACUCCUGGCUUUGAAUCUCCAGUAAUUUGAGGCCUAUGUGGCUUGGAAUCUCUAGGCUUUGUUUCAAUGUAUCAAUUUCUCUGUGUUUCCAUCUGUGGCAAACAUACAGACACAGGAAUUUUAUAUAAAUAAUCUAUCUGUCAUCCAAAGCUCUGGCUGCUUUCACAAAUAAACCCUUGGAGUAAAUUGCUAGAAAGCAAAUGAGUUUAAUAAGGGCAGCAUAGAUCGAGUUAUUCAGCCUAUUUAUAGAGCAAUAAGAUAGACAUUUCCAAUUCCUUGGAGGGAGAGGGGGAGCUUUUAUCCACCUGCUAUAAACUCGAAUUUUAAAUUAUUUUAAAUACUGGGCAGAAAAAACAAAACUAAAACUGCUUAAUAUCUAAACACAAUAUUAAUUUGUUUGCGUUAGAAUACUGGAAACCUGUAAACUCUCAGGCCUAUUUACUAAACAGUAAAAAACACAUUUCAAAUUUAGAAUAAAAUAAGCACGCUGUUUCUCAUACCUUAGCUGGACACCUUUUACGAAUAAACACUUUUUUUGCCUAAAUUUUACAAUUCGAGUUUCAGUUCACGAUAUUUCGCUGUUUAGUGAAUAAACACCUUGAGAAUAUUAACUAACGAAUUGUAGUUACCGGUACCUGAGAAUAUUGACUAGAGAACAUUAGGCCAACACAGAGUAGAUGGGAAAUCCAUUUUAACUAAAGGUUAGGGAUAUCGUUUUUUAAACAUCACUAGUUUGGCCUCAAAUUUACAAAAAAAAGGUUUUCAAAUCAAAACGCAUCCCUGUUGUAAAUAGGCCCUAUUAUCUUUUUUAUCAGUAUCUCAUUAUUCAAUGUUAGUAUUGCUAAUGCCAUCGCUAUUUUAUCAUUUAUCAUCAUUUAUACUUUUUAGUUCCUGAUGUGCGUUACUAUUUAUCAGGUAUAGAACAAAAAACAAUAUAUAUAUAUUGUUUAUUUAUUUCAUAUAUAAAAUAAAUAAUUAGUUUUAUAUAUUAUACACACACACACACACACACACACACACACACACACACUAUAUACAUAUAUAUAGUGUGUGUGCAGAUCUGUGUUUAUAAAAAUGUGUUUACUAUAUACACACAUAUAUUUACACAUAGCGCAGGUUAAUUUAAUGUAUUUAUUUUUUGUAAUUGUUACUGUUUUAUUGUGGUUGAUGCAAUGGGCAUGAUGUCUGUGUUGUUUGCGUUGCUUUUUGGAAAGACAUUCGUACAAUAGAAUUUUUCCUUGUUGCUACAAAUCUAUAUUCAGAAGGAAAAACGUUUCAGGUGUCCAUUUAAUAUAAAGCAGUUUUUAUGCUAUUCGAAUAUAUUUCAGGAGGAGCCCUGUGCUAGAUUUUUUUACAGAUACAAAAAAAACAAAAAAAAAAACCAGAAAGUGGUGUUAAAUAUUCUCUGUGUCUAUAAAUAUUUGAUGCCUUCUCGAUGUAUGUGUUCAUUUUGUUAUUUGGACUGGCAGUAAAACGUUCAAACGCUAAAAUAAGAAGGUAUUUAUUGAAGUGAGCAUUGAGUUAAUAAGAAAAUGAAAGCGUCUUUGCGUCUGUUCACAUUGCAUAUUUAUUGAGCAGAUUCUGGUGCUUAUUCCCUCGGUUUAAUCCGGUUUUUAAAUUUACAGUUGUACUUUGUAAUUGUAUAAAUACAGUAAUAACAAUAAAACCACAAUAUGGAAAAUGAUGACUUCGAAUGGAUUUUUUUGUUGUUGUUGUUGUUCAAACGUGGAUUACACAUUCUGGUUUUAUUAUAGCAGCCAGUAUCACAUUGUAAAAGGUAAUAUAGGGGUCAGGAUACAUAAAAUGAACGCAUAUUGCUAAGCUAUUAUAUGGGAAUGGCCUAGUCUCCCUGCAUUUUGGGCUUCUAUGUGUAAAAAUGCUCCCAUUUCAUUAACCCAUUCAGUGUCAGAAGGCCUUGCAAAAUAUUAAACAGAUAUUUAAAACAGAAAGGGCCCUGUGUACCCAUUUCCACCCUAUUUUAGUUUUUUUUCUGUCAUAUAAGUUGUUUCUGUGAAGGCUUAAACCCAGUUUAAGGUUGUUGCCACAAGUGUUUGUUUUUUUUGCCAUAUAAGACUUGAUUUUGGCUCUUGCCUUGAAGUAGUUAUAGUGCAAACUGGUGAUAUUUAAUUCGCCCUGCAAUAAAAUCGGUUUACUGUUCGUGGGCUCCUUUGUUUACUUGUUUGUAUACUGCCACCAAGUGACCGAAAGCUGUCAAACCAUCGCACACUGUCUGAACUGGUCAAGAUGAGCCUGUGCUAGACCUUAGGGGGGAGUAAAUGUAAUCAAUUGAGAAGGUAAUUCUUUGAUGCUUUUAAAUGCAUUUUUUAUGUGUGAAGUUUGGUUUACCAUAGAAUCUGUGAAUUUUUUUUAUUACUGAUGGGCAGUGAUAUAGAACCAGGGGUUUGUGUAUAUGGAACAAUUACAGCCAUGCAGUACACACAUAGAUAGCCAUUGUAGCAGCCUCUCCCAAAACCUAGCAGUAACAUGCAGCACACACAGGAACUACACCCAGUACAAAGCGUAGUUUAUUUUAGAAUACAAUGUUGUCACAUCACAGUUAGGUUAGAAAUCAAGACACAUAAAAAUGAUGUAGCGUUUGAAAUGGUGCAUUUAAUAUAUGAUUUUCGUUGUGUUCAAAGCAUCACGUUAAGAGAUCCACUUAAGGUAACACACUGUUUUGUUUUAUUAAAUAAAUCUUCCCUGUAAUCUGAUAUGAGACAGCAGUUUGCAAGCCUGUAAACACGUUGAAUAAAGCCCCUUAAGGUUAAUGGUUGUGCAAUUUUUCAUUGUGAGGUUAUGUUUUCAUAUUUAAUAACGUUUUGACAAUGGCUUUUUGGUGUUACUAAUCAAAGAAGGAUCGCUUUGUGUCAAUGGCCAUGCGUGUGCUUGAUGUUAUUCACAGUAAAUAAUCACGAUAUAUACAUAUUGUUUGCAAAUUCUGAUUUUUCAAUGCUUGUUACAAUUUUUAAUGAAGGACAAAAAUAAUUAAAAUAUGCUAAUUUUGCAAUAAUCAUAUAUACAUAUUAGGGCUGCAAAUGCAUUAAAUGUACGGGUAAUUUAGAAAGAGGAAGAUUAAAUAUUACACAAAACCACAAGUUCGAAUUUCCUAAUGAGAAGUUAUAGGUGAAGAACAUUUUUCUUUUCUUUUUCUAAAUACUUUUAGAGUGCACUGUCUUCAUCCUUGGGGAAAAUUCGAUUCCACUGACUUGUGUAGAACAGACAUGAAGUUCUUUACUUUCAAAUGACGUCAUAGUUAUAUCACAAUCUAAAAAUAAAUAGAUACACCGGAAAUAUUACUUUAGGUUACUUUAGGUUCUACAUUUACACAUUACUCGAUUCAUAAAACAAGUAGGUUUAGCAAAAUAUUCAGAAAUUGACAGAAACGUAUAGUAUUGAAUAGGUAAAAUCUCACUAGUUACGACUCCAAAUUUCGACAAAAACAAAAGCAUAAACUCCCAAGUGCUAUGGAAUGCAGUAUGUGCUUAGAUGUACCAACAAGCUAACGUUUAAAAAAAAUAUUCAACAGAAAUUCUGUCAAGAUGGAUUUAGGCAGAAUAACAUAAUAUUUGAUGUUUUUAUUUUAUUUUUUUUCAUUCUGCUUGUUGAAACUUUUUGCAUUGUUCUUCAUACUGAUUGGUGUAGUGUCGCAUAUUUUGAUAUUAUAAUAUUACUGUUUACAAUGCUCGAAGGGAAAGUUGUUUAUAUUGUGUGUUUAUGUUGCAUUUUGUCCUGGCUCUCAUCUGUAUCCCUAAAUUACAUAACAAGUCAGUAAACAAUCAACUUGUGAAUGUAAAAUUCUGCUGCUCACUUUUCUGUAAGUCCAAGCCCAAUUAAUUUGCAGGUAUAUGUUUAUGUGAGCUUGCUUUACGGUAAUAAUUAUUACAUUCUUGUAACCUGACUGCUACUUUCUAUCGUACACGUUGUAUUAAAAAUGCCAACAAUCUCACAAAUAGUUUUAGAAAUACGAUGUAACCCGUCCUCCUCCAGUUUGGGAUUCUUCACUGCGUUUCUCUCUCCUAUCUCCAUUUAACUAUUUACAAACAGUUAUAAAAAUUAAAAAACAAUAUUUUUUGGCAUCUGGCCAUCAAAGAGUUUUUUUUUUUUUAUAUAUAUAUAUAUUGAUCUUCACUUACCCCAUUUGUCCCGGAAAUCAAAUAAGCCCAGUGUCUGUGACUGAUAUCAAAGUAUUAUUGAAUGAGAUUAAUUAUCAGUGGCCCAGUGAAGCUGGACUACAGUCAACGAAUUGAAACCUUAAAUGAAUAACACGCAUAUCAUUGGUUUUAGCGCAAAGUAUGAUCAUAAAUAAAUAAAAUGUAUUUGAGUCAGAUAGCCAGAUAGGUAAUAAAUUGCAUAUAUAAAUUAAAAAGGUGAAGGGGAAAAGUACUUAGUCUUUAUAUCCCAAGUAUGUGAUGUCCAGCAUUUCAGCUCAGUAUUAAUUACAUAUACAUAUUUAUCUCCCCUCCUGAUCGUAGACAAAUAUGCAUUUAUGUGGCUUAGAAGUUAUGCAUUGAUAUUAUAGCAGAUAUCUGGGGCGCCUAUAAACACCAGACACUCAAUGAGUCUGUAAAGGUUGUCAGACAUCCCCUGCCAGUGUGCAGGGCACAAUUAAACAUUUCAUUAGAUUGCAAAGAGGCGUUGUGUUUAUUGCAAUUCCAAUAAGCAGGAUAGUGUUGAAAUUAAACGUAUAGAGAUGGCAAAUAAUCACAAUCAUUCUUUGUUGGUGCAGAAGUGGGGGCUCAGGGGGUUUAGGGAUUUUAAUAACACUGAUGUUAAGUGAUGAAAUAUAUUUUGACAGAAGCCACUGAAAUCCAAAGCUUUGCUUUGCCCAUAAAAGAAAAUAUAUCUCGGUGCUGUUUCCUUUCCCUUAAUUGAGAAGGAUAUAGAAAACACGUGUGUAAAGGCAAUUAUUUUAAGGUGUUCUAUUCUAUCAGUUAAUCAAUCCGCUAAUUAUGGAAUUAAAAAAAUACAAUCGUCCAUUCUGCAGUAUUUGUAUGUAUGUAUGCAGGUGUGUGAAAAGUGAAUGGAAUUUAUUGAAUCCGUUUAUUUAUUAGAAAUGUUUUACCUGUAACUCAUGGCCUAGGAUAUAAGAGACUGUACGGUUUGUUACACUGGCGGCUGUUUUGUGGUAUGUAGAACUAAAGACACAAGUCACGAUUCUAUUUGUAUCAUAAACAUCUGUUCUUGUAAAAUAUACUGAGUUUACAUAAUUGUGCUGGGAUUUCAUUUAAAGAAAAUACCUCACAGGCAAUUACCUUGUAGUGAAUGUAACUUUAUUUUAGUUAUAAAAAGACAUGUUUUCAGAAAAUAAAAUCUUAUUUUUAAAACUAUUUAUUGGCCAACCACAACGACCGCCCUGUCAACUUUCACCAGGCUGAUGGGUUUUAAAAAAAAUUCUUCCUUAAAUUGCUGCUCUGAAAAUUCACUAACAAUGACUUUCCUUUUGUUAAAGCAAGUUGGAAGUUGAAGCCGGUUUUCUACCCACCAUAAAUCGACUAUUGCUUUAAGGAUUGCCCUUUUGCUUAUUCUAGUAAUAAAACACUUAACUUUCCUUACAAAUAGAAGCACAAAACUGCCUCACUGAAAUCUUUGAAAUACCGAUGUCUUGCCCCAAAAUAAUCCCAAACAUUCCCAGGAAGAUUGACAUAUGGGACAAACCAAUUUUUUUUUCUCAAAAUGUUUGAACAACAGAUAGGUAACAUUGUUCCAUUCCUUUAAUAUCAUAACACUGACAGGGGGCAGAUGGGGUGGCUGAGGGGGCCCUUUUGGAUUUUUAAACCACAUCCCAAUCAUACUCCACAAUAAAUAAGAGAUAAGCUGAUAAGUGGGCAAUGAAAUAGGACUCUUCAAAAGAUAUCAAACGUUUUAUAGCCAUCUUAAGGGGAUUUAGUGUGAUAUUAAAGUAUAUCAUCACACCAAGCUGUCAUGACAUCAAUGUGUGUAUGUUUGAAUGUAUGUAAACAUACAAGUAAUAUAUCUAUAUAUGUAUCUAUCUAUCCGAUCUAUACAUUUAUAAAUAUACAAAAACACACAUAUAGCCAUCUAAACUUGCAUUAUGUAAACACCCUUAGUUCUACGAAGCUAUAUACCUGGGAAUGUGUGCAUGCAUGUGUUUACAUAUAUACUACAAUGUAUGAACAUGCGAUUUACUGUGUUAAAAAUAAAUGUUGCAUGGUUGCUUGAAUAUAGCAAGUUUGAUCUGAAAUACAUAAAUUAGAUCGCUAUCCCUGAUUGAAAGAAAUAUAAUUACAUCCUCAAUCACAUCAGACAGAGAAACAUUAACGCCCAAGGUCUAUGUGUCUAACAAAGAAUUCGAAUCUUUACAAUGAGAUAUGGAACUAUUAUUGUUGCUUUGUAUUUGUAGUAUCCUUACUUGUAUCCUGGGUGUCCCACACUGUCCCAGUGUAAUCCCACACUCAGAUGGUUUCUUUAUUUUGGUUUAAACUUUAUUUUUUUUGGUGCUGGCUGCACUCAGGGGACUGUUAGUGUUAAAGCAGAGCAAUAAACGACCCCUUUUCGUCUGUUCUCGUUUUUAUGGCUUAACAGCCAGAAUUUCGCUUUGUUACUCUCAGGAAAAAGAUCGUAAAAUUCUACAGCAUCCGGGUUGUUUCCCAGCCUUGAUAAAAUAUGGCUUUGUGUAACUUUUAGAAACUGUGACUUUUAAAGAGCAGAAAAAAGGGAUGGAUCUUCUAAGAACAACAUAAAAACUAUCACUAGUGUCUUAUGUGAAAUUGCAGACUUUAAGAGCAUGAUGUUCACUUGUAAAUAACAUAAGCUUUUUAUUCAGUUUAAUGCCAUUUGUUUGGGAUAUAUCUAUUUGAAUUUCAUAAAUAAGGUGAUUCUAAGCAUUAUCGAAUAAAAUAAUCACCUAUUUUAAAUCACAACCUCAAGACCCCUGUCAAGUUUAAGAGAGCCCCCCUUUUUCCCUGUGAUCUUCCUUACACAAAACCCCACUUGCACAUCAUAUUAUUUAACGAUUAAUUUACUAAACAGAGUUAUUUAUGAAACAUUAAAGAAAGCAGUGGCUAUUGCAUAACUAAUUAUUCCUAUUGUUUACGUUUUCAAAAAACACACUUCAGUUGCCACGUUGAUCAUUUAAAAAACAAAUAAAUAAAAAAAAGUAUAUAGGCGUUUCCCGUGUAAAACAGAUCAUAUAAAUAUUAACAUGCACAUAAAUAUUAUGGACACUAUUAAAGUACAGGCAAUGGGCUGAACUACAACAACAGAUGCAUUUGCAUUAAUUGUUGGAUAAAGCAAUAUCUCAAUUAUUGUUCUCACGCUUCAGCUAUUAUGAUUACAACAUUCAGGCUUUGCAUGUUUAUAUAAAAAAAAAGAAUUUACUAUAAAUUUAAUACCUUAGGUGUCCUAUAGAGGCUCAGAUCUGUCAUUAGCUUGAAUAUAAGUAUAUUGAUACAUAUAUGUGUGUGACUAUGUGACUUGAUGUGUAUAUGUUAUGUACAGAGGUAUUAUAUUUUUGUUAGCACACAUUCCUUUGCUUGCUCUUAUGCUUGGGAUCUAGGGGUAGGUGCCUGCAAAAUUCCAAACGCCUGUUUUGCAUACAUUAGAUAUUACUAGGGACAAUGUAAGAAUGCUAUCAGAAUAAAAUGUAAAUUGAAUAAAACAGGGCUGUACUCCUGGGACAUCCUUCCCAAAAUAUAAUUUAUAUAUUUAUUUAGGUUUUUUUUUUUUCAUUAUUAAUUCCCCUUCUCCCUCAUUCCUAAAACUAAUUUAAUAUUUCCACUGCAAGACUUAGUUUGAAUGUAUACUUUCAACUAGGGAAUCAACACACUAGCAAAAACCAAUUUUUUCCUUUCUUGACAUCUCGCUUCCUAUUGGCUCCAAGGAGGUCAGCUGACUUUGUCAUUUUGUCUGUCCUGGAGUGGAGCCGUCCCUAUAACAAUCUAGUUCAGACUACAAACUGGAGCGAGAAAUAAAUAUUAAAGAAAUCUUACAGGCAGGUAAAGCAGAAGAUAUGAAUUCCUAUUUCACGAAUCCUUCUUUAUCCUGCCAUUUAGCCAGUGGCCAAGAGGUCAUUCCAAAUGUGGCCCUUAAUUCAACUGCCUAUGACCCUGUUAGGCAUUUUUCAACUUAUGGGGCUGCGGUUGCUCAAAAUAGGAUCUACUCCUCUCCAUUCUAUACCCCGCAAGAUAAUGUGGUUUUUAGCUCCAGUCGAAGUCCUUAUGAGUAUGGAUCUAAUGCAUUUUAUCAGGACAAGGAUAUGCUAACUAGCUGCAGACAGAACUCAAUGGGACACAAUACACAGACUUCAAUUGCACAGGAUUUUAACAGUGAUCAGACCAGAGCCACUGCACAGGAUCAGAAAACUAGCAUUCAGAUCUACCCGUGGAUGCAACGCAUGAAUUCUCAUAGUGGUAAGUUUUACAGCUUGGAGAUAUAAAUUAAAUAAACUCAGCCAUUUUUACGAUCGCCUCCCCUAGCAGAACAGGCUCUGCUCCUUUUUUUAUGGCCCUCAUAAAAGUCAUAAAGUAGCUCCUUUCACAGUUUCCGUUACAGGCCUUUUAUUUGUUAAGUUGUUGCAAAGCAAAUCUGUCUUGUUAUGUUCUUUCUAAUUAAAAGACGUUGAGAGUGUAAAAUAUCUGUAAUAAAGUUCAACGAGUAUUUUUAUUUAAUUUUUUUAAAUAUAUAUUUUUGUCAAUUUUAAUUUAUUAAGGGGUAAGGGAGAAGUGAAGAGUUAGGUAAAAUAAUAUAUAUAUAUAACGAUUAAUUUAUAUAUAUAAUAGAUGUCUCUUUAAAGGGACCUUUAAAUGGAAAAUGAAUAGGUGUGGUGGCAUUAUUAUAAUAAUUAUUAUAUUUUAGUAAUUUUAUGAGUCAGGAAAAAUAAUUCUGCUAGACAACGUAAUUAUGUGAAAGGUGCUCUAAUUAAAUAAAUGGUCAGUUUUUUUUAAUUAAUUAAGAGCAGCAACUUAACAAGCAACCUUUUUAUUUUAAUUUUGCAUAAUAAAUAUGGCUAAUUAUAAUAAAUGCAUUAAUUAACUCUAAGUUUUUUCAUAUAUGUAUUUAUAUAUACACAUUCAUAAUUCUUAUAUAUAUAUACAUACAUUAUUUGAGUUAAUUAAUAUUUGGGGGAUAGGGCGAUGUAUUGUGUGAAAUAUUUGCCCCUUUUUGGGGUAAAUGGGGUGCCCAUGGCAGCAGCAGGGUAAUGGGGGGCUUGGGGAAAUUUUGAUAGUUAUGUUGUGUUAUAUUAUAUAUUUUUUUCUUUUCUCACUAAUUAUUUUCAGUCUGUCUUGUGUCUGAAUCCCUAGGGGUGGGCUAUGGAACGGAUAGAAGGAGAGGUCGCCAGAUCUACUCUCGCUACCAAACCCUUGAACUGGAGAAAGAAUUUCACUUCAAUCGCUAUCUGACCAGGCGCAGGAGGAUUGAGAUCGCCAAUGCACUAUGCUUAACGGAGCGUCAAAUCAAAAUCUGGUUUCAGAACAGGAGAAUGAAAUGGAAAAAAGAGAGUAACCUAACUUCAACCCUGUCUGGGGGCAGUGGUGGAGCUGAUAGCCUGGCCGGGGGUAAGGAGGAGAAACGAGAAGAGACAGAAGAACAACCCAAAGAAUGAAAGGGGGUACCUCCAGUCAUAAGCCCCCUCUGUCCCCCCUGUCUGUACUCCCCCACCUUCCUUGGGCUGGCAGCAGUGCAAUGGAUGGGCUGCAUGGUGGGACUUAACCUGAUCAACACAACAUCUCUCUCCAGAGCCAAAAGUGGACUAUAUACAUUGACAGAAACAAACACACCGUGCAUUGUGAUAGCUUUUUUUGGCCAGCCAAAUAUUCUCUGUGUUCCUAUGGCUGUGAGUCUGUAUGUCAUGAUUCUACACCAACUUUUGACUAAAGACUGUGUUUUCAGAGUCACACAUUUCCCUGUAAACAAAACAUUUGCCUGCAACAAAGGAACAAGCCUUUGCCAGACUUUGCCUGUGUGUGUGUAUUGAAGGGACAGAGACCCUGCACAAAAUGAAAUUUCAACAGAAGUCAAGCACUCCCUAAGAUAUAUCCCUUGUCUUCUGAUCCAUAUGCCUUUGCCACUUAACUGGCAAAGAAAUCCUCCCUCCUCCUUCCUUCAAGAAAUAGCCUGGCUGUGUUUAAAAUCCAUACUUUUGGGUCAUCUCCCAUGCUCCAUACUGUGACAGAUGUGUGGACUUUUAUUUCUCAAUGUGAUCGUGGUGUCAGUAUUUAUAAAUUUCUGUUAGCACUGCAAUGUUCAAUAAAAUAAAAAUGUAGCAAGUUAAAUGAAAUUCCAUAGCUGUAGAAUAUGGUUCCAAUUGUGUUUCACUGAUUAUGUAUAAAGGUCACGUCCUAUGGACAAACUGUUGAGUAUUUAAUAAAAUUGAUAUUAUUUUUAAUGGUGAGAUGUAUUAUUAUUUUCCUCGCACCUGGUUUUGUACACACUAAACAAACGCAGCUCACAUAGAACUUCCCCUUGGUCAUUCACAAAAGUCAGAAUUUUCUGCACCUCAUCCUUCUACACAACCUUUCUAUUGUUAUUUUAUGACAUGAUAGAACAAUCAAGCUGUAUUCUUCAUCCACCUAACUUCCUGAGCAGGACCAAGAGCCUAAAAGCACAGCACAGACUAUCCCAACACUCAUUCCUCUUCCAGCCAGCACAGAUCAGAAGAAAUUAUAAAAUGUAAUGUAAAAAAAGAAUUCUUCACAAUCUUGGUAAGAACAACACAAUGCACUACAGAGCAAAAUAGCUGCAAAUAAUGUAUAUGCACACCGACACAACCACACAGAAAGCAAAACAAAACAAGGAUGAAAACAAGCACACAUAGAAAAAAAUAUUACAAAAAUAAAUAAGUAAAACAUUACACAUGCACACAUAUGUAUAUACAGAGAAAACUAGGAGUGAUUUAAAGUGAAUAUAUAUAUAUAUAUAUAUAUAUAUAUAUGUGUGUAUACACAUAUACACAUGUAUAUAUUAUAUUCACUAUAAAUCACUCCUAGUUAUUUCUCUCUUUCUCUCUAUAUAUAAAAUAAUCAUCAUAAAUAAUAUAGUUAAAGCUCACUGUAAAACACAUCUAUUUGCACUAUAUUAUUUAAACAGUAGCAUUUGACAAUAGACCACACACUGCCUUUCUAUAUGACAAAGUUAAACGAAGCGUAUCAUGCAAAUAUUAAGCAUUAUUAUUAUCUAGCCUUUUAUUUCCCUUACUGUAAAUACAUUGUAGCAAAACUAAGAGAUUCCACGUGAGAGUUCAUUUUUCAUCUAUAUAUUGCAAAGAAGUGCUAAUUUACUAAAAAAAUUAAAAAUAAAAAUGCUGUACAGUCGCUUUAUAAACCACGAAUAACCUUCAGAGCUCCAUUUAAUUUUCCUAAAUUUGUAAUUUUUCUGGGUACAUAAUUGUUUACAUUAAAGAAAGAAUGGGGAAAUAUUAAAUUAUUUUAUCUAUAACUUGUACAAGCAACUCUCCCAUCUCUCAGAAUGUGCUAUUUUUAUUUGUAGAUUAAAAAAAAGGAAAGAUAAAAACAAAAUGAAAAUAAAAAAACUAAUUAUAAAAAUGUCCUCUGUGUUAAAAUAGCGAUAUAGGGAAGCAUGUAUAUUUGUAUAGAGUAAGAACAGAAUGGAACCCUACCAAAACACUAUAGAAUUUUGAAGAAUAAAUUAGUUCUGUAUGAUCUCUCAAGCAAGACAAACACCGAGAGAGAGCAGGACUUUCACUGCAGUGAUCAAAACACAAACAUUUUUUGAACACGCAUGUUUGGGAGAUUUUAGACUAGAUAAGAGAUCUGCAUUUCAAGGACCAGACCAAGAAAAAAACCUUUUUUAAAAAAACCCAAAGUGAACAAAGGCAGACACGAAGCCUGGCACCCACUUCAACACGUGCUCUAUUCUUAUCAGAUCCCCUGCAUUUACAUGUAAGAAGGGGGCCACAGAAAUAUGGUGCAUUAGAUCUGAUGGAUAACCUUCAUUGUUACUUUCAUACAGCAAGCUAUUCUCACACUAGAGACUUUGAUACAUAGAUUUAUUCACGAUUAGCAGCAAUCUGGCCCAUCAACUAAUCACAGUCCAUCUCACACAAAUUAAUAUACUUAUCUAAAGACCAUAAAGGGAUUUAUUAAAAAGACAAGAGCUUUCACUUGCAGACGAGGUAGAAGUGAAAUAAAAUGCACAAUGUGUGUCCUAAAAGAAUUAAAAAAAUUCAAAUAAAAAGGGGAGGGGUAACUUGGAGGGACAUUUUGUAACUAUUAAAAGCGUUUCAAAAUAAGGUCAGGUGUUAUUAUUUUUUAAAAUCCCAUGUUACCAGGUUUAUUAAAAAAAUAAUGCGGGUAAUUGUCAUUAUCUGUUGACCUAUCACACACCAAUGGUGGCGUAGAGUAGACUGCAGCCAUAUUUAACAGGCGCUUUACUACCAUAUUGGCACCAGGUGACGCUGUGGGCUCAUUGUCUUUUUUUAUGUACUUGGGGGCCUUCAGUUUGUUCUGCCAACAUAUCAGAUACGUUUCACAGGAUUCCAUCAAUAACCUCCUGGGGUCAUCAAGCCAAAUUUAUGACUGGCCAACAGAGUCACGUGAUUCUAUUUAAACAUCCCAUAUUUGGGCAGAGCACAUAGAAUAAAGAAACAGGAUUCCCCAGCUAUAAAUUCUGCACUUUAGAGAACAAAACCCCCUGAACUUCAAAGGGCCACAAAUCAAGCAUAAUCAAAGGGUGCAAAAUAAUAAUAAUAUAUAUAUAUAUAUAUAUAGUGGAAAAAAAAUAUAUAACAAUAUUAAUAACAACAAUAAUCAGCUAUGAGCUCUUACGUAGCCAACUCAUUUUAUAAGCAAAGUCAAAAUGUUCCUGCCUAUUCAAUGCAAAGUUAUGGGAAUUAUGGAUCUGUACCCGAAGUCCCUUCAUCCAGGUAUUGCUACAGUGGGCUGGAUCUGAGUAUUGCAUUCCCUUCUCCUGGUUCAUCUAACUCUCUGAACGGUCUGGACAUGCCUUCAAAUCCCACUCCUAACUCUGAGCGGCCCUCCUGUACAGUUAUGGGAUCUUCUCUGGGUAGAGGAGAGCACAGUAGCCUCAGCCCUGGGAUUUACAAAACUGGGAGCACUUCGCUGGAGGAGAGAUCUAAGGGACUUGAGAACAUCAAAGCAGAACCGAUACAAACAACUUCUCAAGCAGGUCAGCAGCAAGUCACAGCAGCUACACCACAGCAGCAGCAGCAGCAGCAACAACAACAGCAGCAACAACAGCCACCACAAAUAUAUCCUUGGAUGACCAAACUACACAUGAGCCAUGGUAAACUUUCACUUCUUCGUUUUGUUUCAUAGGGGGUUUUUUUCGUCUUUUUUUUUUUUUCUGCAUUGGUUUUUAUAGGCCAUACGGGGCAAAUAAUAAAAAAAAACCCGAGGUCGUAAAUUUUACGACUAAGGCAUCAAUUGCUCGUAAAACUGUCCACUAAAAGGCUUAGAGGCUAUAGACGUUCAAAUUUAUGACAGCAUAAUUGGAUCAUAGAAACAAAACGCGCAGAAAAAAGGCGAUAAUUCCAUUUUUUGGGGGGAAAAAAAAGGGGGGCAAAAAAAAAUGAAAUAAAAAAAAAAAAUACAAAACAACAACUUUUUGCAUACAGACUUGCUUUAGUACUUUCCUUAGAAGUAAAACGCCUUCUAGUAGGCAUUGUACAUAUUCAUAUAAAACAAUAUCACUUUAAAUGCAUCCCUAUUUAUGCACUAGCUCACUUUAUUAACUUUAUAUUUUGCCUUGUUGUUUUAUUUUCUUCAUUUAUUUUUUGGAGUGUUUGUUAUAUGUAGAACACAACUGAGCCUUUAAAAAAAAAAAAUGAUCUGCUUAAUAUACGUAUAUUGUGUGGGAUGUAUUGAAUUAAUUUACGAUAUAACUUGGUCUAUGUACCUAUAUAGAUGUUAUAUUUAUUAUGUUUUUAUUUACUAGACUUGCUACUUUGCGCUGUGUGUAAUGUUUGCUUUUAUAUUCUGUGAAUGGGCUGAGAAUUUAUAGACCUUUUGGGGGGAAUUAUUAUAGUUUUGACUUGACUUUUUACGUGUUAAGCUACAUUUAUAAUAAUAUUUUUUCCCCCUCACUUCCAUACUUCCUUGUAUCCAGAAACGGACGGAAAACGUUCUAGGACAAGUUACACUCGGUACCAGACCCUGGAGUUAGAGAAAGAAUUCCAUUUUAACCGAUACCUGACCCGCCGAAGGCGCAUAGAGAUAGCGAAUAACCUCUGUCUAAACGAAAGGCAAAUCAAGAUUUGGUUUCAAAACCGAAGAAUGAAAUGGAAAAAAGAUUCUAAAGUGAAAAGCAAAGACUCUAUGUAACAAGAAAAAACAAAGGCGAAUCUGGGGAGGAACAUAGUCCAUAUCUAAGUUUUAUUACACCCAAAUAUUGAAACUUUAUCAUUUUGUUUGAGGGGGGUGAUGAGAUUGGGAAACGACAGUAGGGAUUCUAAGUCUUUCCUGCUAUAACCCUCUUUAUCUAAAUUAUGACACUCGCUCAUAACUUUUCAAAGCAAGAUAAUGUAUAGAACAGUCUCUUGUCCCUUUAAGUGUUCUAUUUUUACGAUUUCGUGUAAAGGUAAAACUGUGAAAAAGUGUAUAGGGAGUUAGCCCCCUGUUUAUUUGUGCAAGCCCCCAUUGUAGUAGGCUUGCAAGCUGUGCAGGGUCAAGGAAAGUUCUUCAGCGAAAAAAAUGCUAAUUGGGAUACUAGGUUGAAAAGGGCAGAGAAAGUGUGGCUGUAUUAUAUGAUGCCUAUAAGGACUGGACUCAUAUCUUUGGUAAAUGGCUAGCUAUGAAAAUAAUAAGAAAAGAAAAUCAUAAAUAGGAUCCGAACAGUAAACUUCCUGGAUUGUAAAAUAAAGAAUAGGACAGACUCAGUGGAGUAGGGGGAUUAAAAAAAAAAAAAAUACCAAUUGGUUUGCCCAGAGCACUUGUAUAGUCUUUUGCAAAUGACAAGACACAAUGAAAUGACUUUGCAUCAUACUAGAUAAUGUUUAUAUUUAAAGAUUACUUAGGGGGCAAAUGUACCCACUUUGGAAACUCUUUUAAGUUUAUCCCUCCAGACACUUUAAUAUACUCUGUAAAAUAACAAAAAAAAAAAAAGUGUUUGUGUAUAGCAUUUUGGCAUGAUGGAAAGAAAAAGAAAAAAAUAUGAAAAAAAAUAAGAAAAAAAAACAGUAAAAGGCAGACUUUGUUUUAAUGUGUAAUUUAUUUUAUUUUUUUCGCGUAAUUAAUGCUGAAAUGUAUAAAGCCAAUUUGUACGUCAUUGUUUUAAUAUAAUCCUUUUUAGUCAAUUUUAUUGGAUAAUGUACUUCAUAUAUUUAUUGGUUGCUUUUUUCAUAUGUGAGAAAUCAUGAAACCUAUAUUUUGUCAUAUUGAAUAAACAGCAAGUAAUAUAACAUGUGAGCCAGGGUGUAAUGUUCAAUUGUGUUUAUUUCUAAUAAGACUAGCAAGCUGACUGCAGUUUUGCCAGUAUAUCUCAAUUUAAAUUCUAUAUUUCCUUGUCCUGAUCCCAGGCAGUGACACGUGAUGUUGCAAAGGUGUGUUUGUCUAUAUUAUGUAAUAUUUUGUCUUUAACUUUUAAUUAAGCAUAUCUGUUUUAACCACCCACAAAAUAGAAGGGGAUUGGCCCUAUAGAAUCAGAUAGCCAUCAGUUUCUCCAAAAUAACUAGUACCUAUACAUUUGAAAUAUAUUUUUAUACUUAAAUUUAGUUAAUUGGAACAGAUUUGAGUACACCUUAUGAGUUGUUCUACACCAAGGAUCAAAUAUAUAGUCCUCAAACAAUUAGACUCCCCCAAAAAAGCUAGACCCAAGCCUCCUGAAAUUGUAUCUGAAACCUAUAUGGGAUAAGCUACACAUAAAUCUAUAUCAAAGACAAGCAUAUAAUCCCCAAUGUUGGUUACAAAUUUGCUAAUGGAAAUCGUUUAGCAUUUUGAGUCUUAGAAAAUGAAAAACAUACCUGUAAAAGCUAUAAUCUGGAAAUCUCGUAUCGACAGACUUCUACCAAUAUGAUGCCUACACUGCAUGUUAGCCUUAACUUUAAAACAACUAAAAGACUUUAAAAAAAAAAGAAAGAAAGAAAAAAAACAAGAAAAAGUAACUGGUCCCUUUGAUGUGUAUAAUUUAACUCUAGAACUGCUCAGAGAGGUCUUGAGAAAAUUACCCAUUCCUGUUAUCUGUGAUCUAGCCUUGCAACUAUUUACAGUAGGCUGGGAAUGAGUUAAGGGUUCUAUAAAACUUUAUGGCACUUCCGUUACAUGUUGCAGACAAAAGAAGAGCUUCCUGAUAUUGGGAGCCAAAUGUCCCUUUGAAGAUACAUGCUAUUCAGGAGAUAGUUGUUGCUCUAUCUUUUGAUCAGGGAUUGUUAAAAUAUCAGUUUUCUGAACUGCUAAGAUUUUUAUUGGUCUCUUACAGCCAUCAGGUGGAAUUGGGAAGAUUGUUUAUGUAUAUUACUAAUCUUAUUAUACCAACAAACAUCUCUUUUACCUCUUACCUGUGAUAUGCAUACAUACACACAGACACAUCCCCAUACACACACACAAGCACACACACACACAAACACACACACACACACAUAUACAUAAUACUGCAUUUAAAGUAUGACCAUUUAAAUGAGACUUUAAAUACAAACACCACACACAUACACACAGAAACAAAUACACGAACACUCAAAUGCACACGUAAUUGUGCUACCUCCAAUGCACGUUGAACAACUAAUAAUAUCAGUGUAUUGAUAUACCAAUAUUUUUUCUUUAAAAAAACCAACAACAUAGAAAUAUCUGAAACAGCCCCAAUAUGUCGCAUAAUAUUUCGGUUUAAACUAAAGUGACCAUUUCCCCCAAUUAAUACAUUGCUAUGCAGGGUUCUAUUCGGUAAAUGGUGAGCUGUUUUAAAUAAAAAAAGCUAAAUCGGAGAAUUUUAUCCAAAAUUGACAGUGACAGUGAUUUUAUCCAAUUCAGUUAUUUUAGCAAGACUGUUCUUAAGUCAUUAAGACUAAAUGUUUAGUGAAUAAGCCAACGUCUAAAAAAUAGAGUUGCCAGAUUGAAUAAUAGGUGCAAAUCAAUCACCCACGUCCCUAAAAUACACACUAUGUGCUAUAUGUAAGUGACGUCACGCACACACACUGUACCCCUGCUUACAGUGACACACACACCCAAACUGAAUUAUUCACCAGCCUCGGCAAGCUUUACUCUCACAGCAUUUUACCCACAUGUGUCUAAAAUAAGCACAACAACAUACUUUAUAGGGAAAAUCACUUACCUUUCCUGUACAAACUGUGACCUGUAUAUUAGUCAACCUUAUUUAGGAAAAUGGUUAAUAAAAUAAUAUGGAGCCCCUGUCUUUAAGGGACAUUUUGUGUAAGAGAGAACAUUAUCGCUAAUAGUCCUGCCUUCUAUGUGAAUUUAGUAGUUUAAAAGUUUUGAACGUUAUUUAUGUGAAUGGCCCUAAGCAAAGGCCCUGAAUGGUUCUCUUUGAGCACGUGAUGUCAUUAAACUAAGUUUUAUGGUUUGGGGGAGCUGACAAUGCUACAAUGUAUUUACAUCAUAUAUAAUGUUAACUGUCCACCAUCGCAGCUGCUAGGGCUCUUUAAUGCUGGGACAGUGGGACAAGGCAGUUAGUGUGGAUUACUUCGCCUUCAGAAAACUGUCAGGGAAGGGCUCAUCUGCUACAAGGUCCUCAGGCAAGUACAGAAACUUCAUUCUUUUUUUUUUAUUCCUGUGAAAUCUGUUCAGAUCUCUUUAAGGUAAAGUUAAAGUUAAUAUUUUUUUUUAUAGCCUUUAUCUUGUGUUGUGCUGUGUUUAUGUAUUUAACUUUUGAGGUUAUUGUCUUGGUGUUCUUAGAAUUGAAAUAUUGUGUUUCUAUAGACAAAGACUGGCUACAUUAUAGAAUCGAAUGAGUUAAUUCGAUUGGAUAUGGCUCCAUUCUUAAAGGAACAGGAAGCAUGGUGAUUUCCAGGUUAUUUUGGCUGUGUACAAGGCAGGGUGAUCGUGAAAACGUGGGGUGUAUUUUUUUAAUCCUGGUCGGAGGCUCUGUGUGGGAUUAUUUGGAGGUACAGGAUUUAAAAAGUUUGUUUCUGAUGGAGAAAGUUAGUGACUGUAAAGUGCAUGCGCAAUGUUAUGUAGAGUUCCCCAACCAAAGAGCCUAGACAUUUAACCCUUGGCUACCUGGUCUUGACAGGUAUGAUACCCAAACAUCGUGAGAUGGGGUGUUUCAGUUAGACUUCAGCAAAGUCCAUUUAAUCAAAACGACCAAUCAUUACCAUCUAACAUAACAUGUCUUUUAAAAGUUACAUUUUAUUGUUGUUGUUUUUUUAACAUGCUACAUACACUUUUUAUUAUUAAUACAACCUACAUAUAUUGAUACACUUUGUAGUACUGACAUUACAUAAUGUAAGCAGAAGGAAUAGAGAGCACUGUUCCCAAGAGCUCACGAUCUAUUUGGGAGUACUGAAAUGAAGGUGAAUUGUGCAGGGGUUAAACUACAAGCUGGGGUGUGUUGGCAUUGGGGCCUGAUUGCAAAGUGAUAAGUUGUAGAGACUUGAGAGUAGACUUUAAAAACUAAUUUUAAAAAAAUAGACAGUUAAAGAAAAACAAAAAACACCUUAGCAGAAUUUUUCAAAUCAGCAAUGUUUUCCUAGAGCUGGUAAGACGGUGCCCAGGUUACCACAACUCAGUGUUUAGUGAAUAAGCUCUUGUAUCACAACGUUACGAUCACUCGAUAAAUAAAGCCUGUUUUCCAGUGUAAUAUGUUAAUAUUUGGGAAAGUAAAGUUCUAUGUACAGUCACAGGGCUUACCGUGUACAUGAGGCAGUUAUGGUACUUCUCCUCUCCUUCACCUAAUCAGAGGGAGAUCUUCAGGUGUGCUCCCAGUCUGGACUAGUGUGAUCAAUCCCACAAACGGGUUCUUCUUUUUGAAGACUGCUGUAAAUACUUUAGAUAUUUCCUUUAUGGUUUGAGGCCAAAUGCACAUCAAAGCUAAUAGCAUGGAGACGAGCAAACACCCACUGUCCCAAGAUAAAGUCAGACAGACACAGACAGACAGGCAGACCGACAGACACACAGAGAUAGAAAGAAAUAGACAGACCGACAGACAGACAGAGAUAGAAAGAAAUAGACAGACAGACCGACAGACAGAUAGAGAUAGAAAUAAAUAGAUAGAGAGAGAUAGAGAUAGAAAUAGACAGACAGACAGAUAGACAGACAGACAGAGAGAUAGAUAGAUAGAUAGACAGACAGAGAGAGAGAGAGAUAGAGAUAGAUAGAUAGAUAGAUAGAUAGAUAGACAGACAGAGAGAGAGAGAUAGAUAGAUAGCUAGAUAGAAAGACCAAUAGAUAAAUAUAUAGAUAGUAAAUAAGGUUUGUUUAUACAUAUAUGACUUUCUCUUUCUUCUUUCGUUCUUUCUCCUUUCCCUCAGUACAAGGCUAAAGUUAAGGCCCACAGCGAUAUAUGCAUAUUUACAAAAGAUAUUUGAUUUCUGUUUAGGCCAUCUUAUAGAGAUCUCCAGGGUAGAUUCCUUUCUCCCACGGUAAGCUCUUAUGACUGGGUGACGGUGUACAAGUUGGACGCAGACUUAGUAUAUAGUCACGCAACCACAUAUUAAACUACAUUUAAUUGAUACAUGUGAUAAAAAAUGGAAAGAGACCAAUAAUUCACACAGUUACACUUAGCACAACUGCUACACUGUUAUCCAGUGUUUAUCAAAAUAUCUUUCCUAUUCACAUUCAUUGUUAUAAUCUAGAGGAAACAUUUGAAGUGAAUUCGAAGUGAAUUUAGGGUUUAAAUCGUCGAACUAGAAAUAUUAUCAAGGCCAGCAAUGCUUUCAGUUUGGCUACUGAGGCCUUAAAUUUGAAAUUCACUUUAAAUUUUCAUUUUAGUUAUUGAGCCUGUGUUCAUGUAUACCCUAUCUUGACAAUAGAUGCAGAGUAACAGCUAUUGUAGCUCAGAGAGAGGAUGGUUUCACAAGUUGUCUGAUGGGCUGACACUUCCUAGGCCAUGAAUCAAGCAGACCUAUUCACUAAAGUCGAGAAUUCACAUCCAACUUUCAAAAUGUAGUUUAUAAUGACUCAAUUGUUAAAUAGAUCAGUUAAUUAGAACAAAAUCUUGCUAUUAAUUUAUACUAUGUUACUACAAUGUAAUAUUUUAGCAUACAUUCUCCAAGUGGUCUGUGAACUGCCCACAUCUCGCUGAUUCGCAGUUAAGUGAAUAAGACCCUAAGAGUGAAAAUCCAGAACACCAUUGGGUGGUCAACAAUCAUUGGAGCUAUGGAAAUUUUUCGAAAUAUCCAUUUACUAAGCAGUUUGUAUAUUGCAGCUCAAGUUACAGGUAAAUUAUGAAUGUACUGUGAAAAUGUAACUGUUUUUGGACUACAUGUCCCAUAAUCCUCUAUAUAUUGAGUUUAAGCCAAUAUGCAUGUUGUUCUCUAUAAAUAGAUAAAACAUAUGUCUCAUGCCAUACUACAAAUGAAAUACCUAUUAACUUAUCAACUCUAUUCCAAACCAUAUCUUUCCAGUAAUAUACAUAUCUCAUGGGGAACAAUUUCAUCGUUCAAUUCUUUACUAAGAUGUUACAAUGUUUCAGCUUCAUAAAAGACUUACACAAAAAAGGUUGAUGUGAGACAGUCUAAAUCAAAUAUGGUAAUUCCCUAACGAUUAAUGUUUAGAGGGAAAAAAUAACUAUCUCCGCAGAUCAUUGAUUUCUUUGCAAUCAAAAUAAUUUGUAAAAUGACAAAGAUAUGUACUUGUGAAAACACCAGGAAGUGUUUGUUUUCAAAUAAGCAGGAUGCUGAGUGUGUUGUUUGCAAGCAAAAGAGAUAAUUGUUGAGGAUCUGUUUAUUCAAAUAAAAUAAUAGAACAAUAUUUGGAGAAAGAUGUGUUACAUGUGGAAAAUUACAUAGCAACGAAAUAAUACAUCCAACACAAACAAACCAAAUUGUACACAAACACACCCUUUGUACAUCACACUGUGUAACACUAUGGAAGGUUGUACCAUUGUACCAAUAUAUGUGUUCAUGAUGUAAAAUCUAAAAGGAAAAUAAAUAAAUAAAAACUAAAUGAGAAAUUCCUUUCAUUGAGACACAUUUCAGAGAGUAAAAAGUAAGAUUCUAUCGUUAUAUCAUUUUUACUAUUUUCUUUGGUCAUUAAGAUAUUUUCCUGUAAAAAAAGGGGUCCUUUAACUUUAACAGUAAACUGCGGUGUUGUGAUAAAACUGGUCAAUUCGGUUCAUUCGGUUGCCGAAACGCUUGGUGUGUAUUAGACAGAACUCCUUGUGAUUUUACAAGAGUUCUUUUUCGGUAUCCUGGGGAUACAGCAAGGAUUACUGAUAGGUUUAUUUACUAUGUUGAAGCGAACUGGAUUUGUUUUUUUAAUUCGGUCUACCGAACACUGAACCAACUUUUUAGUAAAGUAAGUUUAGUAAUAGAUCGGUUCCUUAAUUAGUGGGACAUAUCGGGUAAAAUUUCAAGGAGCUAUACUACUGGUCAGCAGGAAGGCUGAUUUGACACCAGACAGGCACUUAUUGUGACAUGGUAGGUACUUGCUCUGAUAAGGUGUUAUCACAAAGCUGUACACUUAGAGUUUCCUUAUUGCCUUACUAACACUGUUACAGGGUGCUGUGGGUCCCACCAAACAGGAUUUAAUAAUAAGUGCUCACCUGGUACUUAGUGGGUUAGAUGGCUCAAAGCACCUCUCAAAAUGACAUCAAAGCAAAGUUUCAACAUUAUGUCCAAAUGGUAAAAAGUAAAGUAUUGUAAGACUGAUUAAAAACUGAUUUAAUGAUACCAAACAAAUGUAUAUGUGUGUGUGUGUGUAUAUAUAUGUAUAUAUAUAUUGUGUGUAUUAUUAUUGAAAUUGUAGUAAUGUAAUGUGUGUGUAUAUAUAUAUAUAUACAUUGCAUUACUACAAUUACUACAAUUUCCAUAAUAAUGCAUCUGUCUAGAUACUAACUCUUCUUCUAAUUCUAUUUCCCCAAAAUACCCCCUCCCUCCUUUAUGUACCUCUAUAUGUCACCCUCACUAUUUCAUAACCCUCUCUCUGUAAUUCAUACAAUUUGCUCAUGCCUUUUCUCAUUUAGACUCUCUCUUAUUUUUACAAGACUACAAUGUCUGGUCCCCUCUCCUAAUCCCCCUGUAUCUCCCUAUGUCUCUUCCCCUACAAACGAUUUUAAUUUACAUCCCUCUCAUCUCCUUCUAAUAUAUUUUUCUCCCUGUUCAUUAAUUUUUCUCUUCUCCCUUUUUAACCCCCUCCUCUCCAUUCCCCCUCUCCCAUCUCCUCCUCUCCCCCUUCCUAUCUCCCCAUUUGAUCAGCGUGAUAUCAGUGUUAGAUCCCUAGGUCUGUAUCCAUAUCACAAUGUGCCCUUGUGUUUAGUAAGUGCUGUGAGACACAGUUCAUUUACCACCUGGUAAUCUCAUUUUUAAGUGUCUGGGAAUAAUGCCAAUGCUUUAUCAUUAUUGCAGCAACAAGCAAGGACAUGAUCAGGAGGUCUAGUAACUAACAUUUACCUUUACAUUUCCGUCUGCAAGGGGCAGUUUACAAGUGGUUAAACGACAAGAUUUAUUCAUUUCGGAAAUGUGUUUUUUCCUCCUGGCUUCCUAUUUUAAACUAUCCAUUAGGGAGAGACUGGCCCUCUUGUAUUUAAUUAAAUCCAGCGUAGUAUUAAGCUUAAUGUGAGCCCUCUUGCAAUGAUGAAAGCUGUUUACUAAUCAGGGGUCUCAUUUUCACAUAGAUUGGUGGUUAUUAUGAGAGCUCUCUGAGUUUUGGCACAAUACAUUAAGCCUGCUUGCCUAGGUGUCUCAUUUACCACUGCAACUGUAUUCUACCAUACUUCAGCCAUUCCUGCUGCUGCAACAUUUACACUUACUGUAUUCUACCAUACUUCAGCCAUUCCUGCUACUGUAACAUUUACACUUACUGUAUUCUACCGUGCCUCAGCCAUUCCUGCUACUGUAACAUUUACACUUACUGUAUUCUACCGUGCCUCAGCCAUUCCUGCUACUGUAACAUUUACACUUACUGUAUUCUACCAUGCUUCAGCCAUUCCUGCUGCUGUAACAUUUACACUUACUGUAUUCUACCAUGCUUCAGCCAUUCCUGCUACUGUAACAUUUACACUUACUGUAUUCUACCAUACUUCAGCCAUUCCUGCUGCUGCAACAUUUACACUUACUGUAUUCUACCGUGCCUCAGCCAUUCCUGCUACUGUAACAUUUACACUUACUGUAUUCUACCGUGCCUCAGCCAUUCCUGCUACUGUAACAUUUACACUUACUGUAUUCUACCGUGCCUCAGCCAUUCCUGCUGCUGUAACAUUUACACUUACUGUAUUCUACCAUACUUCAGCCAUUCCUGCUGCUGUAACAUUUACACUUACUGUAUUCUACCGUGCCUCAGCCAUUCCUGCUGCUGCAACAUUUACACUUACUGUAUUCUACCAUACUUCAGCCAUUCCUGCUGCUGCAACAUUUACACUUACUGUAUUCUACCGUGCCUUAGCCAUUCCUGCUACUGUAACAUUUACACUUACUGUAUUCUACCAUACUUCAGCCAUUCCUGCUACUGUAACAUUUACACUUACUGUAUUCUACCGUGCCUCAGCCAUUCCUGCUACUGUAACAUUUACACUUACUGUAUUCUACCAUACUUCAGCCAUUCCUGCUGCUGCAACAUUUACACUUACUGUAUUCUACCGUGCCUCAGCCAUUCCUGCUACUGUAACAUUUACACUUACUGUAUUCUACCUUGCCUUAGCCAUUCCUGCUACUGUAACAUUUACACUUACUGUAUUCUACCGUGCCUCAGCCAUUCCUGCUGCUGUAACAUUUACACUUACUGUAUUCUACCGUGCCUCAGCCAUUCCUGCUACUGUAACAUUUACACUUACUGUAUUCUACCGUGCCUCAGCCAUUCCUGCUACUGCAACAUUUACACUUACUGUAUUCUACCGUGCCUCAGCCAUUCCUGCUGCUGCAACAUUUACACUUACUGUAUUCUACCAUACUUCAGCCAUUCCUGCUGCUGCAACAUUUACACUUACUGUAUUCUACCAUACUUCAGCCAUUCCUGCUGCUGCAACAUUUACACUUACUGUAUUCUACCGUACUUCAGCCAUUCCUGCUGCUGCAACAUUUACACUUACUGUAUUCUACCGUGCCUCAGCCAUUCCUGCUGCUGUAACAUUUACACUUACUGUAUUCUACCAUACUUCAGCCAUUCCUGCUGCUGCAACAUUUACACUUACUGUAUUCUACCGUGCCUCAGCCAUUCCUGCUGCUGCAACAUUUACACUUACUGUAUUCUACCGUGCCUCAGCCAUUCCUGCUGCUGCAACAUUUACACUUACUGUAUUCUACCGUGCCUCAGCCAUUCCUGCUACUGUAACAUUUACACUUACUGUAUUCUACCAUACUUCAGCCAUUCCUGCUGCUGCAACAUUUACACUUACUGUAUUCUACCGUGCCUCAGCCAUUCCUGCUGCUGCAACAUUUACACUUACUGUAUUCUACCUUGCCUUAGCCAUUCCUGCUACUGUAACAUUUACACUUACUGUAUUCUACCUUGCCUUAGCCAUUCCUGCUACUGUAACAUUUACACUUACUGUAUUCUACCAUACUUCAGCCAUUCCUGCUACUGUAACAUUUACACUUACUGUAUUCUACCAUACUUCAGCCAUUCCUGCUGCUGCAACAUUUACACUUACUGUAUUCUACCGUACUUCAGCCAUUCCUGCUGCUGCAACAUUUACACUUACUGUAUUCUACCGUGCCUCAGCCAUUCCUGCUACUGCAACAUUUACACUUACUGUAUCUUCUACCGUGCUCUCAGCCAUUCCUGCUACUGUAAUACGGUAUUAAUUUACUGUAUUCUACCGUGCCUCAGCCAUUCCUGCUACUGUAAAUAUUUAAUUUACUAAUUCUACCGUGCCGUCAUUCCUGCUACUGUAACAUUUACACUUACUGUAUUCUACCGUGCUUCAGCCAUUCCUGCUGCUGCAACAUUUACACUUACUGUAUUCUACCAUACUUCAGCCAUUCCUGCUGCUGCAACAUUUACACUUACUGUAUUCUACCGUGCCUCAGCCAUUCCUGCUACUGUAACAUUUACACUUACUGUAUUCUACCGCGCCUCAGCCAUUCCUGCAGCUGUAACAUUUACACUUACUGUAUUCUACCGUGCUUCAGCCAUUCCUGCUGCUGCAACAUUUACACUUACUGUAUUCUACCGUGCUUCAGCCAUUCCUGCUGCUGCAACAUUUACACUUACUGUAUUCUACCGUGCCUCAGCCAUUCCUGCUACUGUAACAUUUACACUUACAGUAUUCUACCAUACUUCAGCCAUUCCUGCUGCUGUAACAUUUACACUUACUGUAUUCUACCAUACUUCAGCCAUUCCUGCUACUGUAACAUUUACACUUACUGUAUUCUACCAUACUUCAGCCAUUCCUGCUGCUGCAACAUUUACACUUACUGUAUUCUACCGUGCCUCAGCCAUUCCUGCUACUGUAACAUUUACACUUACUGUAUUCUACCGUGCCUCAGCCAUUCCUGCUGCUGCAACAUUUACACUUACUGUAUUCUACCAUACUUCAGCCAUUCCUGCUACUGUAACAUUUACACUUACUGUAUUCUACCGCGCCUCAGCCAUUCCUGCUACUGUAACAUUUACACUUACUGUAUUCUACCGCGCCUCAGCCAUUCCUGCUGCUGUAACAUUUACACUUACUGUAUUCUACCGCGCCUCAGCCAUUCCUGCAGCUGUAACAUUUACACUUACUGUAUUCUACCGUGCCUCAGCCAUUCCUGCUGCUGUAACAUUUACACUUACUGUAUUCUACCGUGCCUCAGCCAUUCCUGCUACUGUAACAUUUACACUUACUGUAUUCUACCGUGCCUCAGCCAUUCCUGCUGCUGCAACAUUUACACUUACUGUAUUCUACCGUGCCUCAGCCAUUCCUGCUGCUGCAACAUUUACACUUACUGUAUUCUACCGUGCCUCAGCCAUUCCUGCUACUGUAACAUUUACACUUACUGUAUUCUACCAUACUUCAGCCAUUCCUGCUGCUGCAACAUUUACACUUACUGUAUUCUACCGUGCCUCAGCCAUUCCUGCUACUGUAACAUUUACACUUACUGUAUUCUACCGCGCCUCAGCCAUUCCUGCAGCUGUAACAUUUACACUUACUGUAUUCUACCGUGCUUCAGCCAUUCCUGCUGCUGCAACAUUUACACUUACUGUAUUCUACCGUGCUUCAGCCAUUCCUGCUGCUGCAACAUUUACACUUACUGUAUUCUACCGUGCCUCAGCCAUUCCUGCUACUGUAACAUUUACACUUACAGUAUUCUACCAUACUUCAGCCAUUCCUGCUGCUGUAACAUUUACACUUACUGUAUUCUACCAUACUUCAGCCAUUCCUGCUACUGUAACAUUUACACUUACUGUAUUCUACCAUACUUCAGCCAUUCCUGCUGCUGCAACAUUUACACUUACUGUAUUCUACCGUGCCUCAGCCAUUCCUGCUGCUGCAACAUUUACACUUACUGUAUUCUACCGUGCCUCAGCCAUUCCUGCUACUGCAACAUUUACACUUACUGUAUUCUACCUCAUACCUCCAGCCAUUCCCAAGUACUGUAACAUUUACACUUACUGUAUUCCCACCGCGCCCCCAGCCAUCUCUGCUAAUUGCAACAUUUACACUUACUGUAUUCCCACUGCCCCUCAGCCCAUUCCUAAGUCAUGUAACAUUUACUUACUGUAUUCUACCGCAUCAGCCAUUCCCUGCAGCUGUAACAUUUACACUUACUGUAUCUCACUGUUCUACCGUGCCUCAGCCAUUCCUGCAGCUGUAACAUUUACACUUACUGUAUUCUACCAUACUUCAGCCAUUCCUGCUGCUGCAACAUUUACACUUACUGUAUUCUACCAUGCUUCAGCCAUUCCUGCUGCUGCAACAUUUACACUUACUGUAUUCUACCGUACUUCAGCCAUUCCUGCUGCUGCAACAUUUACACUUACUGUAUUCUACCGUGCCUCAGCCAUUCCUGCUGCUGUAACAUUUACACUUACUGUAUUCUACCAUACUUCAGCCAUUCCUGCUGCUGCAACAUUUACACUUACUGUAUUCUACCGUGCCUCAGCCAUUCCUGCUACUGUAACAUUUACACUUACUGUAUUCUACCGCGCCUCAGCCAUUCCUGCUGCUGUAACAUUUACACUUACUGUAUUCUACCGCGCCUCAGCCAUUCCUGCAGCUGUAACAUUUACACUUACUGUAUUCUACCGUGCCUCAGCCAUUCCUGCUACUGUAACAUUUACACUUACUGUAUUCUACCGUGCCUCAGCCAUUCCUGCUGCUGUAACAUUUACACUUACUGUAUUCUACCGUGCCUCAGCCAUUCCUGCUACUGUAACAUUUACACUUACUGUAUUCUACCGUGCCUCAGCCAUUCCUGCUACUGUAACAUUUACACUUACUGUAUUCUACCGUGCUUCAGCCAUUCCUGCUACUGUAACACUUACACUUACUGUAGUCUACCGUGCUUCAGCCAUUCCUGCUACUGUAACAUUUACAAUUAUUUACUAAGUUUGAUUCCCUUUUAUUCCAGAAGUUUGGUCCUUAAGGGGUUAAAGGGAAUUUCAAAAUUAAGGCCAGAGCAGUCAAACUGAAAGCCUAAUUGACAAAUAAUUUUUCCAGUUCAACAAUUUUAGACUUAAAUUUAAAAUUAACUUUGAAUCCUCACUUUAGUAAAUAAAACCAAGUUUGUUACUAACAUCCCACUGUCCUCUCCACCAAGAUGGGGCUACUUUAGCACAAAUGUCAAGUUCAGCUAAGUUCCUCAGUUAGCUGUGUAGGAUUGGAGAUUUACAUGGAAGUAAUAAAGCCAAUGUAAAAAAAUAAAAUGAAUACACAAAUCAAUGCUCACCUUGGCUGAGAUAAUGAAUUUUCCACCUUCAGCUGCGACAAUUAGUAGAUGGGAAUUGUUGGGGAAAUAAAGUGAAUUCUGAGUGGCCAAAAUAGGCCAAGUACAAAUAGCUCGUUAUGAUUUUCUUUGUCCUCAUUGGACUAUCUUGGACUAAAUUUGAAAUUGACUUUGGAUUCACAUUGAAUUCUCACUUAAGUGAUUUAUUCCAAUUCUGCUAGAUUAGCCUUACACUUGAAAUCCACUUUAAAUUCUCACCUUACUAAAUAACCCAGUGUGUGAGCAGCUUGAUCACUUAUUGAAUAAACCCCGUCCUGUUAGGAGAAUAGACUUCCAUUCAUCAAAACAUAUUUGGAUGGAAUCCAUACAGUUUUCCUGCCCACUUACAAUGUACUCCUGCUAUGUAUUUUGACUAACUGGCUCUUGUAUAGAGAUUGAAUCCCCUGGAAACACGUGCUAGGUUUGUUUGUUAGGGGUUCUGUUUUAGAGUUUUGUUAUAGUCUGCUGUGCUUAGUAACAGUAACACUAAACUCUAGAUAGAUUCAUUGCUAAACACUGGGAAGAGUGUCUGUAUGUGAGGAGGAUUGGGUCAUUUAGUAAUCUAUGAAAGGUUGGAUAUUGGAAUAAUGAAAAACACAAUAUAUCAAAAUACGUCAGUUGCUUAUAAAAAACAUUAUUUCUAACCCCUUUCUAUUAUAUUUAUUUAUUUUAGCACAAUACUGUUUUUGCAGCAUCUGUUUUGUGAAGGGAGUUUAACAUUGUCUUCAAAGGUUUUAAUGCUGCCAGAGACUCAGGAUUUCUGUAGUUAACAGUCAAAUUAAUUUGUAGUUAAAUUGUGUCUGGAGUUCAACAGCAGAUCUAGAGUAUACACUAUGUAGCACAGCUAGUGUAAUGUGUAUAUAACACAGAUCUGGUAUAAAGUAUAUACAACACGUAAAGACAGACACAACUGGUAUGUAGUAUACAUACAACAGAAUGACAUAGAACACACUAUAUAGCAAACAGAGAUUCAACCAGACUCAUCUGGUGUAUAGUAUACAGAGAUUGAGAUAGAAGAUAGAUGUACAACUAGUGUAUAAUAUAUAAUAUAAAACUCAGAGAAAGACACAUAGUAUAAUAUAUAUAUAUAAUAGAGACACACAUACAACUAGCUCAUAGUAUAUAUAUAUAUAUAUAUAUAUAUAUAUAUAUAUAUAUACACGAUUAGUGCAUAUCACACAGAGUAGAAUAUAUAACAGAGACAGACAACUAAGGCAAACUAAGUACACUAGAAAUAAAUAUACAACUAUUGCGCAGUAUUUAUAACACAGAUGAAAACCAAACACAACCUGUGCGUAAUAUACAUAACAAGAGAGGGAGAAGCAUCUAACAAUAUACAUUUACAUACACACAGACAUACAGACACAACUAACACACAGUAUACAUAACACAGAGUGACACACACAACUAGUGCAUAAUAUAUAUCACAGACAGACAUAAAUACCAAACAGAGACACAGAUACAUGUACUUUAAGCAGUCACCAUAGAGACAGACAAGACACCUGCUGCAAACAGAGAUACUGACACAUAUAGAAGAAGUAUACCUUAUACCGAGUGACACAGACACACCUAUUGCAUGUAUGGAACAAAGACAUAGAGAUGAGUACCAUGUUCAAGAGAUACAUGUACAAGUACAAGUAUACAACACUGGGAGAGACAGAUGCAGCUAGUGUAAGCACACAACACACUGAAAAACAGAUACAACUAAUGGAAAUUGCAUAUAUGUAACAUAUAAGGCAUAAAUAUGUACACGUGUUAUGGCAAAUAUACACCACUAACAGAAACGUACACACCAUGAAAAAGACAGACACAACACAUAGAGACAGAGAUAGACAAAAACAGACAGACACAACACAUAGAAACAGAGAUAGACAAAACCGGACAGACACAACACGUAGAAACAGAAACUCUUUAUUCAAGUAUUCAGCACUUAAGGGACAGACACAGGCAUUGAAAGUAUUGAACAAAUAAAACACACACAGACAGGUACAUCUACUGCAAGUAUAGCCCACCCGAGCCAGAGACUUUAGCUAUCUUGAAAUCUGCUGUUUAAGUAUUGCCUACUUACAUUUAAUGUAAGAAGUUCCAGUGAUAUGGCUAGUGUUUCCAUUACAAAACAAUUGUCUAGCUAGAAAGCACAAUGGCUGAAUGUUACAAAUAACAGAACCACGGACAAAAAUGAUCAUUGUCAUUACUGGGGCAUAUGGAAAGUCCAAUUAAAAAAUAAAGGUGUCUGUAUUGUAGAAAUGAUAUAAGCAUAAAAGUAUAAUAGCACAUUUGUGUACAUGCAUUGAAUUAUGUGUCCACUGGCUUCCUGUUCAUGUGAAUGAUGAUGUCACUAGCUGUGGGUUUAUGUGAAUCCUAUACCUCAGCUAUGUUAUUCUCCCAUUCUCAUACAUAACUGGCUAACUUAGGCAAAAACAAAACAAAUCAAUAACCAGACAAUAACAAUAUUAAAGUAGAUAUAUAAAGAAAAGAUAAAACAGAGAAGUACAUUGGCCAGGCACCAUUUUAACCCCUUAACCCCUUAAAGACACACAACAUGUGUGACAUGUCAUGAUUCCAUUUUAUUCCAGAAGUUUGGUCCUUAAGGGGUUAAGGAAAUGAUAUACCAUCUACUCCUAAUGGCAAAAACAGACCCCCCCUCUGACCCUCUAACCGAGUGGUUGCCAAACUUUUUAGGUCCAAGGCGCCCUUAAUAUUUGAAUAAUUUUUCAAGACACCCCAAGUCAUACACACACACACACACACACUUCUUGACACGCACUCAUACACACACACACACACACAAUAUUUUGUAUAUCUCCAGCAACCCUCCUGUUAGCUUACCUUGUAUGUCCAGGAGGGUGGCUUGUAGUCCUCCUCGCUGGUGGGAGCGAGGGGUCUAGAGCAGCUCCUGGAAUGCUUCUUCCCCUCAUGCUGCGGAUGCCUCCUCUCCCUCCUGCACGGUCUCUCUGCACGAAGGUGGGAGGAAGUGACAGGCUGUCCCUUCCUCCCAGCCGGCCGACAUCACAGGGGCCCAGUCACAGUCUUAAAGGACCUCAGCACCCAACCGGGGACCCUGUUCAGCAGUUAUGUUUCCCCUGUGCUAUGAUUCCACGGCACCCCUUUGUGCAUGUUGUGGUGCGAUGGCACCCAGUUUGGGAACCACUGCUCUAACCAUUUUAAUGAAGCAAAGCAAUACAAAAGUUCAAAUAAAACAUGUAGAGACUUGAGAAAACAACUAAAAGAUUUGUAAUAGUUUUAUAAUGUGUAAAGUUCAAAACAUUAUAGACAAUAUGCCAACUAAUUUUGUCUUGUUCUUGUUUGGGUGCCUAACAUAUAUUAGAACUCAGACAACUUUUUGUCAUUUGUUGUCAUCAUUAGGCACUGCUGAUUGGUUGCCCCCUUUACAUGGAGAAUGUUGAGGCUCCUAAUAUGUAUAGUGCAUGGCUGGUGUUAAAUAGUAAUCUAGCACACAAUGUAUAUCACUGUAUUCAUAAGGUGACUGCUAACUGGUUUUCCUCAGUGACACAGACUCCUUAAACCCAUGUUACUUACCUGUAGAACCAGCCAUCCGGGUGACUUCAAAAUCCAAACAUAAGUUGUACAUUUAUAUUUGGAACCCUAAGGUUAUUGUUAUUAUUUUUUUUUUUCGUAUCCAUUACACAUAAAGCUUUAUUGAAGUCUUAUGUCAGCAUAUUUUCAUAUCACGAGUAACACUCGCAGGUCUUAGUUUUAGAAAAUAACGGCUUGGCCGCGCAGGGCCUAUCAACUCAGAAUGUAUGAUAGUUCAUUCAACCACAUUGAACUAAGCAUUAACAAUAUUACAUAAAACCUUCUGUGUUACAUGAGGCAAAAGUGUGUACUACCUGUGUUUUUCUUUGAUAGAUAAUAAUGUAGAUAGGGAAGAAUAAGUGUGGUAAAAAGGAGGGUAGUGUUAUUAUUUUUUAAAUAACUUGCUGAUAAUAUUGAGUGGAUAAUUAAUUCACUCAUGUUUUAUUUACAUGUAUCAGUAUUUCCCCUCCAGCCUUGGGUGGGCCUUGGCCUCAGCUGAUCAACAUGUCAUCAUCUGUAUAUUGUAUAUGUGUGCUUGUUACAAGAAUUGGGAAACUAGCAACAUAUAAUUUAUUUAUUCAUGCGAACCAAAUAGUUUAAAAAAUGUGAGAUUGUUGAUUUUGAGGUUGACUUCUUUUGUUAGUUUUUUUUUAUUUAUUUUUUUUAUUCAAAGUUUAUUGAUGUAGUAUUAAAAUGCAGUAUGUCUGCAAGAGAGUAUCACAUCAUCUUAUAGGGUAGUCAUGAGUUUUGUAGCGACAACAUAAUGAUGCAACGAUAUUGUUUGGUAUUGUAGCACAUAUCCUAGUUUGGUAUAGGUAUCAGAGGUAAAACAGUAGGAGUAUCAAUAUAAGGCUAGGCCUACAAACACCUGGGUCUUGUUACGAUAGUAUAGCAUUGCUUAGUUGUGGGUCAAUUUGUCUGUCAUUAAGGUGGCGUGUUGGUGAAACAGUGCGGUGCUGUGUGGUACGUCGUAGCAAAUGUCAUUGGUGCAAAGCCUUAGUACAAAUAUUAAGAUGUUGAUCAGGUUCUUGGCAGGUCGGCUUUACUGCAUUGUGAGGUGUCCAGGUCUGAUUGCCAGGCCCAAAGUAAGGUUGCUUCACUCUUUGCUCAUCAGCAGUGUCUUAGGCGUGUGUGUGUGUGUAGUGUUGUGUUUGCUGGGUUUUCUCCCUGAGUGGGAGAUGCGUAUGUGGGUGAAUGGUCUUGUGUCGUAUUUCAGUAUUGUUGCUGGUGGGUUGGGUAGAGGGGGAAUUCAAGGUCUUUUUGAAGUUGGUGUUUUUAAUCAAGACAUGGUUAGGAGACAGACAAUGCAAAUGGUUAGUUUGCUAAACCAGUUAUUUUCAUUUGGGAAACGUUUCUCUUGUAAUAUAUCCUUGCUUCUGCCAUCCUGUCACUAGAUUUAUUAAUUUAACACAUGGAUGUGAUUUUUCGUCUUUAAACUUACAGAUUGUUGAUUUGUUAGUGAAACACUUUGUUGUUUGCGGUUUAUUAUUGUGUGGUGUGAAUGCUUUUCCAUGUUUAGUGUUGAGAUUUAGAGGUUUGUAAACAUUAGUUUUUUUGUAUGUAUUUCCUCUUAUCACAGAUAUUUUAGAACUAUAUUUCCUAUAAUGCACAGCCAGCCUGUAGCUUUAAAGGGACACGCUGGGAAACAAUGCAAUUUUAAAUAAAUUUGAUAGAUUUUGGUCUCAUUACUAUGCUGUGUGUUUUGCAUGCUGAAAUCUUUACAGUUUUUUCCACAAAAAAAAUAAAUGUUUUGCAGAAUUCUGCACUAUAAGCCUACCUCCUUGGCCACGCCCCCUCAUGCCAGAAAGAAUUCCUUAUCAAACGUGUGUACACAGCUCAGCCCCAACUGCAGUGAGUGAGCUGCUUUUAAUUCACAACCUGUCUGCAGACAGUCAGAGAGAAUACAAAAACAUAGUGAUAUUCUUACUAUAAGCCUCCCUGGGUGUCCUCUCCUUUGAAUACAGGUUGUCUUGUAGUUCAGAUCAUUCAGUACUGUCAGUAGCUGAGCUGUGUGCAUUCAUAUGAUAUGGAUGCCAUUUUCUGGAAUGAGGGGAUGUUGCUCAAGAAGCAGGGUUAUGGUGCAGCAUUCUGCAAAACAUUUUUUUUUUUUUGAGCAUGCAAAAAAAUACAGCACAUUAGCGAGGCCGAAACCUAUCAAAUUAAAAAUGUAUAUUGGUGCCUGGAAUGACCCUUUAAAGGGAAACUUCAUUGCACAUAUAACAAAAAACAAAUACAACUAACUGUUUGUAUAUGUACCCCAAAUGAAAACAUAAAUGUAUCUAAUUAGGCAUUUUUUUUCAUUGGGGUUAUAUGUCAAAAACAACUUGCAAAGGCUGCAGCUAUCUUGCCUGCAGAUGUGGCAAACCCUCCUCCUUAAGCACAGUCCAGACUUUCUGUGGCUGUCCAAUCACAGACUUCUAAUGCAGCUCAAUGAGAAGUCUUUGCAAGGCAGGUGUUCUGAGCAAUUGAUUCCUUUUGAGUUUAGCCCCACUGAAUAAACAACCAGGAAGUAACAAGACUGGUUGUCUGAUUGACAGCCAAUUGGGUGUAACCAGGUAAAUUCAUAAAUGUGCCAAUUUCUGUUAAAAUCUGAACUUUAUUUAAAUAAAAAAAAGAGAACAUACUCUCUACACAUAAAGCAUUUCAGCAAGCUAAAGUGCUUCUAUACAUCAUUGGAAUAAAAUGUGUAUUUAGUGCUGCCAAAGCUUUACUGUCACUCUCUAAUUAGUAACUGCAAUUUCAGACUGCUAAAUGUUUUGUUAUGUUUAGGGAGUAAUUCAUUUGUUAUGUCAUUCCAUGAUCUGAACAAGAUAAUGCUGCGGAAUAUACUACUUAAUUUGUUUUCAAAAUAAAAGGUGCUAGCAAGUCUUUACAAGGUGCCUUCCUAGAUGUUAAAUCCUGAUUUGUCCAUUAUUGUCUGUUUUAUUUCAUUAGGUGAUAGUUGUAGAUGUGUGGUCAUCUGUGACCUCGUGUAAUUUGAUAAAUACAAAAGUAAUUUACAUGUACAAGUAGAAGAAGUGAAUAUCUAUCUAUCUAUCUAUCUAUCUAUCGAUCUAUCAAUCUAUCUAUCCAGUGACGUACACACAAUCCAUGGGGCCCCGGUUCGAAACUGAUCCAUGGGCCCCUCCACCGCUUCCCCCAACAGACACACACACACAGACACAUACAUACAGAGACAUAUACAUACACACAUACAUACACACAGAGACAUACAUACAUAGAGACACACACACACAUACAUACACACAGACACAUACAAACAUACAGACACAUACAUACACAUACAUACAGAGACACAUACAUACACACAGACAUAUACACACACGACACAAGACACAAGACACAUACAUACAUACAGACACACACAUACAUACAUACAGACAGACACACAGACAUACAUACAGACAGACACACAUACACAUACAGACACAUACACCCAUACAUACAGAGACACACACAUACACACACACACACAUACAGACACACACACACACACACACACACAGAGACAUACAUACAGACACACACACACACACACACAGACACAUACACAUACACAUACACACAUACAGACACACAGAUACACAUACAGAGACACACACAAACACAUACAUACAGACACAUACACACACACACACACAGACAGUCACACAAACACAUACACACAUACAUUCAAAUAAAAACACACAUAUACAAAAUGUUUAAGUCACCCUCCUGUUUUCUCCCUUUUAGGUGCAGGAGGGUGACUUUCCCUCUGACUCCCUCUCCUUCCUCCUGCGCGGGCGCUUGCUGAUAGCUGGGAGGAGUGAUGGGCAGUCACUUCCUCCCAGCUGUGAUGUCAUCACAGGGGGCCCAGUCGCGAUGUUAAAGCGCUGACUGGGGCCCCCUGGAAAUUCAUCUCCAUUGGGUGGCCCUAACAGCAUGGGCCAUCCGAAGGUCCCUAUUGAAUGUGCGGCCGGCCAUGGCCGCAACACAUGGAGGCAGGUACCCGGUCGCAGAGCUCCGCAGGGCAGCUAGGCCCCCUGCAACCCUAGCGCGGUAUGUACGCCACUGUAUCUAUAUAGCUGUCUAUCUAUCUAUCUCUCUGUCUGUCUGUCUGUCUAUCUCUACCAUUUUACUUGUCAAUAACCUUCCUCAUUAAUUAAAUAUAUUUAACCCCUAUUCAGCAGUGAUAGGGUGGCAGGUGGUUUUUUCUAUAUGUAUUUUGGCUGUUGUGUACUAUGGUCGUUGCUGCCGCCAAGGAGUAAUGGGAGUUUGAGCGCAGGACUAGUUUCUUUGUAUUUGUAUUCACUUUUGUAUUACACAGCUAGGUUACAUUGCUACUGCUCAUCCCAUGUGUUCCCUAUUAAGGGUUAAUAAGCAUGUAGGAAUGUAUCUAAAAAAUACCCCUUUCUGUCUCAUUAGAGAUAUUUUUGACUGAAGCUCAAGGAAGCAAGGCGAAUGGUUAGAGUUAGGACCCACCUAAGAGCUCUGCCUUGACGUGGCAGGUGGGCAUACCCUCUCAUGGCCAUUGGAGGUAACUAAAAACCUCCAUUUGUUUAAAAAUACAUAGGGAUGUGGAAAGAGCACAGGUAACUUUUUUCUUUGGUUUUUACAAUAUAUAUUUUGGCUGAUGUGUACUAUGGUCGUUGCUGCCGCCCAGAAGUAAUGGGAGUUUGAGAGCAGAACUUGUUUCUUUGUAUUUGUAUUAACUUUGUGAGUAACAGACAGACAGUCCUUUCCUACCUCCUGACAGAAUUACAGAACUGGGACCAAUAGGUUAAAACAGUGUAGGGUGAGUUAUAUUUUUUCACUUUUAACUGACCACCUGGGUAUAUUACAGAUCUUGUUUGUGUGAAUAUUACACAGACCGCAUCGAAUAAACAGCUCCCAUAUCACAUGCAAUCGAUGCCUCUCUGGAGAUUAGGAGAUAUUGCUUCAAUACACUAGUAAGAGAGAUUAAAAAAAACACAAGUUACCAAUGUAGAUUCCCCCCUUCUAAUAUUGACAGAUCAUGCAAUUGAGAAUCAAUUUAGUGAUGUAGCGAUUCUGUACUAUGUAUGCAGAUCUCAGCCUGCAGGAAAGGUUAACCAGAGGUCUUGGUAGCUCUGUACUUAGUCUAAUAUUUGUAAGGUGUUGGGGUGUGGGGAGGGGCAUGUUGGAUUACCAAGACCCAUAUAACAUAGAGUGAUAUGAUUUUUUUGGGGACGACGUGAUUUGAUAAAUGCAAAAUUAAUUUAAAAGUCUGUCUAUCUAUGUAUGUAUGUAUGUAUGUAUCUAUGUAUGUAUGUAUGUAUGUAUGUAUCUAUCUAUCAAAUAUAACACACACUCUGCGUCUAUGUCACUAAUUUACUAGAGGGAUUGGCACCAUAAUUAGUGUAGGGUUCUUUAACAGGCUAGGGAAACGCAAGGCAGCUACAGAUUUGCAGCCAGGUUGAGAAUGCCUACCCAUUUUAAUAACAUUACAUUUUAACUUUUGACUGCUUCCAGCUCAGUACUACUAAUAUGUUAUUUUAUUAUUCAUUAUAAAAUUGAAGUAGCAACCUAAAAUUAACAACCAGGGUAACACAGGAGGUAGGUGCAGUGCCUAAAUAGUCCUUAUUUGGGGGUAUGUAUCGACAAGAAGAAAAAAACUGAAGAAGCUAAUAGUGUAAUAGUAUGUAAAAUAUAAGUUUGUGUAUAUAUGAUAAAAAAUGUGCACUUACACUUUUUUGGAGCUUCAAUAGUGCACAUUUUUAAUCAUAUAUAUACAAACUUAUGUUUUACAUACUACACUAUUAGUUUCUUCUGUUUAUUUCUUCUUCUUGUUACAAGGACUAUUUAGGUGCAGCACCUACCUCCUGUGUUACCCAGUUUUUAGCGGACAAGAGAGACUCUGUACUUGGUGUUUUAGCUGCCAUUGGACUGUAAUCAUCUUACAUAAGCGCUGAAUUAUAAUUGUGUUUUAUACUUAUAGACCAGGCCUGACUUGGCUCCACUAGCCAGUUCUAAGCCUGAUUGACUAACAUGGCCGGUGUAAAUUGUUGGAGUAUGUGACUUUGUAUAAACUGUGAAGUAAUUCAGAUUUUUUUUCUCCACCACAUCUGUUUGACCCCAUUUUUCCAUUGGUAAACAUUCAGUACCAUGUCUUACCUAUAUGGAUAAACCCCGAACUCCUUCAAUAAUACCUAAACGUCUAAUUUUAAUAUUGCCCGUAUAAGAUAUAUAUAUAUAUAUAUAUAGCUAAGGUAACAUGUUAUGCCCUCCUUACUGUGAAAAUAAUAUUGAAAAACUACCAUAAUAUUUAUAUUAUUAAUUAAAAUAACAGAUUGUGAGCGAGAUUUCUGAAAUAAAAAACAAAUGCUCUUCUGGUGCAAAGUGCUAAAUAAGAAGUAACUAUAAGGACAACCAAUAAUACGUCUCUCAACAUUUAACACUUUGCCCUCAGAAUAGCACUUUUUUAUUUGGCCCUAUAUGUUAUGUGUUAUAUCCUCUUUGUGCACAUAUUUACAAUGCACAUAUAAGAGUGAGUUCAGUUUAUAGCUAUAUAUAUAUCUCCUUGUUUACCAUUGCUCCUAUGGGGGCAGCCAUCUUAAAGUCCUCUUCACUCAGAAGCUUUGCUGGUCCCAUGUAUAGUAAAUGAAAGUUAACAUUCAUUCAUGAAUCUUGGUAUUUUGUGAAAGUGCCAAUCUUCACCAACAUGUAUUUAAGCUUGGUUCAGCCAAUUAAAUCGAACAUGGUCUUGGAUUAUAAAUUGUGUUCCUGACCUAAGGGAACAUACAGAUAGAUUCCCAGUUCCCACAAAUGAAGGAAUGGUGAGUCGAGAGAUAUGCUGAAAAGAGGUAUUAUACUACAUGAAUGCAUUAAUAGGAAAAUGCAAACAUUCAAUAUUUUAUUUUCUGUAAUACUAAAUCAAAUAAUUACAGUUUUCCUUUAUUUUCAUACCAAGAGCAUAAAUAUUGCAUCUGUCUACUUGUUUCUGAUCUACUACUACAUUAGCUGUAACAAACAAAUUAUAAUACAAAAGAAAAGAAAAAAAAGUAUUGCAGUGUGAUAACAUUCUAUGCAUACAUUCUAUGCAUUCAUUAUUUUCAAUAAGGAGUAACAAUAUCAAAUAAAUGACCUGGGGUAAAGUAGGGUGGAAAAUAAAUGGGGGAAUGAGGGAGGAAAUUAAUAAGAAGAAAGAUAAAGAAUGGGUGACGAUGGGAAGCUGCUCUGGCAUUUGAACAGAGGUCUACUGGGUUGCCAAUACAAUGACUGCUGGUACAGCCUUGCCACAGGGUCCAAAUAUUAUUGAAAACAUUCAUAGUUAUCCUAGUCAUUGCUGUUAAUAUGUCCUUCAGCAUAUUUUCCACAUAUUUUAUGCAGAAAUUCUGAGAAAGUUGGAACCUUUUCUGUAUUUUAAAUUUUGACCAAGGCUCUCCUUGCCGCUUGGAAAAUUUCAGCCAUUAAUUGAUUUUCCAGUUUGCUGAAGUCCUUUAAUGCCCUAGAAAUAAUGAAUGGCUAAGGGCCCAUUUAAACUGGCAUGUACAAUUUGCUAUGCUGCAAAAAUUGUAUUUCUUCCCGCCCACAUAUUUAACUUCCAGCAUUGCCACCACAUAUGAAGAUAAUUACCUUGUUGACCACAUAGUGUCCAACAAAGGUCAGUGAUGUUAUAACUUCAGAAGUAUAUCCUCAUUAAUGUUAUAUAGAAUUUAUUCCCAAACCAAUUCUCCAGGCAGCCCUACCAGUCCAGGAUUUAGGGAUUACCCAGUUGUGUCUAAGGUGUUUAUUUUGUUUCUAAAAACACUUUAGACAAAACUGGAUAAUCCCUAAAUCCUGGAUUGGUAGGGGGUGUCUUGAGGACUGGUUUAUGAACCACUGCUAUAUAGCAUCCCUAAUAUAUUUUGUUGGAAGGUAUCAUGACAAUGCAGUAUUUUAACCAUGGCUGGAUGGAAAGCCCAUUGGGCCUGCUGCUGACGAUUAUGAUGGGCCUAAUUACAGAAUCUUAUUGACAAAGCCCACAAAAUUAAUUUAUAGGAAUACAUAUAACAUAUUGUAAUAUAUCGUUUUCAUCUCCUAGCCAAAUCCAUACCCCCAACAUCUGCAUCCUGUGAAGUAGGACAUUAGUUGGUGUGUAACAGGAGAUGGGCAAGUGAUGCAAAUCAUGUCACUUUCACCGCCAGGGCCGGACUGGGAAAAAGGCAUUUUUAAAUUACAGCGGCCCCCUGAGAAGGGGGCGGGGCCAGAGAGGGUGUAUUUUGUCAUCACUAAUGACAAGCACGCCCCCUCUCAAAGUGAGCAUGUUAGUUCAAUGUGCAGAGCCCCACUAAAGAGCUCAAGCAUGAGAAAAAGGCCCUGUAUUUUUUCUGCGCAGCUCAAGCAAAUGUACUAACAUGCUUGCGCUGUGUUUGCUUUUAAAUUGUCUCUGGUGUCUCCAUAAGUGGGAUACCAGAGGACAAAAGGGCCAGGAAAGCGUAUGGGGCAUGUGUUUGGAGCCUGCCUGUGGGAUUGCCUGUGUGUAGAGUGAGCUGAUUGUGGUGUGGUAUUGUGUAAAUAGGUUGAUUUUAUUUGUGUUUGUGGUGUAAUAUGUGUGGCUAGGGGCUGUAGAGAGUGUGUGUAUAGGGGGCAUAGUGUGUAUAGGAGAUGUAGUGAGUGUGUGCAUACGGGCUGUAGUGUGUGUGUAUAGGUGAUGUAGUGUGUGUUUAGAGAAUGUAGUAUGUGUUUGCUUACAAGGAAUGUAGUGUGUGCAUAGGAGAUCCAGAGUUUGUAUGUCAGGAAUUCAGUGUGUGUAGGUGGUGCAGUGUGUGUGUAGGAGAUCUUGUGUGUAAAGGAUCCAGAGUGUGUAUAGGAGAUUGUGUGUGUGUGUGUAUAGAGGAUUCAGAGUGUAUUCAGAGUGUAUAUAGGGUAAGGGAUCUAGCGUGUAUCUGGAGCGUAAUGUGUGUAGUGGUGCAGUGUGAGGGGUGCUCUAGUGUAUAUAUAUGUUUGGACGUAUUGUAUGUGAGCAAGGCGAUUGUGUUGGGUGUGCUGUGUGUAUGUGUGAAGGGUGCAGCAUGUGUUUGAGGAGUGCAGUGUGUGUGAAAGAGGGGUGCUGUGUGUGUGUGACGGUGUUCUUAUCUACUGUCACAUUCUAUGUUUCUAAUUUUCUUUGUCUGUUAACUUACUGAGGGUUAUUUUAUAUAUUAUACAUACGUGUGUGUGUGUGUGCUGUAUAUGUGUGAGAGUGUGUUGUGUGUGUCUGAGAGUGCUGUGUGAGUGAGGGUGCUGUCUGUGUCUGAGGGUGCUGUCUGUGUCUGAGGGUGCUGUGUGAGUGAGGUUGCUGUCUGUUUCUGUGGUAACCACAGCAACGCUCAGACCUCGCGAGAGGAACCCGACGGAGCUGCUGGCUACAGCUCCCCGGGUCCUCUCCUGACUCCCUCCCUCCCCAGCUGGCGGCCGUAUAUUAGUGCCUCUGGGCCGGUGAGGGAGAUCUUUGAUCUCCCCACUGGCCCAUGGAGGCACACAGCAGGGCCGGCGCUCUGAAAUGCGCCGGCUCUGCAUGGGCCGACGGGAAAUCCUGUGAUCUCCCCUGCCGUCCUCGGCCCACGGCCAUCGCGGACCACCAGGCAUUUGCCCGGUAUGCCCAAAGGCCAGUCCGGGCCUGGUCACCACCCAAAGAGCCUGGAGAGGGGUGCAGGUGUGUCCAAAGAAGGUCAGCCUGGUUUGAAUGCAUGCCAAGCUAGCUGCCAAUCAUGCAGGUCAGCAUGAUAACUAAGGGCAGACUAUGCAGAAAGUUCUGUUUCAGCAUCCUGAGCUUGGCGUGAACAUGUCUAAUGAUGUGCUUGUUCUACGAUUUCUGGGAAAAAUUCCUGGCGUGCCCCAGUACUCAGUUGUAAAUUCCUCUCCUUUCCUUCUUACUAGCAGGCAGAACUUGAAGCUCCUGGUAUGCAAUCUGGGACAGAGAAAUUGUUUGGAAAAUUUAUUGUAGAAGAAAGGGGAGAUGCCACACUGCUAGUGAGACCAAAGCAGCAAGAGCAUAUGCACAGCUUUAUAUCAACUAAUUCAUAGUCAGACAGUCCACAUAGGUUUUUGUUCAUCUAUAUCCCUUCUAAGUUCCAAAGCUUAAUUUCCUCUGCACAAAACAAGAGCGUGUAAAGAGAAGUAAAAAAUAAAUUAAAAAGUGCCUAUUUGAUAGGCAUUGGCCUGGAGCUAUAUCUCCAUUAGCCCCUGCCUUAAUCUGGCCCUGAGUUUAACUUUACUGUAAGAUUAUGUACUUUAACUAAAAUAUAUUGUAACAGUUAAUGAAAAUAAAUUUCAUGAGCAGCUUCUGUUUCCAUUAUACAAAAUGUCCAGUUUGCUUAGUUGUUGCCAGUCACAUGAUAUUGGAUUGAAAAAUAAACAAGAAAAACAAGUUCUAAUCUCAAUGGAAGAGGCAGCAGGACUGACCAAAUCAUUAGUAUUUACAGUGAUUAUUAAUGAUUAUAGUUGUGUAUUUUCUGCUUUUGUAAUUGAUGAUAAAAUAGUUAAAGUUUGCACCACACCCUCUAACAUUUAAUUGUACAUCCACAAAUAUAUUUAGAAUUCUGUGGUUUCUCACUCACAAUAGAAUGUAUCGCCCACUUUGCACAGUGUUUAGGUUCAUGAAUAUCCCGCCAGAUCCCAUCCCAUGAAUAUCCCAUCAGAUCCCAUCCCAUGAAUAUCCUACCAGAUCCCAUCGCAUCAGAUCCCCUCGCGCCCUGGGAGGGAGGACGCUGCUCUCCUCUCCCUGUAACACACUUGACUGCUGGAGAGGGAGACCGACUGUCUCCCCUCCCAAAGAUACACACUGCCGCUGGGGAGGAAGGACGACACCUUCGGCUCCCUGGGACUCACACUGCAGCUGGGGAGGAAGGACGACACCUUCGGCUCCCUGGAACUCACAUUGCCGCCGGGGAGGAAGGACGACACCUUUGGCUCCCUGGAACUCACACUGCCACUGGGGAGGAAGGACGACACCUUCAGCUCCCUGGGAUUCGCACUGUCACUGGAGAUCUGGGAUGACUGUCCAGCAUCCCUGUAGGGCUGGUAGAGAGACUUCAGUCCCAUCUCCACCUGCCACCUAAGGAUCUUCCCAGGACCAGUCUAUGAGGUCCCCUACUUCUUCAGCUGGUAGGGAAGCAGGGGGUACCUCAGCCAGAUCUCCCAAGCUGUAGGGUGGCAGGUCUGGGGAUGUCAUCCAGCUCUCCUGUUCUGUGCCACUGUCUGCUGACUGAGUUGCGUCGAGUAGCUCCACAUAAUGUCUUUCGAUUUCCCACUCCAUUGAGGCCAGACGGGCAAGGUUAGGUCCCAGUCCCAGGAGUGAGGGAUACUGCAGUACAGCAUUCCGGUGGGCAUAAAUGGCCCAGUAGCGUGACUGGGUAGGACUGCCAAAAUCGUCGUCCUCCUCAAGGGCCCUCCAUACCAGACCGGGUCCACCAUAGUACUUCCCUUCCGGCGAAGCCCCCUCUGACAGCCAGGCAUCCUGUUGUACUGCGUGCCACCACAGCACCCGGUAGGCAUUAUCCAGUAUCAGUUCCCGUUCUACUAGGGAUUCCAGGCAUCUUACCCACUCUGCCCUGGAUUGCUCCCCCAGAAGCGACAUCUGUUGGGCUACCUGGUCCCACAAACACUGGUAUACACUGGGAAGUCCCUCUCCUCGCUGAAACUGGAUCUCUUCCAGGGCAGCUUCCCAGCGUAACCCUCGGGUUAUAUUCCUCCAUUCGAGGUCACUCUCAUCCCUGGGUGUGAAUGUUGAUUGCAGGCCAGCUCGAUGCAUUCUGCUAAGCUCCUCUGUAGAUAGGGGCGCUGCAAGACUGCUAGCGGUGCCUUCAAUUUGUAAAUCCACACAUUACCGGUGUCUCCUCACUGCUUCUCCUCGCACUAGGACGCCAUCCCACCGCUUGCUACCAAUGUAACGGAUCACCUGGCACCCCGACUGGGUACCUCCAUUGAAGGAUGCUCCUAGCACUUCCUGAGGUCUCCACGCACUCCAGCUGACACCAUAACCACUGUAGACUCCUUCAGAGAGCACGACAGGAACAAGCUCUUAAAAGAGCUUAGUAGUGAUUACAGCAAGGGAAUAUGCAGAGCAUAGCAAUCCCUUGUAGUAGAUUCCCCCAAUAAGAGACAAGACUCCAAAUUGAGGGUGAAGUAGAACUGAAGCUUUUAAUCAAACACUCUGAUUUUAUGCCCAUUUUACAAACAUAGUACCGCCCACAGGGUUUUAAAGAACAAACCAAUCAAUACAUUAGAACAUAGCUAAACACUCCCAUUCAUACCAGCAGAAAUCCUCCCCUCUGCCUGUGAUACAAUUACUGAACACAAUGGGCUAACGUAAUUAUCACAGGCAGGAAAAUACACAGUUUUACACAAUAUUCAUAACUUUAAAAGUAUACAUCACAUUCACAUACAUUUUCAGAAUCAGCAUACUCCAAAUACAAACAUUCUCAAAAAUCAGACAAUUCCUUCCAUUGGUUUAAAAGUUAGGUCAAAGUCCUUUGUGACCACUGAUGCAUGGCUUUCUAGCCAAAACUAGUUCCACAGAGUCCUCUAUCCUGGAGAUAAUUGGCUUAACUGGGUGUGGUAAGCCAUCUAUCUCCUGAUACAGAAAAUGUCUCUGUUCACAACAACAGCAAAAAUACACAAUUCCUAUCAUACUGAACAGAACCCCCACACCUAUCCCCAGAUGGCUUGGAUCUCAGCGCUUAAUAUAUCCAAACAGCGCUCAGAUUCCACAAACACAGUCAAAUCGCCAUGGGGUUUAAGUCUAGCGUGGGCUGAUGAGAGAGUCCAUAGUCAUGAGGCAGGAGGCUGGCAAUCAGGCUUCUCCAUAACCCAGUGGCGAGGUUAGUUUUGCCACACCCAUCCCAUGAAUAUCCCAUCAGAUCCCAUCCCAUGAAUAUCCCAUCCCAUGAAUAUCCCAUCAGAUCCCAUCCUAUCAGAUCCCAUCCCAUGAAUAUCCCAUCAGAUCCCAUCCCAUGAAUAUCCCAUCCCAUGAAUAUCCCAUCAGAUCCCAUCCUAUCAGAUCCCAUACCAUGAAUAUCCCAUCAGAUCCCAUCCCGUGAAUAUCCCAUCAGAUUUGUGUGAUAUAGGUUUUGAUUCACACUCUUUGUUGUAUUUUGAUGUACUUUAAUCUCGUAUGUGUCCUCUUAGUUCUCUAUGCUAUUCUGAAUUAAUGAAAUUGUUGUUUUGUUUAUAUCUUUUUUUUUUUUUUAAAAGAGCAAAGCAGUAUAAGUAGGUUCAGUGGUAGAAUUAAUAUAUUUGAUGACAUUGCACUCCAGAGCCACAUGACUCCCUUCGUGAAUACUAUCCUAGCAACCAAAACGUUUCUACCCUACCCUUACAUUUUGUGUCACUAUACUCCCACUCUCUCUAGCAUGUAAGCUCAUUGAGCAGGGCCCUCAAUGCCUCUGUUCCUGUCCGUCCAACUCAUCUGGUUACAAAUACGUAUCUCUUAGUCCACCCAUUGUACAGUGCUGCAGACUUUGUUGACCCUUUAUUAACCCCUUAAGGACGGCGGGCGUUCUAUGCCGUCCUUAAGGGGCUGGCUCUAAACUCCGGCGGGCGGCAUAGAACGUCCACUGCAGAUCGCAAACACUGAGCAAAAUUGGCAUUCCAAUUAGUUUUUUGCAUUUUUCACACACAAAUAAAUAUUAACGCUAACUUUGGCUAGUGUUUGUGACCAAGUGGCUACUAAAAAAGACUGGACAUACCCCAUUUGCAAUUAGUUGGGUUGUCUACUAUUGCAAAUGGUAUGCCAUCAUGGGGGUAAUUCUCAUUCCUGGGCUACCAUACGGUCUGAAAGGCAUCGUAACCAAUCUGGCUAAUUUCAAUGUGAAAAAACUGAAAAAUGUAAUGUGCUAUAUUUGACCCUGUAACUUCCCAAAACACCAUAAAACCUGUACACAGGGAGUAAUGUUUUACACGUGAGACAUCGCUGAAUACAAAUAUGUGUAUUUCAUUACAGUAAAAGCAAACAGUAUUAUGACAUUCACAGUUAAAAUGUCACGUUGAACUAAAAGUUUUUUUAAAAAUCUUAUUUUCUCCCAUUUUUUUUAUAUUUUAUUCAUAUUACAUUAUGUUUCAUAGUUAAAUAUUUAAUGUUAAAUGAAAGCCCUGUUUCCCCUGAAUAAAAUGAUAUAUGAAACGUGUGGGUGCAUUUAAUAUGAAAGAGGUGAAUUACGGUUGAACAGACAUAUAGCGCAAAUGACAGGUUUUGUUUACGUUUUGUUUUGAUCACAACGUGUACAUUUGGCUCCGUCCUUAAGGGGUUAAUGAUAAUAAUGUAAACACAAAUAUAGAAGGUAUGCAGUAGCUUAUCUUCUGAGUGGUGGUUAACCCCUAGUGAAAUUGAUUCACUAAUAAUGCACAAAAGUGUGAGGGGUUCAGGAGAAAAAGGAUAUUAGUAGAGUAUCCUAUGGAGUGGAAAUUGUUCCACUCCAUAGGAUACUCUACCAAUAUCAUUUUUCUCCUGUUCCCCUCACACUUUUGUGCAUAAAUAAUAAUAAUAAUAAUAAUAAUAAUAUUAAUGUACAAUAUAAAUGGAGGAGAUUUUACUCACCAGGAUAAAAAUAAACCAAACAAAGAGCAAGGAAAUUAAAAUACUAUAAAAUAAAAGACAAGAUAAGAGUGUUGCGGGACAGAGGAGGUGGGUAUGAAGUGUAGAAAAUCACCUUUUACUUUUUUGACAGGUGCUUUGGCCACCUAAACAGCGCUGUUAGAAUCAUAGUGUCAGGAAUACAUGUUUGUAUUACCGAUAUUAUAGGGUUCCUGUAAUCUUCAAAAUGACUUGUGCUAUAGAAGGGCUCUCGACAUGCAUGAUUUAGAUAUAGCACAAUAUGCUGACAGAUUGAGCAUAUUAAAAAGACUCAGAUUAUAUUUAUGUAAAAUUGUAUUUGUAAAUGAAGAUAUAAAUAAGCUAAGUGCCAGCACCUUCAAGUGUUAAGGACAGAUAUAUUUGGUGAUAAUAUUGAGCUCUGCUGAGUGUUUUGAUUUGUUGUUUUGUUUUUGCACUUUGUUUUGGUUCUUGCACUUAUUGUUCACUUGUUUCUAUUUAAUAAAUAGAUACAUUUUAAUGAACGUCAGUGCCUUUGCCAAGUAUAUAAGUGGCAAUGUGUGCUUGGUAAAUUGUGUUCCUAUUGUGAUUUGCUGUGAGCAUUAUGGCAAACUAUUGUUUCACUUUAAGGUACAUUUAAUAUUUUAUAAUUGUACAAAACAAAGAAAAAAAAGAAAAUCAAGGUUAUUUCAGACUUUAAUUAUGUUGUCUGUGUGAUUUUCUGGUGAGAUGUUAAAGGGUUACUCCACUCCCCCUGUAGUUGUUAUGAUGCCAGAACUAUCUUGGCGCCAUUCACCAGUAACGGGACAAACUGUUUGCCGUCUUAUGUGGGUCCCCAUCGGUUGCCUAACAUACUAAAAGCUGGGUGAACAGCAUCCGGUUUCUGCAGACCUGGAGAAGCUGGGUGCUGAUCCCACCGGCCAUUCAUUCGCUAAGAGCAUCAGCCAAUGAAAAAAAGAUUAUACAAAAAACUGGUGAAAAAAAGUCACUUUCUUGGACACCUUAUACUCAAAACAGUGUUUGAGGAUUCUUUCCGCACAUUCAAUGACAUUCCUUUCCAGUAUUUGCACCUCACUAAACCUUUCCUGAGCAAGGCUAGUUAGAUUGCUGAAGAAAUUAUAAAAAAAGGAAGCAGCAGUGGGGACGGCAAUAACGGCGGCGAACAAACAGAGGGAAUAGUCGACACCCUAAGCUGCAUAUAGCCGAACACUCUGUAACCCUGUACUGAAUGUGGAGGAAGGUGACAUACUUGUGCUUUGCUGGGCAAUAAAUAUUUUGGAAUAUUUUGUCUGUGCAGUCCUAUAUUUGAAGAAGCUGUUAAAGUUAGAACAGGCUUACUCUGCUCUACCUUUGUGAGUGCAAUAUUUGGCAUUUAUAUUUAAUAUUUAUUUUCUCAAAACAGUUUUACAUCAUUGGGUUUUUUUUCUGUGUCUUUCUUUUAUGUACAUUUCUAUUUGAGAGGACAUAUGUAUGUAUAAUAUUUUUUUAUUAACACUAUACACUUUAUGUGCACUUUGUAUCACUUUGCACUUUAUUACAGUGUUUGCACUUGUGGCCCUUUUUAUAAUUGGGUGUUAAAGACACAGCGCACCUUAUAAUUUUAAGUGUUUGACAUCUGUCAAUGCCUACAUCAUAUCCUUGCACAUUGACGACAAGUACGUAACAGAGAUCUAUUAAAGAGCUCACAAGACCACAUGACUCCCUUUAGACAUUUAUAGCACAUAACGUGGAAAGGUCCCUGUUAUGGAUGGGAAAUAGCAGGAUGCAAUAAUGUAAUCUGCUUUAAUCGUUGUCAUGUAUCACAUUUUAACAAAUGUCUUUCCUGCUUGUUUCAUAUAUAUGUUCCGAUUGUUUUGAAACGUGUUUUUCAUAACCAAAUAACCAUACUAAAAAAUAACAGUAAUGCUUUAAUGCGCAUCUACAAGAUGUCCCUAUUUUUAAAUAUUUUUACAAUUUAAACUAUAUAUAUAGUUAUCUUCUUUUACAAUAUGUCCUAGAGUACAUGUGAACAAAAGUUUUUUUAACUGAGAAAUAUAGAGAUAUGCGUUAAUAAUAAUUGCACUUGAUUUUGAUUGAAGAUCCUUCCAUGUAGAUGGACUCAGUUUGAUUUUGGUGCUUUCUCUAUUAAAUUUUCAAAGUUCUGUAUAAGGAGUUUGCUUGGGCAGUAUGGGACGGAAAGUAGAGUACUGCUAGUGUUCUGGAGUGUUUGAGCUGUGGACAUAUCUGAAGUUUGUGUAUUCAAGAAAUAUAGUUAAGAACCAGGGAAGAAAUACUAAAUUUAUGUGUGGAUUCAAGAUUUCAAUUCUUUCAACAUAUCAGAAUUACCAGUGCUGCAGUUUGAAGCAGAAAGUGACAUCAUGAAUAAUGCAAGUUGUGUACACUAAGAUUGGGUUGUGGCACAGAUGCAUAUGCUACAUCCCUGCAGUUUAUGACCGACAUUAACAUUUGUUCCACAAUCUGUUUUCUAAUUAGAGGGUAUAAGCAGGAUUCGCUCUCUUGUAGGACUGAUUGUAAAAUGCACAGCACAGAGACUACAGGAGUGACUGAGCUGAGAGGGAUGGACUACUUCCAUGACACACACAGCACCGGGACUCCCGGCAAAUGGAACAAACAUACAUGGGGGAAUGGCAUGGGGAACCCUAAGAUGAAGGGACCAGGCACCUUAGCAAUGCUAUGGGAUUACAAUACCUCUAUACUUCAACUACCUUCCAAAGGCAGCGCAGUGGGCCUCAGAGAACAGGAUCAUUUGUGGUUAUGCGAAAGAGCUAAUUCAUUGACGUAAGAAUUUACACUGUGACUCAAAAACCAUUAUGUACAUUUUGCAAGGUGGAAGCUGCUUGAGGGAUGUACUUACUCACAUUUAUAUACCAUACCAUUGUUAUUCAAAUGCUUACCUAUUUAUUAUUUCUGUAUCUCUAAUUACUCUUGGGAAAAACAUUCCAAUAAAAAAAGAUUGACAAAAAAAAAAUGAUUCAAGGCAGUAUUUUUGUUAUAUGUAUACAUUUAUUUGAGUUCAAAUAUUUUUUCUCUCAUUUUGCUGCUAAGGAAAAAAAAGAAGAGAUUGCAUAAUAGGAGCCUCUGUGUCAUUAAUAAAAUCAGGGGAGAUGUAGUCUACCUCGGGGGAAAACUAUAGAAUUAGGAAUACAAAGCUGUAUUCCUAUAUUCAUAUAUACUAUAAACUAUAGUGUUGGAAAUACAAAGCUGUAUUCCUAAAACUAUAGUGUCUCUCUGCUCCCCCUCCCUUGUGCUCCUCAUUAGUUAAAAAGUUAAAAACCCUUUAAAACACUUACCUUAUUCCAGAGCCAAAGUCAUCACCCCCUCUUCUGACAUCAGCACUGAGGGGAAACCUAAUGUACAUGCGCGGCAAGGGUUGCGCACGCAUUAGUCCUUCCCGGUAGGAAAGCAUUGAAUCAAGUUGGAUGUCCAGUGUCGGCACGGAGUUAAACUCCUUGAAACAACAGAAACACCUCUAGAGGCAGUCUUAACCUUGGAAUAUAAACAUUGCAGUUUCUCUGAAAACCAAUAGAACAGACAUAGUUUCUCUGGAGUGUUUUAGAUUCACUUUAAUGUGAUGAAGUGGUCUGGGUGCCUAUAGUGUCCCUUUAAUAUCGUGCUAGUUUCUGUUGAGUGGUCAUCUUGGAGGUAACCUAGUAGUGCAUGGUUCAGAGGAGGCAAUAAACAAUAAGGGAGAUAGAGGACACCCCUGUCUUGUAGAAUUUAAUUUGGGUAUGUUUCAGAAAAGGACCCCAAUCACCUAAAUCCACUUAUUGGUUCAUGUGUAAAGAGAGCCCAUCUAUUUGCAUAUAUUCUUACAAAAUAGAAAUCACUUUAGUUUAGCCUAUAAGUCCAGUCCAUCCUGCCAAAUGUUUUGUCUUUCAACAUCUUUUUUUCCCUACAUUAUUUAAAAAAAUUAAAAGUGUUUUGCAGUUAAAAUACUUUGUUUGAGAAAGUAUAUAUUACAUAACUGGAUCAGCAUAUCUCUUUCUUCAUGGCCCAGCAUAAAGCCAAAUUUAUCCACUAUUGUAUAGUUGUACUUGAAAUUGAAUAUACAUACCUUUUAUCUAAGUAUUGGAUGAUAAAUAGUGCAAUAAAUAAUUAAAUAGUCUGUAUCUGCAUGUCAAAGUUCUAAAAAUAAUGGCCAUUCAACAACCAUAAACAAACAUGAUAAAAGUGCCAAGCAGUUUUGGCUGAAACUAUUUCAGCUGGAACUCAAUGUAAAUCGACACAUCUGAAAUGGUGAGUGAGUUCAUUCCAGAACUAUGUUACUGACUUGUGUUAAAUAAGUGAUACAUUAUUUAUUUCUGUGGGCAAACACUACAUCUAACUGUAAGUAAAUCAUGCACAGAGCAUUUUUUUUUUUAUGACAUUAGUCGGAGCCAGUUAUUGAAUGGAAUUAGGAUACCUCUUAGAUGCAGAUGGAAAGAUUCCUCUGGCACUCAUCAUGACUUACUUAAUGAAGAAAUAAUGUUUCUCACAUAUUGCAUGGUAUAUUGGGUGCAAACAUGGUAACAGAAUGCCCCGUGGACCUGGAACAAAACUCAUGCUGUAGAAGAAACAUUAAAUAGCAAUGCUGUCAGAUAUGACAAUUUCUGAAGCUAAGCUAUGCCCAUCUAUUAUAUUAGCUCGGACAAUUAUAAAGGUGCGUCUUCCAGUAGCUGGUCCAUCGUUACGGUUGCUAAAAAAGAAAACAUAUUGAUAUUAACUGCAAUUAAAAUUCACUACAAACACCAAUCUAUAAUCCUCUUAUGUACACCCAAUAAAUGUUAUAAAAAACAUUCAAAAACCUGGAGCAAAAUGGUGAGAUUAAAUAAAUAAUGACCUUAUAUGCUUGUGUGUUGAUACAAAUUGAUAAAUUACCACAUGAAUAAGAAGAAAAUAUCUUACGUUAUUUCUUUAGCUUACUGCUGUAAUUGUUUUGACGGCACCUAAUAAAGCUUCUUUGAAAUAGGAAAGUAUAUGAACAAUGUGGGAAGUGCAUGCACAGUUAUGGUAGUAGUUAUAGCAGUUUUUUCUCUAAAAAAAAUUGUGCAAAACAUCAAUAAGUAAAUUUUAUCUCACAGACUUUUUUAUACACAGAAAAAUACUUUCUUGUUUCUGGGAUUGCCUUUAAUAGGAGAGAGCCAUUUACGUCAUACGUAGCUAAAUAGUGAGUUGAUCUGUUGCAUUCACCAUUAUGCAUACAUUUUCAGAGGGGGGCAUACAUUUUUCAUUGAACUUUUAAAGAUCAAUAAACUAAAUAAAUACAAGAGAACUGAAAGAGCCAUAAAACCAUACUAAUAAAUAAAUAGAAACAGUUGACAUCAAAUAUAGAUUAUACUGACUGGAAUGUUCAUCAUGUGCUACAGAUAUUAAACUGCAAAAAAUACUUAAAAAGAUAACGUUAGACUUAGUUAAUGGUUUUUUUUUUAACGAAUGUAUUAAUUAACUGCAGCAGUUUGCAAUAACAUGCAGGCUUACUGGGAAUAACCCUAACUCUGGCCCUUUAGCUAACCGUAGUCGUAGCCAGAACCCUAGAUCUAACAAUAAAAAAAAGUUACAUAAAUAAUACAAAACACUGAAGCACAUAUUCUGAAACGCCAUCUUUAAUUAUUUCUAUAAUAAGUACUUCAUUAUAAAAAAAAAGAAGAAAAUAAAUAUAAAUAGCGUGAUUCUGUAAAACAAUAAUAAAUCUAUGAUAAUAAGAGCCAAUUUUCAACUCACAUAAGUAGAGCUCAUAAGAACCUGGCUCUAGGAUGUGAAGCUUUUGGUGUCUUAUUUAGGUUCCACACCACCUUCUGGAUGGAUAACGUUCCUGAAUGGUGAUCUCAGUACAACAAAUAUAGUAAGAGGGAACCAAUAGAGCAGAUGAUAUUAUGCAAAAUGACAGAUAUAUAUGGUAAUGAGACUUGCGCACAUGAACCAGAGCCUAUAAACAUCGGUUCUGAUAUGCAAAGCAGUGUGCAACUUAUGGGUUAGCACUUCCCAAGUUGACCAGGCAGAGGUCCAGCAGCAGAUAGCAGGAAGCCAAAAGGAGAAAUGAAAAAGAUUUAUUUACAUUAAAAAGUCAUAUGGGCAAUAAAACAUAUGAAAUAAAAAGACAAGUGAAGUCCCAGACUCUCCUGCUGCAUCCUGAUAUGUGUUUUAUUGCAAAAUAUCAACUUUCUCAUUUGGUGUGGUACUGCUUUACCUGGUUUGAUUUAAACUGUUCCAGGUACUGACGUCACACGCUCAGCCACUGCGUGGGCAUGUUUCAUGGAUGGGUCCUUAGUCUUGCGGGGAAAUAAAGCCGCACUUGGACAUCUCUAAUGGGUGUGGAUGAUGAUGAUCAUGCUUGUUUCACAAGGGGAGUCCCUUAAAUGUCUACCUAUACAUAUAUAUAUAUAUAGAACCAAUAUAUUAUUAUUAUUAUCUAUAAAGUAUAGUUUUCUGUACCUAAAAAUACAUAUAUAGUAUAUCUCUGUAUGAAUAACUAAAAAAGAAAAAGAUUAAUUCAUUUAUUUGGAUAUUGCCAAGAUGAAAAACCAGGAGGCAUUGCAUUGAGUAUUAUAAGCACCAGCAUACUGAUGAAUAGUUCUCAGUAUGUUUCCACGUAGGAGUGAGUCGCACUUCAUGGAAAGUUAGAGUUUAUGGGGAUUUUUAGAUUACUUAUUCAGUCUUCUACUAGCUGUAUGGCCAACAGCACAUCAUCUAUUAUCUGCUCCAUUCUAAAAGAACACCAAGAAACGAUUUGUAGAAGGUAAUACAAGCUUAAGAACUGGUUCUGUUAGCUUGCUUGUGUUUGUAUUCAUGUUAUUUAAUGAAUAAAGCUUAAUAUGGUGGCUGUUAAAGCGCUAUCAUAGAUGUAUUAUUAUUAUUAUUAUUAUUAUUAUUACUGGUAUUUAUAAAGAACUGUCAUAUUGUGGCAGGCGAAAAGUACAAUAUAAACAAACCAAUACAAAAGGAAUAGAGACAAGAUUUAGCAUUUACUGCCCUUUAAUACAAAGUACUAAGCUAGAUGGUUUGUGAGCUUACAAUCUAAAGGUUAUGAUGGGGAGUUAAGACAAGAGGAAGCAGGGGGGAAUUUAAAGACUCUGGACAGGGAACGUUUGAGAACAUUUGCUCAGACUGCAAAGAUGUGAUGCGUUUGAGAAGGUCUUUGGGGAUGAUAGUAAACACCUGGAAAGGCAAGAUAUAAAGGAAGUAGAAAUCCGGAUAGAUGGGAAAAUGGAGGUAUUGCUUGGAGUGGAAAGUGUCUGUACGAGAGAAUCCGUAAAACCACUUACUAUUGUAUAAUGUAUGUGAUACUAUGACAUAGUAUUGUAUAUAUAAAUAAUGUGUUGCAAAAAGUAGGGUUGUAUUUAAAAAUCAGUGAGAUAAUAGGUGAUUUAUCACUGUCAUUUAUAUUUUUAGUAAUAUGCAUACAUUGCAUACGUUUCAAACCUUACCUUCCCCCAAAACAAUAUUCACAUUCUCCUUUUUAUUCCUCCUAAUGUUCUCGUUUUUGUUUCCUUUUCCUGUGCUCACCCUUCCUUUUUUCAUUAAUCUGUUAACAAUCUAUUAGUUUUUUUACACUACAUAGUAGAACUCAGAUUAAAUGAGAAACACUGGGAUUGUGUACAUGUCUUCAAAUUCUCUUUCGAGCUCUCUCCUCACAGUUAAAUGUUUUCCUGUAUUAGCUAAUGGCGUGUACACAAACUCCCUUUUUAGUGGAGAAGACAUAUAUAAAAUUUGCCUGUGCAUGUCUAGACAGUGAUUUAGGCCCUAGAGCCCUUGUUUAUUUAUACAUAUUUGUAACACAUAUUACACAAUAGAUACAAUCUCAAACAAGUAAUUGUCCUAGUGUUGGAACCAUUCCAUUUUCUUUUAAUAAUCCCUUAUCUCCUAUUUGCCGUUUACAUUCAUACAUUAUAUACAUUAUAUUAAUCAUUUGUAAAAUGUAUUUCCACAACCUAUCACCAGUUAUAUGUGCUGUCUGUACAUGGUCAGGGCUCUGCACUAAACAUGGGAUUCUCAGCAAUUGACCAAAGAAUUGCACUGUUUAGAUCACACAAGACAUUCUAGAAUAUCUUCCAACUCAGCUAUUGUUCCGACUUACAAUCACACUUCUCAAGUUUCCCUAUUUAGGAGAGACAGUCCCUAUUUUGAUAUUUUACCUACGUGAUAUUUUCCUAGUUUAGCUAUUUUGGUUUAAAAUUUGCUAUUCCAUUGUCAAUUCUCCACAACUUCAAAUUAGUGAAUAUAAAUGCAGAUUACAUUAUUUGCUUUAAUCUGAAAAUUUAAAUGCAUUUGUAAUACUUAUAUAUAUACGUAUGGGUUUGGUAUUCCUAUAAACACUGUUGAGUUUGUUCACCAAACAAUGAACCAUAAUGAAAUGCAAACUCAAUUUGUGCUACUAUUUUAACAUUUUUAAACAAGUUUUCUUUUCACCACAAUUUAACUCAUGGGAUGCACUUUGAAAACUUUGAAGAAGGAAUUUUCAUUCAAGUUUUCUUUAAAAAUCAUUUCAUGAAAAAAUUUCUGUCCUAUUAAUAUUUCAAAUGUAAAUAGUCUAGGGAAUGUGGUGUCUUGGCUGGACAGUGCUAAGAAUUUUCUGGAAUGAUUUAUCAUCUAUUGAUAGUAUAAUCUAUUGAUCCAUAGAUCUAUUGUUAAUAGACUCAAGACUAAGAUACCAGGUUGGUGGCCCCGUCCUCGAGCCCUAGGCUCUGCUUCUGUGAGUGUUGUUUGUGUGGUGUGUGAGUGUUAAAUGUGUGCAUGAGUGUUUGUAGUGGUUGAAUGUUGUGUGUGGAGGAGGCUGAGAGCUGUAUGUGGAAGGGCUGAGUGUGCCUGUGUGUGGUUUUUAUGUUCUGUGUGUGUGGUGUAUGAGUAUGUGUGGUUUGCCUCACCCUUCUUACUUUUCCCUGGAGUUCCAGUGGAGAGCCUUCUCUUGUGGGGGAGCAUCAUGGCUCCAGUGGGGGAGCAAUGCAUCAUGGUCUGCACCAAUACAGGCUGCAAACCUCUUUAAGAGCUCCAGCACUCAGUAAAUGAGAAUGCUGACAGUGGUGCUCUGUAUAACUGAGAAGUUGUUUGGGACCACGAGGGAGUGCUUACAGUUGUCUGCACCUGAAAUUGGUGCAGACCACAAGACUCCCUCAAGCAGGUGAGGGGGCUCAGGGCCCCGGCACUCAAGACUCAGACAGGGGUCCACUGUACCCUGUCGGAGCAUAGGCCCCAUGCGGCCUAAUGGUUAAACUGGCUCUGAUUGUAGAUACUGUUAAAUGUAAAUUACACUUAUGUGUAAUGUUAUUAUAACAGCAUUUAACAAUAUAUAACAGCAAGUAGAAAGUGCAGUAAAAUAUUCAACUGCAAAACUGCCCUGUAAUUUUAAAUAUGCUAAUAUAUGAAAUAAAAUCAUUCAAACUCCCUAAUAGUUUCCAUUUGAGUCAGAAAUAUUCAAAUAAGCAGUAAAAACAUGUAUACACAUUCGGAGAAGCUAUCUAUCUAUCUAAGGUGGAACAAUAUGUACAUGAUUAUUUUUUUUUUAAAUGUGAUGUAAAAGCUGUAUCUAUCUAUCUAUCUAUCCAUCUAUCUGUCUAUCUAUCUACCUGUCUGUCUGUCUAUCUAUCUAUCUCUUGCGACCUGUUUUUUCCCAUCUAUCUAUCUAUCUAUCUAUAUGUCUGUCUGUCUAUCUAUUUCUAUCUGUCUGUCUUUCUGUCUGUCUAUCUGUCUCUCUCUCUAUCUAUCUAUCUAUCUAUCUAUCUAUCUCUCUCUGUGUCUAUCUAUAUUUCAAUAUCUCUAUCUAUCAAUACUAUUCUAUUUCUUUUACUAAACUUUCAGUAUGAUUAGUUUGUUAUACCACCAGAUGAGAAUGUGUCACCUCCAGAAAUAUUGUAAUAAAGGUAGCAUCAUUAAUAUGCCAGGAGAAAUUGUAUUCAUUUACUACACAAAAAGUGUAAAGAUGAGUCAACAAAUAUUCUGUGUAUAUUGAAUUAUACUUGUUAUUUUGCGAUGUCUUAUUUGUAAAGUGUCAUGUGAAGUGUAUACAUCUUGUGAUAUCCUCAAGAGAUAUUAAAUUUUCAUUUUCCUAAAAGAGACUAGGAGCACACUGGGUUGGGUGAACAGAGUCCCCUACACUCAGGGACCUUUGGUUGCAAAGUUCAUAAAAGUUGUCACAAUGAGUAGGUGUCAAUUUAAUUUGCCAAUGUCAAUUCUGAUAACGCAUGACAUUCUAUAGCGUAGAACAUCACGCAGUACUGCAAUGCUGCUAGUCUUUUGCAAAGCUGAGAGUUGAAAGAAUCCAAAGACCUGCUGUAGAAUGAGGUACAGCUAGUAAGAAUAGGACAGGAGUCAGUGUUGUGAGUAAGACUCCGGUAAGAGUGGUUAAAGUUUAGGCAUCAAGGAGGAGUUUGAAGUUUGAAUGUGUUUCAAAUAUGAAAUAUAUAUAUAUAUAUAUAUAUAUAUAUAGAUUCCUACUUUUAUUUCUUUCAGUCACCAAGAUCAGGCCAGGUUGGAAAUCUGGAGAAACUCAAGGUUUGAGAAGGUGAGAUAGAACAGAGGCAGAUAUUUGAUGGUCAGCAGAAACAGUUGAAUCUGACAUAUCUACAGCAGUAUAACCCUAAUCAUGUAUAUCUCUGUGCUAGCAGCAAGUAAAAGGAGUCUUUUUUUUUAGAGGCUACUGAGAACAACGCAGGGGAAAUGGCUUUUUUGACUCAACUAGUCCAAAGUGCCCCAUAACUGGCUUAUAUUUAGAAUAGUAAGAUACCAUGGCCUUGAAUAAGUUUAUUUAGAAAACAUUUAAACUGGAGUAACACAAAUCUACAACCUAUAUAAAGUUCAUAGGCGUGUGCACUAACAGCACACACACACACAUACAUCACCCUUACACACACAGCACACACACACAGACACACACACACACUAACAGCACCCUCACACUAACAACACCCUUACACACACAGCACCUUCACACAUACACACACACAGCAACACUAACAGCACCCUUACACACACAGCACCCUUACACAUACACACACUAACAGCACCCUUACACAUACACAGCACACACUAACAACACCCUUACACACACACUAACAGCACCCUCACACAUACACACACUAACAGCACCCUUACACACAGCACCCUUACACACACAGCACACACUAACAACACCCUUACACAUACACACUAACAGCACCCUCACACUAACAACAGCCUUACACACACAGCACCCUCACACAUACACACACACACACAGCACACACUAAUAGCACCCUUACACAUACACACACACUAACAGCACCCUUACACACAGCACCCUCACACAGCAGCACCCUUACACACACACAGCACACACUAACAGCACCCUUAUACACACAGCACCCUUACACAUACACACACUAACAGCACCCUUACACACAGCACCAUCACACACACACAGCACACACUAACAGCACCCUUAUACACACAGCACCCUCACGCACACACAAAGCACACACUAACAGCACCCUUACACAAACAACAGCACCUCACACGCACACUAACAGCACCCUUACACACAGCACCCUCACACAAACACAGCACACACUAACAGCACCCUUACACACACAGCACCCUCACGCACACACAAAGCACACACUAACAGCACCCUUACACACACAGCACCCUCAUACACACACUAACAGCACCCUUACACAUACACACACACACAGCACACACUAACAGCACCCUUACACACAGCACCUUCACACAUACACAGCGCCUUCACACACACAGCGCCUGCACACACACAGCGCCCACACACACACACACAGCGCCUUCACACACACACACACAGCACCUACACACAGCACCUACACACAGCACCCUCACACACAGCAGUGUGUGUGUAUGUAUGUGUAUGUGUAUAUAUAUAUAUAUAUAUGAAUACAAGAAUACAAACAGGAGCACUCACUUGGAUUUUCCAAUAGUGUAUUUAAAAAAAUGUUCAUCAAUCUACAUCAACGUUUUGACCCUUCAGGGUCUUUAUCUGAAGGGUCGAAACGUUGAUGUAGAUUGAUGAACAUUUUUUAAAUACACUAUUGGAAAAUCCAAGUGAGUGCUCCUGUUUGUAUUCAUGUACCUAUUGGCCUGGAGGCACCCGGGUAGUUUAUUUUCUAUUUUUCACGUUGGGGUUGAGUGCCAGAGUCCGGACUUUUAUAUAUAUAUACGCGGCGUGUGUGUUUCUGCUUUAGGGUGCACACCCUUAUACAAUAGGCUGCGCACACCUAUGAUAAAGUUAUAGUUAAUUAUACAAACAAGUAGAAUAGCAUUUGGUUUCAAUGUAGAUGUGAAUAGUGUGAAUUUAUUACAUGUGUAUUCAAAUAUUAGCAUGAAAGGUAAAUCUCAUUAUCUGAUAAUAUCUAAUACUCACAUUGCAACAAGAUCCUGAUUGUUAGUUUUUACUCAGAUUAUUUCUUUUUUUUUCUCUUCACAUAUUAUCUAUUAUUCAAAUAGGCAAUUUAUACAGUGUGUUGUAGUGACUAUAGUGCCUGGGGUCUUCUGGCACCUUCCGAUGGUUAGUAACUGUUUUUGAAAGGUUUGAUCUCACCUUGGUCCCCCAGCCGACCACUACCUGACCCCUCUUCAGAUUUCACUUAAGUCCAUAGUACAGCAUACUACUUACCAUGUACUGGUAUGUGUGAAUUACAGAAACCAUAACCACUACAGUAUAUUGUUAAGAUGCUCAAUAUUGAAGGCUUCUUUGAGGAUGUGCAAUGAUACUAUACAGGGCAGAAUGUUGGUUCAGCAAAAAGAGAAUAUUAACAAUUAUGGCUAUAAUUUAAAAUUUGAAUGUUUUCAUAUGUGUCAAUGUUUGCUCCUCUGUGUCUUUCAUUCACUAUUAUUACUAGGCUUGUUUAAAAGAAGGGUUUCUUGCAGCAGUUAUUCACAGAGUACAGAAAUAGUUAUUAGACAAAUACAUUUAAACUCCUGUAAGGGUGGCUUUAAAUAAAAUCCAUUCAUGUUAAGACAUGAGUAAUUCUUUAAACGUUAUGCAUUGAUUUUUAUUUUAUUUUUUUACAAUCUUUUUUUUUAAAUAUCAACAAGUUACAGUAAAUAUAGGAGAAAUAGUAAGGAAUCUUCAACCAAUAUGUGUUGAAUUUGUGCUAGUAUAAGUUAGCUCAUUUAUUUUUAAAGUUUUGAACUAAAUCUAUGGGUUCCACUUGACUGUAGGCCAAAAAAACUCAUAUAUUUAUAUUGUGAAUGUCCCUUUGUAAAUAGGUAGAAGAAUGGGUAAUAUUCAUGAAAUAGUGAACAUUAUGUAUAACCUUUGCUUUCCUUUUAGUAUCAAAUGUUUUAAUUAUAAUAAGGAUAAUAAAAGGGUUGGUCUGCAUUCUUAUAUAACUAUUAGGCCUCACUUUACACAGGGAGUAGCGUAUUUAAAUGAUUAUAUAAAGUGGAAUUCUUUCUGUCUCUUAAAUCAGCAAUCCUAUGUCACAUUAAGUAUCCUGCACACAAACAGUAAAUUGGAUUGAGCUGAUAAAAUGUAGGCCAAUGCAGCGGCAUUGAAACAUCUCCAGACGGAGAUGGUACCAGUUUGUUUUUUUAGCCUACAUUUUGCAAGGCUCAUGUCAACUCACGGUGACCUCAACCCUCUAGUCAUGUAAUAUUCUGGCAGUAUUUAUCCCUCCAGAGAUUUAUUGGUGCUGUUUAAUGCAGAUCUAAUAAUAGUAUAUCUAAACAAGAACUCACUCCUUUCUCUUUGAAUAUCCAAAACAGUCUCUAUGGAAACCAGUUGAAUAUUGUGCUUCUCCGAUGUUAGCGUGUUGGCUGAGAAUUGUUCGUAAUGAAUGUAGACAUCAAUAUCGCCCAAUUCUUCACUUCCCUUACUUCCUCUUUAUGCACUAUAAAACAAAGGCUUGUGAUGAACAUACUUUAUUAUAUUAGUAAACCAGCUGGGAAACCACAGACCAUGGUUUUAUGUCUAAAUCACAGUUCUGGGGCACAGCAAAAACAAUCCAUGGAUUUUCACCAUGAUACUUCCACUUAGAAUUUUGCACACAAUUUAUCCAGUAGAAUUGCUGUUAGUAAAUAGUAGGUGAGGAUGACUUUUGCCACUCAACCAACUGUAUGGCUACCUAUGAUACUGACUUAGCAUAGUGGGUACCAGUCUACAAUAGCUUGAGUGCUAAAGGUUAUCUAUCUCUGUUAGUAAUGAUAAGAGUAGCAUCAUUAAGUGGCCUUAGUCAGGUCUCUGUAAGAUAAGUCACUUAUAUUUACUAGGCUAUUUUAUUCUCACUAUGGCCUCAAUUUAAUAUUUUUAGAUGAGCUUUUCAAAUGAUCACGAUCUUUUCAAAAAACGUUCAAUUGAUUUAUCUACAAAAAUUGACCUAGACUUUACUGGUCACUCUGUAGAUUAGUCGUUUUGUAAAUGAAAUUGUUUUGAAAUGAAAAGAAUUCAGUGGUUAUACUCAAUGACAUUAACCCGUUAAGGACAUUUCCGUCAUGAUUCCCUUUUAUUCCAGAAGUUGUGUCCUUAAGGGGUUAAACCUGUUUCAGUGACAUUCUGUCAUAUGUCACCUGUUAAGUACGUAAAUAUCAGAAAGUAAAUAUAAUAUUAAGACUGUGCUAGAAGUGUACAAUCCAUGUAUCACUAUGCUUCUUUCAUUUACAUUAAAUCUGCUCUUCUGGCAAUUAACCUGCAUUAGUAGAUGGUGGAUAUUGUGUAGUAGGAAUGUGCAUUGGCUGCUUAUUUGUCAUUUUAUCUUUAUUAGUGAGAGGCUGCGUUGGUAUUAAAGUGGCUGUUGAUGUUUUUAUAUUUAUCAGACCUGUAUCUCUCGUACUAGUCCUGUUUCUGUCCAAAGCUGUUAAAACUUGUAUCAAUAAGUCAUGUAAGUUUGGGGUAAAAACAAACAAACACAAAACAUGCAAGUAAUUGCAGUCAUAUUCAGGCAAACAGGAACAGGUGAUCAGGGCCCCAUUAAUUGCCCUUUCAGCAUAAAAGGAAGUGGGAAAUAGAAGAGGGUAAUGGGCCACGGUGUCAAAGGUAGCAGAAAGGUCAAGUAGAAUGAGUAGCGACCUUUGGAUUUCGCAGUGAUGAUGUCACUGCGUCGUUAGGAUACUGCUGUCCCAGAAGAGUUAUUAGUGACGAAACCAGAUUGAAGAGGAUCAGGAAGGAAGAUGGAAUUAAGAACGUUUGUUAGCUGGGUACAUACAAGCAGUACAUUAAGCUUGGAGGUGAAAGUAAGACGAAAAAGCAUAACGAGAUAGGAAAAGAAAAUAUAAGAAAAACAGGGAGACUGAAAAGUUAGAAACUGCCCAAAAGUGGAGCUAAGACAAUGAGUAAGGUUUGAGAAGAUGGAGGGCGGGGCAAGGAGUAUGUAAAAAAGAAAGAGGCAACAAGGUGGUUGCGCACACAGUGGUUCCAAAACAUCACAGCUGGCAAUGGUAAUUAAAACCUUUAUAAUAUUAAAAAUAAAAACAUCAUGGCAUAGUUAGCAUGUAAACACAAAUUGGAAUGGUGAGAUAACUUGGGACACUCAAACAUUAAAGAGACAGUUAGGAGUUGGCUCUAGACUGCACAGGAAUUUCAUCAAUCUCAGGUUGAUGCAGGGUAGCAUACUUCAAGUGCCAGGUCCUUCAGAAAGCAGCCAGAUGAAGUUAAAAACUCUGUGUGCACAUAAAACAAAGUAAAACUAUAACGAUACUCGUACAAUGUGUUUUGACCAAACGCAGAGUCUUCCUCAGGUGAAUAUGUCCACAAAUGUCACUGCGUGCGCAAUCACCUUGUUCCCUAUUUGAUCUAUAUAUGUAUUAAGUGUGAAUGUGAUAUUGCACUUGGGUGGUUUAUUGUCUACACUGGAUUUUAAUUACAGCGCCACUGAUCCUUAAAGGUUUUUAGUUGUUAAAGAAAGAGGUUGCGCAAAAACACUUUAGUAAGGGAAACAUAAUAAGGUUGUAAUAAUAAUAUGAGUUAAGUGUAUGAUGAGUGGGGGAACAAUAGACUAUUGGCUUUCUUUGUUUUGGGAUUUUUUGUGACAUUAAGUAUCAAAGUUGUUGUGUAGUUGCUGUGAAGACAGUAGAUGACGUGGAGUGAUAAUGAAGUAAUUGUUUAGUUAGGACUUGUGGGAGAAGAUUGAGAUUCAGAAAGUGCAUUAGGUUUGCUUGAAAGUGGGUAUGAAUUAACAUGAGCUUUGCUCCAGUUAUGUUCUGCUGAUUGAGAGUCUAUAAAGAGAUAAAGCUUAAAGUAUUUGCCUUCUAGACUUUGACUUGCGACCACCUCCAGGAGCAUGUUGUAGUUGGAAUUACUUUCUCCAGAUUAAUUGAAUGUAAUUGAAACUAUUGCAAUAUUCUUGAUUGCACAUUUUGUGACUCAUUUUAGGUUAUGACUUGAAAUCUAAAGUAUUUGUUACUAUUAAAUUGGAUUUGAAAUUCAGUAUGCACUAUAUUUGCUUUCUUUCUUUUUUUUCUUGUCUAAAGUGAAAAGAUCUAGAUUCUAUUGUUGAUAAGUUGCAAUGUUUACCAGUUUCCAUGCUUGCACCCACAGGGCUUCACACACACCACAUCAAAGCACAAAUUCCUUUAGAUUGUAAACUCAUUUGAGCAGAGCCCUUCUUGCUUCUUGUUUUCUUUUCAUGUGAAUGUAUUUGGCAUUUAUUUGCUCAUUUCUAUAUUUCUAUUUAAAGCACCACAUAAUUUGUGGGUUAUAUAAUGGAUACUCAUAAAUAUCUCAUGAAUAAUAACCACACACAUAAAUGUAGCAAGACUGGCAGAUAGAUGUUGUAGACAUAAACUACCCAACAAAACAUAAUAAAGUACAUAACAAAUAAAAAGUAACCCAACAACUCAGUGACGGCUUAGUUAACAUUACCUACUUUAGGAUCCAAUUUGUUGAUUUUGAAUUAUUCAUUUGUUUUCAAAGAAUUACAUUUAAAUAAGGAGCCAAUAUAUUUGGCCAAUAACUCACUGUAUCACUGUGAAGAUCUGAUCGCUCACUUUAUUAAUGUACCAGAUACAGAACUUCUAAGAACCUCAUGGCUGGACCCCAACAUCUGGUCUGAUUUCAUCCUGUGUGCUGGUUAAUGUUAACAUAUUUACCAACUUUUGACUGAAAAAAGUCAUAGACUUUGCAGAAAAUAUGAUAUUUAAAUAGUUUGUUAAGCCCUUAUUAAAGUAUUACAUUAGACAGUUUAGUUAGUUUUAAGUUUUAUUUUGGCAUGUGUUUCUCCAAAAAUGGAAAAAAACUGCAUUUACAUUGUCAAAACUAGUUUGGGGAUUAACUUUUCAUUGGCCUAUUGUCCCAAUUUCCCAAAAAUAACAGUAGGGGAAGCUUCCACUUAUCAUUGGAUUUUUACACAGCUGAGGUUUUCCUUAUUUUGUGCAACUGCUAUGUGCAAGGUCAUUGGAUUCUGCCCUUUUUUUAUUAGGUGGUCUAGUGGGGGAAGCAGGAGCUAUACAGUAUCUCACAAAUGUGAGUACAACCCUCACAGUUUUGUAAAUAUUUUAUUAUAUCUUUUCAUGUGACAAUAUAACUCAACACACAGCCAUUAAUGUCUAAACCAUUGGCAACAAAAGUGAGUACACCCCUAAGUGGAAUUGUCCAAAUUGGGCCAAAAGUGUCAAUAUUUUGUGGGGCCACCAUUAUUUUCUUGCACUGCCUUAACCCUCAUGAGCAUGGAGUUCACCAGAGCUUCACAGCUUGCCACUGGAGUCCCCUUCCAUUGCUCCAUAACAACAUCACGGAGCUGGUGGAUGUUAGAGACCUUGCACUUCCCUACCUUCCAUUUCAGAAUGCCCCACAGAUGCUCAAUAGGGUUUAGGUCUGGAGACAUGCUUGGCCAGUCCAUCACCUUUACCUUUAGCUUCUUUAGCAAUGUCAUUAUCAUGUUAGAAUACUGCCCUGCGGUGUAUUCUCCGAAGGGAGGGAAUCAUGCUCUGCUUCAGUAUGUCACAGUACAUGUUGGCAUUCAUGGUUACCUCAAUGAACUGUACCUCCCCAGUGCCGGCAGCACUCAUGCAUGUCCUGACCAUGACACUCCCACCACCAUGCUUAACUGUAGGCAAGACACACUUGUCUUUGUAAUCCUCACUUGGUUGCCACCACAGACUUGACACAAUCUGAACCAAUUAGUUGAUCUUGAUCUCAUCGGACCGCAUGACAUAGUUCCAGUAAUCCAUGUCCUAAGUCUGCUUGUCUUCAGCAAACUGUUUGCGGGCUUUCUUGUGCAUAAUUUUUAGGAGAGGCUUCCUUCUGGGAUGACAGCCAUGCAGACCAAUUUGAGGCAAUGUGCGGCAUAUGGUCUGAGCACUGACAGGCUGUCCCCCUACCCCUUCAAUCUCUGCAGCAAUGUUGACAGCACUCAUACGUCUAUUUCCCAGAUAACCUCUGGAUAUGACGCUGAGCACAUGCAUUCAACUUCUUUGGUCGACCUUGGCAAGGCCUGUUCUGAGUGGAACCUGUCCUGUGAAACUGCUGUAUGGUCUUGCCCACUGUGCUGCAGCUCAGUUCCUCAGGGUCUUGGCAAUCUUCUUAUAGCCUAGGCCAGACAUAGGCAACCUUCGGCACUACUGAUGUUGUGGAAUAUAUCCCCCAUAAUGCUCUUACACCCAUAAUGCUGACAAAGCAUCAUGGGAGGUGUAGUCCAAAACAUCUGGAGUGCCGAAGGUUGCCUAUGCCUGGCCUAUGCCAUUUUUAUGUAGAGCAACAAUUCUUUUUUUAGAUCUUCAGAGAGUCCUUUGCCAUGAGGUGCCAUGUUGAACUUCCAGUGACCAGUAUAAGAGAGUGUGAGAGCGAUAGCACCACAUUUAACACACCUGCUACCUUGUAACACUGAGUCACAUGACACCGAGGAGGAAAAAGGGCUAAUUGGGCCCAUUUUGGACAUUUCCACUAAGGGGUUUACUCACUUUUGUUGCCAACGGUUUAGACAUUAAUGGCUGUUUGUUGAGUUAUUUUGAGGGGACAGCAAAUUUACACUGUUAUACAGGCUGUACACUUACUACUUUACAUUGUAGCAUAGUGUCAUUUCUUCAGUGUUGUCACAUGAAAAGAUAUAAUAAAAUAUUUGCAAAAAUGUGAGGGGUGUACUCACUUUUGCGAGAUACUAUAUGUACCAAAUUUCAAAGUUUUCUCUACUCUGCUGCAUCUCCAAUGUCGUUAGUUUAGUGAAACUAGUUGCUAUGUUUUGGUCCAAAAUAGGUCAUAGUGGAUUAUAGCAGAAUUUUUUUUUCAAAAUACGAUAUUUUUCUCUUUAACAUUUAUCAAAUUUGGUUUACAGUUUUCUGUUUGGCAUACAGACCCCUCCAGGUUCCUCCCAUGACAUCAACGAGCGUUCAUAAUGGGGAAAAGAUGACAGUAAAAGCAUAAGUGAAGCUCAAUACCCAAUACCCUCAAUACCCUCUGUUCCUGUGCGUCCAACAUUUCUUGUUGCAAAUACUUGCUUGUUAGUCCACCUAUUGCACAGCGCUACAGAAUUUGUUGGCACUUUAUAAAUAAUAAAAAUAAUAAUACAGCCCAUCUCCACCUUGUAACACACCUGGAUUGUGCACACUGACAGACUGGCAGUACAAAUAAUCAGCAGAGACAGCUGACUAGCUAUAAAUGCUGCUCUCAGUGCAGUCACAUUUGGUCAUAUAGAUACAGCUAAUAAACAUAUAGGUUUUAUGUUGGUCUAUUAUAACUGAGUGUGUCUAUGAGAACUUAGCUGAUAUUUCUCAAAAAUAGAGAAAAUUAAACAAAAAACAAAUCCAUCCCUAUUUCAGCAUAUCUAAACACACAGACCUCAGGCAGCAUAUAUUUGAUCUACAUAUAGAAACACCUGCAAAAUAUUAUUAUUAUUAUUAUUAUUAUUGGCAUUUAUAUAGUGCCAACUUAUACUGCAGCACUUUAGAAUAUUAUUAUUAUUAUUAUUAUCGCCAUUUAUAUAGGGCCAACAGAUUCCGUAGCGCUUAUAAAGGGGACAUUUAACAAUAAAUGAGACCAUUACAAAAUGUUACAGGAACAAUAGAUUGAUGAGGACUAGGCUCAAAGAGCUUACAGUCUUAUUUGUCAUGUUUAAAAUCUGAAUGCACAAACAAACAAAAGAAGCAGUCUAAACUUCUAAACUUCAAUGCUUCCAUCAAAAACAUAGUUAAAUGAAUACCUCCAGCCAGUUAAGCAUCAUUUCCAAUAUGACUGAUUCUAUACCAAGAAACGAGGAACUAGCAGACACAGAAUAAAAGAUGUUAUGUGGGAUUGUGUUAAACACAUAGAGGAAGAAUAUGUUCUGCUUUAGACCAUUGUGAUUCUCUGUUCCAAUGAAAAGCCAGCAGUCUAACUGCUGCUGUCAACAAGGGGAAUAAGGGUAAUUAUAAAACGCCAGACAUUGUAGCAGCAAAUUAACCCCAGGAAUUAUAUGCAGCACCUAGUGUAAACAGGACUACAAACACAAGCCCAGUGCUUAUAAAUUCUGCACUUAAUGCUUCCAGCCAUAAAACCAGCACUGUUAGAUUAGAGUCAUGGAACUUAAAAUAUUGGUCUCAUGGCUUCUGUUAACUCAAAAUGCAUAACAUACUGUAAUGCUGUUUGUGACAUUGCUGUGAAACUGGAGGGGUGGUGAUAUUUAAACACAAGCCUGUGACCUGCUCAGCUUGUUUAAUGCACCUACAAAGAGGCCUAACAUUAAACAAUUAGAUAAUAGAGCGUUGCUUGCUGGGGAUUUAGGUGCAACAAUUAAGAAUUAAAUUAAGCGUCGUUGCCUGCCCCUUAUCACACGGUUCGGUACGAGCAACUUCAUCUGACGUCAGUAUUGAUUUCAAUUCGACUUGCUUUGUUUCAAUCUAUCUGCAACAAUAUUGGAUGUUAACCUUGUUUACUGCAAUUACACGUUUUGUACAAAAAUGAACGCCUAGUAUGAGUUGGUAAAACGAAUUGUAAAUUCUAACGAUGUUCGAUUCCUAUAUAUCACUGACACGUUUUGGAACGUCCAAUUCGGACCAAAUAAGCUGUUUUAACCAAUACGUGCAAAUUAUAACAGGAUACUUUUAUUUAUUUAUUUUCAUUUUAUUUUUUUCAUUCGACCACAUUUACUUCUUAAUCUACUUUUUGAUUAGGUAUUUACUGCAUUAGUAGAUGUGCUUUAUUUACACAACUCUGAAAAGACAUAAUGAUCGAAAGAAGAUACUGUUGUAUUUCAUUUUUUUUUUUUUACUGAUUUGUAAAUCAAUGUUAUUUUGGGCGAAUUUCACCCCAAUAAAUACCUUUUAGUAAAAAAUUUUAUUAAACAAAAAUUUAAUUUUUCAUUGGAAAUCAGUUGUCCCAAAAUUUGAAUGGCUGCAAAAAUUUCACAAAGCUAAUUUGUAUAUUCUGUGUCAGAUAAUAUUCAUUAGCGACCAAAACGUUGAAUGGUGAUGUCAAUCGAUGACGUCACAAUCAGACAGCAGACUGAACGAUAACAUCAUAAUAUAUAAUAUAUGUAUGGGCGAAGUGGGUAAAAUGUAUCUAGAAUAAUCUGAUUAGCCUUAUUUCGACAUGAUUUACUAAUAACUCACAGGGGAAAACGAAACAUCAAAUAUUACAUUUAUGUGCAUAUUUCUCUUGCUCAUACUUUCAUAUUGUAUCAUGCUUUCUUUUAACAGUUAGUUAUCAAAUCAAAUAUUUAGUUUGAGGAAGCUUCAUACAUUUGUCUUAGAAAAAUAUUUGAAAACUAUUCAACAUAAUAUUGUUACAAAAACAUUGUGCUAGCAACCGCAAUAGCAUUAUAAUUAGCUAUAUUGUCUGUUACAGUUUCUAUUUUAUCUGUUUUACUAAAUGUAACUAAAUCUGGACUCUGUGCCCAGGAUUUCAUUGUCCAGCUGUUUGGUUAUUGUCUGUGUUUGGGCAUAUUUUACAAAUGAGAGAUUCUCAGACCCCUUGUUACCAAUGCAGGAUUUCUCAGUAGAAUGGGAGCCAGAUCCGGCAAUGCAUGGGUUAAUGCCACUCUAGCUGGUUCAGGGGGAUUUGGAUUGAUCUGUUCAGAGCCAGGUUCUGACAUAAUUCCACUUUCCUGUGUGAUGUCUGCCCUCCAACCUGGAGACGUAUUGUUACUCUGUGCAAAGUGAUGGGGGCUGCUUGGCUUCAACAGAGGUUCUAGGAAACCUAGGGGGGAAACAUGGUUAUUAAGUUAAACAAAAUCAAUUUUAAUCAGCUAUUUCUUUCCUAAUGGAGAAUUUCCAUUUGUAAGUUCUACCAGAGCAAUCCAUUUCUUCUGCUUUCUGACUGCCAUCUGAGUAAAAUGUGGAACAAUAUGUACAUGAUUAUUAUUAUUUUUUAAAUGUGAUGUAAAAGCUGCAUCUAUCUAUCUAUCUAUCUAUCUAUCUAUCUAUCUUCCUAUCUUCCUAUCUAUCUAUCUAUCUAUCUAUCUAUCUAUCUAUCUAUCUAUCUAUCUAUCUAUCUAUCUAUCUUCCUAUCUAUCUAUCUAUCUAUCUAUCCAUCUAUCUAUAUAUCUAUCUAUCUAUUUAUCUAUCUUUCUAUCUAUCUAUCUAUCUAUCUAUCUCUAUCUCUCUCUGUCUGUCUGUCUAUCUCUGUCUAUCUAUCUAUCUAUCUAUCUAUCUCUAUCUCUCUGUCUGUCUGUCUAUCUCUGUCUGUCUAUCUAUCUAUCUAUCUAUCUAUCUAUCUAUCUAUCUAUCUAUCUAUCAUCUAUCUAUCUAUCUCUCUCUGUCUGUCUGUCUAUCUCUGUCUAUCUAUCUAUCUAUCUUCUUUCUCUUUUUUUCUCCACAUAUACCAAAAUAUCAAAUACCAUUUAAUAAUAUUGUGCAUUUUGUUAAUAAUAUAAAAUAUGUACUUGAUCCAGCUUACUGUCAUUGUAAUAGCUCUGCUAGCACCGUGGGGUGUCAGAACCAUUGUGCAUCUACCCCAAACCCCUAAAAUAAAGGACGUGUAUCUAGUGGACUCUUCUUGCCUUGUCUCUGUUUCAUUUCAAACAAUUGCCCCUCUUUUGUUCCCACCCCAGGUUCCCAAACUUGGAAUCAGAGCAGUCUGUGUUCACAUGGUAAGUGUUCAUCUUUAAGGACAGUAAGGUGAGAUAAAAACAUGUCUGUUUGUGCUUGGAGAAGGAAUUGAUGGUACAUACAUGGGCAUAUGCAGAGGUAUACAGAAAUACAUGCACCAAAAUGAGUCCCCAACAGCCUGUGAGUUUAGAAGUGACUGCAGGGCUUGAUUGUUACACAUUUUCCAGUCUGCAGGACAGAGAGGGCAAUAAACCUGGAUAAUUCUAAUCACAGGAAGCAGGGUGUUCGCUUUACACUGUAAAUUGGACUGAUUUGCCACCGAGCUGUUACACAAGUCCCUGGGGUGCCUCAAAACCAGGAAUGAAAAACAAGGGGACUCAUUUAGACUAUCCUACAUGUGUUAAAACAAGCCUUUUGCUUUUUAACAAACACAUAGUGCACAGUGCAAUACAGGAAGAGCUGGCUAAACAAAUACACAGGAGCACUCAUGCCUUUUUAUUGUAGGGCAAAUGGGAGCAGAAUGCUUUCUGGAGAUUGAUAGAACAGACAUAUUAAAUAAAUCUGUAUUGUAUAAAUGAAACACAUUGUCAAAAAAUAGCAGAAAGGUGUGUACAACCCACCCCCCAAUGUACGAUUCUCACCAUGUGUGCAAUUCUGUCCCUUACAACACCUGGGGAUUAAUUCGUUUUUUAUUUAUUUACUAUAUCUUAUAUCUUAGUGUAGUGCUUUAUGUGUUAGUGUAUUGUUUUAUGAUAUGGAGAAGAGAUUUAUAUUUUGGUUUAAAUGCAGUCGUGGUAUUCUAUAUUUAGGUGAAGUGUUUUAUAUUCGAGUGUAGUGUUUUGUUUUGGAGAAGUGCUUAAUAUAUUGUUGUGUUUUAAAUAAUUCAGGUGGGAUGUUUGUUUAAAUAUUUUAUAUCUUUUAUAUUUACCUAAAAUUUUUCUGUAAUUGUAUCAUUUAGGUACAUAUAUCUAUACACACACAUAACAUGGUUCAUAGUAUAUGUUUUAUAUAUAUAUAUAUAUAGAGAGAGAGAGAGAGAGAGAAAGAGAGAGAGAUAUGUUUUUUUUUAAUUUAGAUUUAGUGUAAUGAUGGUAGAUUAAAAGUUUUAUAUUUCGGUAUACUUUUUUAUAUUUACUUAUUGUAGUACUUCCCAAUCAGAUGAUAUGUUUGUGUAAAGUUUCAUAUUUAGUGUAAUAUUUUAUAUUUUGUAUUAUAUCUAAUACCAGUGUGUUAUGUAGAGGUUGAGUGCUGUAUAAGUUGGUAUAAAGGGUUAAUAUUUAAAUGGAGCUUUCCCCUGACAAGUAACUGAGUUGUACAAAUCAGGUUUUGGCAGGCCAGCUGUGACAAGGCAGAGGAGACUAGUUUGUAAAUAAAAAUAAAACCAAUAAAACACUGGGUAGUGGAACCUGACGUGAGUGAGACAAUGUACAAAUCAGAGAGAAAGCAAGUAAAUAAACAGAGAAACAGAUGGAUUGACAAAGUGAGAAUAGCUCAGACUGAAAAGGGCUACAGUCAUUCCGAAUGAGCAAAGGUGAGGGAGUAUAGGACCCACAGAGUACCAAGUAAACAGAGCAUGAGGUGUGAAGCUCUGGGCUGAGAUCCCUGAGAGAUUCCUUCCCAUCACAUCUGGCUAUCCUCUGUGUCUUUCAUCAAAGAAUGAGGCAUUUCUUGAAACCCUGUCUGUCCUCAGCUGCCUAAUAACAGACCCACGUUCAAUGCAUGGAGCUGUGUACCUUCACAUUCUAUGUUAACCUUAUUGUGACAUUCUCCUCAUUGUAUUCAAUACCAAAAAGGUAAAUAUAUGACUUGGAUUAGCCAGGUUACAGGCCCACAUUAAUAUCUUCCUUGCUUCUCCCUUUUUAUAUACUGACCUACUCAGCUCAGGCAACACAUUUAAAAUAUAUAUUUCACCCCCCAAAAAAUCAUAUAUAAAGAAUGUACAGCAAUUUAUUUAGUGGGCUCAGAUCUAGGGCAACCAUAUUACCUUUGAACAUAUUAUAUCAGCAUAAAACAUCUGGCUGAUAGGUGAAGGGUGACAGCUAUAACUUAAAUAUAUAAAUAAGCCUCACUGAAGUGUAUAUAUUCCCCUAUAACAUGCAUUGAGGUCUUCGUGUAAAUUGCUCCUUUCUAUCCAGAGAGGCUCACUUCUAGGUCACGGGUAUACUGGCAAAUAAAAUAAGUCUUUGUGUGUAUUUUCUCUGACUUGAAGCUAAUUCUGAGCCUCUGGCUUCAGCAAAGAGAGUCUGACAAGGUAUAAAUCAGGGCUAGGUGCCUAUCACUCAAUCUUUGCAUAAAUUAUGAACGUGGGCCUACAACCAGGCUAUCUGUCGUUAGAAUCGAGGUCCCAUAACCGUGUUUAUUGAUGGCUGCAGAGACACGUAAUACCAAGCAAGCUGGCACCCCCCCUCUCCACAUAACCUCUGCAAAUGGGGCAUUGGAGACACACUAACACAUCUAUGAUCAUGAUUCACACGGAAAAUGGAAAUUGUCUCCGUGUAUGUGUGUCUGUUCCUGUGUUCAUAUGUGUCUCAUGUCUGUUCAUAUGUGUGUGUGAUGACUGUUGUGUGUGUGUGUGUGUGUGCACAAACACAAAAAUACAUAUAUAUUUCAUAGGAUAUGGGAUUCCUCACCUCCUGUCUCUUUUAACUUUUGCAUGGCAUUUAAAAUAUUCCCUUUCUAUAAUUGCAAACCGCUGCGGAGUAUGUUGGCGCUAUAUAAAUACUAGCAAUAAGACUAAUAAAAUAAACGUAUUAGAGAACACACACACUAGCCUGAUUCAUAGAACAUAAUUUAUGAUACACACACACACACACACACAUACAUGCACACACACACAUACAUACAUGCACACACACAUACACAAACAAACACACACAAAUAUCAGUAUAUAUAAAGGUCAAUAAACAUGUGUGCACAUGUGUAUUUAUCAAUUCGAGUGUUCACAUAUGUUUCAAACACACCGCAUGUUAUAAAACCUAAUAACAGGACACAGUUCACUAUUUAGUAGAUUGGCCCUAAAGUGUUUCAGACUAACGUGAUUGCCUCUGAGUUAAACACACAUUUUCACCAUUUAUAGUACCAUGUUUUGGGGCUCUGUGGAGAUUAUUUGCAGAUUAUUUGUACAGAGAAGGUGAGUGCAAAUUUGUUUGGGGAAAAAAAGAAAUAGCAGCUAAUUUUGAUUCUUGCUAAGGGCAGGGGAUUCAUACUAACAUUUUCUGAAUUUUCUAAAAUUUUUAACAGUUUCUGAAUUCUGGUCAAUAUCAAACACAUGUUAGGCGCAAUGGUAUGGAUGGGGGUCUGUAUUAUUCUUAACUGCCAUUCUCAUCAUUCUCAGCCAACCGUAGUCUCAAGAAUUACAGUGCCAAAGAUUUGCUUUCACUGAUCUCUACGAAACACACACACUGUGGGGUUAAUUUACUAACCAGCGAGUUCGCAUUGUAACAGAUAGAUGAGCACAUCUGGAAUCUAAACUUCGAACUGAUAACACCAGGCAUGCAUUGCUCCCAAACGCGUGCACCUGAGUUGGGAGGGUCUGAGGAGAUGGCAUUUACUAGGCCCCUGAUACAAACCCGCAAGUUUCCUAUUCACUAAACACAGAGUUGCGAAGAGUUCACAGCCAACUUGCUAAAUAUAUGCUAGAAUGUUUAAAGUAAUUAGAAUAGAAUAUUUAAGUAAAAAAUAAAUAAAUAAUAAUAAUAAUAAUAAAAAAAUGAAUAUAACAUUAUUGCCAAUUUAUUAUAUAUAAUUUUUUGUCAUUGCUACUAUUCUGGCUAAAUGGUGCAAUCUGUUACCAACUAAGCCUAAAAAACUGUUAGAGCCCCAAUAUCUCCCUCACUAGCAGUGCUGCACUCUCUUGUACUGGCCUGCGUCAUUCAAGGGUUAAAGAACAUGACUCCCUAGUUCCCCUUAUACCAGGGACAUCUGGGCUUUUUUAGGUCAGAUUUUCACUCAGUUCCACACAUUUCCAUGUGUAAUCUCUGCUCAGUUUUGGGCGCCUUGUGGUUGGUGAGUGAUGACUCUGAUGCACCCAGAAUCUGAAACACUGUAUCCACUUUUAUUUCACUUCUCUGAGUUUUACUGUACAUCACGACGGAUCCAUAUUUAUCUUCUCCCAGACCCUUUAUAGUUUGAAGUGGACAAAAAAAAAAAAAAAAUUAGAAAAAAAAAAUAAUUGAACAAUGUAUCUCUCUCUCUCGAUGGGAUCAGCACUGAGGGCCGUGAGGAGAUCACAGGAGCAUCAUAAAUGGCAGGAGAAUGUGCUUCAUGAAAAGGAAAUCACGAUUGUUUCAGUACUCACAGCAUUUUUAGCAUCCUGCUUGCAAUCAGUCCUUAAACGAGCGAACAGAUCUGAUAUAUUGCACUCAUUAAGAAUUAUUGUAUUGUGGUUAAUAUAAAAAAAAAAAUACGUUUCACCUUAUUUUGCCUUUAUCAUUUUAUUUAGACUACACAUGGGGGCACGCUAUAGAUUUAGAUGGGCAACAGGCAGAUAGAUCUUUGCAACAUGUUCUAAAAAUCCCACAUUUGAUCUUUUCCUUCCACCUCUCACUAAGAUCAGUGCCCUUAUGCUACUGAUAAAACAAUGUUUAUACAUAUUUCAAGUAUCCAGUUUGAGUGGAUCAGUGUUUAUAAACACAUGUGCUGGCACUUGGGAACUUCAAGAUCAAAGGACUGAGCAAGAAAUAUGUUAUAUUCAAGUGUUUCACUAACUACACAAUGUGCUUUUUUUUUUUUUUUUUAAACACGUUAAAAAUUCUAUAAUUCUAUGUUAUAUGGGUCCCCACCCCAACACCUUACAGACAUUAGACUAAGUACAGAGCUACCAAGACCUCUGGUUAACCUUUCCUGCAGGCUGAGAUCUGCAUACAUAGUACAGAAUCGCUAUAUCACUAAAUUGAUUCUCAAUUGCAAGAUCUGUCAAUAUUAGAAGGGGGGGGGGAUCUACGUUGGUAACUUGUGUUUUUUUAAUCUCUCUUACUAGUGUAUUGAAGCAAUAUCUCCUAAUCUCCAGAGAGGCAUCGAUUGCAUGUGAUAUGGGAGCUGUUUAUUCGAUGCGGUCUGUGUAAUAUUCACACAAACAAGAUCUGUAAUAUACCCAGGUGGUCAGUUAAAAGUGAAAAAAUAUAACUCACCCUACACUGUUUUAACCUAUUGGUCCCAGUUCUGUAAUUCUGUCAGGAGGUAAGAAAGGACUGGCUUUCUGUUACACAAAAAUUAACCCCAUCGCUGCUAAACAGGGGUUAAAUAUAUUUAAUUAAUUAACGAUGAAGGUAAUUGGGGAGUAAAAGGGUUGAGAUAGAUAGAAACCAAAAACAUACAUAAAAAUAUAUAGAUGUGUGUAUGUACACAUAUACGUAAAAGUAUAUUUAGAAGUAUGUAUAUGUACGUGCACAUUGAAAUAUAUACACAUACAUAUAAAAAUAUUCUCACAUAGAUAUUUUUUAGAUAUUUAUAUAUGUAUAUAUUUAUCAUACACAUAUGCAUAUUGUUUAUAUAUAUAGAAAGUAUUUAUUGUUAUAAAUAUUGAAGAUUAUUCUGUACCUUACAAAAUGGACAUUUAUAUACCUACAGAUAUACUGUACAGUAAGUCCCCACUGUAGUAUAUCCCACAAGGUUUUAAUUAUACAUUCAGGAUAAUUUUCCAAAGCAAUAUCUUCUACAAUAGACUCUUGUAAGUGUGAUCUACAUGUGCAAUAUUGGGUUAAAUACAAACAGUGUAGAUUAUACAUUGAUUUGUUUGGGAAUAUUAGCUCUUUCACUAUAUAAUAUCGUGCUCUGUAAUGGAACUUAACUCUUUAGUAGAUCUUCCCUGAUCUCCAGGUGUUUUUGACCCUCAAUCUCUCGAUCAUUAUUCUCCUAAACUACCUGUGAUAAGCACAAAUUGACAUCAGUGACAUUGUAUUUACAAGAUUAGUAUUAACUCAACUGUUGUUGACGGAACAACUCAGUGUUUUGCAUUUAUUUACAAACAGAUUAUACAUUUUUACCAGCAUGUUUACAUACGCAUCAUGAAUAAAUUAUCUAAAACAUAUAAAUUUUUACUUAAAUUAUGCUAAUUAAUAGUAACACAUAUAUGACACUUUUUAAAAUAAAAUUAUAUUUCUACUAACAUAUUAACUGCAAAUACUUUUAUCUCUCUCUCUAUAUAUGCUCUAUAUAAAAUAUACUGAUAUUGUUUAUGUAUAUAUAUAUAUAUAUAUAUAUAUAUAUACAUUACAAUUAACUCUAUAUUUCACAAUUAAUGCUAUCCAAAAUACAUGUUAAGUGAUAUUUAGAAUCUAUGGAUUUAUGCUUAUUUCUAAAUAUCUACAUGUCUAUUUACAUAUUUAUAAAAACAAAAACACAAACUGUAUAUCUAAAUAAACCUUUGAAAAUAAGAGUAGCUCCUUUAAAGUUGCUAUAUAUUGAUUUACGUUCCCAUCUGGUGAGUUAUAUUAUGUUUCCAUUUUGUGUGUUUAUCAUAAGUACAAGAUGCAUUCCCCAUGUAAAAUAAAUGUCAUUGUUUACCUCUUGACAUACGCACCUUCGGUUUUGUCAUUAAAUCUAUAUAUAAAUAAGGAACCUUGCAAUGCAGGAGGAUGUCACAGCAAAGUGAGGAGCUGGGAUUCAGUGUCCCCAGACCCUCAGCACUGCAGAGUUCAUGAACUGAGGAGCUAUUGUCAGGGAACCAGGAAGAAAUGAGAAAAAAAAAGAAGUACAAUAUAAAUUCAAAUUUCUACUGAGCUGCAUAUGGAGGAGGAAAGGACAGCUUUGUUUUAGUUUUAUUUAUUUAUUUUUUUUAAAAAUUGGAAAACAAGAGAAAAAAAAAACACAAAUAUUUUUUUUUUUUCUAGCAUAAAAAUGAAACAUCAAAUUACUUUGCCUCUGGCUCCCAUUUUCCCUUCUACAUUAUAACUAGUUAUUGAACUAGCUACGAGAUCUAAAGGCCAUUUGUGCGGAGACAGAUUUCAACUGAGUUUAGUCAUCAAUAUUCUUUGGCAGUGACCUAUUGGUACAAGUCAAACAGCCGAGGUGAAAUUCGGGUCACGCUGUCUAACCAGUAUUAAAAUGCGUGCACUUUCAACAAAAAAAAGCCACUUUAAGCGAGAUUUAAACAGAAUUGAAUCCCACUAUGGGAGUGGAAUCAUCUCUUGUAUUCUCCAUACUGAACGCACAAUGCAUUUUUAAUUUUAAGUAAAGGGAGAGGCAGGCGUAUUUGCAAAAUUACUAUUUAUUGAGCAGGAGGAAAAAAAAUAAGAACAUAGAAGAUUAAAAAGAAGCACCGAAUUACUUAUAGAUCUUACAAUAUUCAUCUCUUACUAAUUUCAUUAAGAAUGAGCUAAUUUAGUUUAUUUACAGGCAGCUAUACAUGAUAUAUAAAAAUGAUCUAUCUAUCUAUCUAUCAUCUAUCUUUGUGUGUAUGUAUGUAUAAAUUAAUGUAUUGAUAUACAGACAUUUAUAUAUAUUCUCAGAUAUAUUACAUUUUGAACAUGCAUCUUUGUGGUAUAUAUGUACGUAUGUGUAGAGUUAAUUGUAUGGCACAGAACACACACACACACAGAACACACACACACACACACACACACACACACGUAUGAGUGUGGUUGUAUGGAUAUACACACACAUAUACAUGUUCUCUUAUAUAUGCAUGAAGUAUGUAUGUAAGUAGAUAUGGAUACACACAUGCAUAUUGAAAUAAUUUGAAUAUUUAAAUACAUAUUAUUAAAUAUACCAGAUAUUUUGCACACAUGCUCUCUCCCUGUAUUUUGCCCAUGUUCUAUGUGAGCUGAUAGUAUGUGUCCCAUGCAAUGCAGCUCUGGGUGUACUAAGCAGGGUGUGAAGCAGUAACUAGCAAGGAACAGGAAAGGUCAGGCUUGUAUUAGUGGGAGAGAAUCGAGCUGAGAUCUGUUUUCUUGUUAUACAAAGCAGAUAGAAGGUAGUUCAUUUUUCCUGCAUGCACAGAUUGCUAAUGGCGUGAGUUGCAGGUUAGCAAAACGGUCAGUAUGGUAAUAGCACCUCCAAUGAACCCUGGGGGACAAUGGCUGGUUAUUUUUCUUCAGAACUGUCAAAAAAAGACGCUUUGUACUUCCAAUGUUUCAGUAACUCCACAGUCAGAUAUUUUCCACCUCUUUAGGCAGCACAAAAAGGCAGAUGAUCUGCACUCACAAUAUGCUGGGAUUCUAUCUAACUCCAAAAUGUUUCCCCUUCCUCCCCAUCCGAACCUCGUGCAACGUUGGCCCAAUCUAUUUUAUAAACUCUGUCCGCAGAAAUUCCACCAGAAAAACAUUCACUUAAAAAAAAACUCAAGACAAAAAAAUAAAUAAAUAAUAAAAAAAUCAUAUAAAAUAUACUUGGCAUAAAAAUCGUAAUCCGAGCUGCAGAACCAUUAUUGAGAUCUGGUAUAUUUUGUAAUAAAUUAAGAAUUGUUGAGAAAGUAAAUUUAAAAGUUUUGAGAGAAAUCACAGAAUAUUCUUCUUUGUUUUUGUUUUUUUAAAAAUAGAUUAAAUAGAGAUUUGGCUGGUGAUUCUAAAGGAUUAUUAUAAACCAGUUGGAAUAACACUUACAAAAAAAAAUUAUAGUUAAUACAUUUCAGUUUCGAUUUAAAAUGUAUUAUCCAUAGGUUAGACAUUGUAUAUUUAGAACAUACAAAUUACAGGGCUCCCUCCAAGUUAUGACUGUACUGAAUAGUGCAUAUUACAUUGGUAUCAACCCUCCAGCAGUGAAUAGGUUAAAAUGCAAAUCCCUGAAUAUACUUAAAAGUCUCUGAGUGAUUGGUGAAUUCAUUAUAUUAACCCUAAACACUUAUUAAUGAAUAAUCAGCUCUGAUAAGGCCUCAUAACACCAGGGUUGCAUUAGAAUACACUUUGACAUUUUCAAAUAAUAUAAAUCAGGAAACAAAGACAUUUUAAAAGUUAUAAAAAAAAAAAGUAAAAUAAAGCACAACAUUUGCCUUUCCUUCGUUGUGUUACAAAGUACAUGCGAUUUAUAAUCAGUGCACUAACAUGAUUUAGUGUCAUUAAUGUGAUCUGUGCGAUAGCUGAUCCCUUAUCUGUAUUUGAUAUUUCACACAGGGUUUAUUGCCCAUAUUAGUAUUUGAUAAUGGACUUUUACGUCCAUGGGAUCUGUACAAACAUUUAAUUCUCUAAUGCAAACACAGGCACAGCCAGUAGGCUCUGAAUCUCACUGUAAAUAAUAUUUAAACAUAAAAAAGCACGUGUUUGGGGAUGGAAGGGGGGAGGAGAAGGGGGGUAAUGCACAGGUUAUCAGUGCUCCUUGAAUAGCUUUUUACAUAAUAAAUCCCAAACUAUGGGAUUGAAAUUCCAGGCACAUUACAAGCCUGCAAGUUGCCUUGUUUAUGCAAGCACACUACAAUUGGUGCUUAGGAAAUACAAAUGCAAUAGUAGCUCACUGACUCCAGUGGUUUCAACAUCUGGUUAGAGUUUUUCCUUCAUAACUAAACUGUUUGAUAAUGGCUCUUUUAAUUUAGGGUAAUUUUACAGCCCCCCAUCAGAGUUCUGGAUAGCAAUAAGGCGCUUAUAUGCACCCUGUAGAAUCGAAUUUGUGUGGGGAUAGCUGUCACAGAUUCGUCUCUAGGGGGGUAUAUGGGUGAUGCUAAGCACUUCGAUUGCACUUUCUGUCUCGACUCUUAGAUAUAUAUUGUGAAAUCCCUGGCGUUUAAUAUGCCAUUAUAUUUAGUAGCUAUUUAAAGUGGUUACAAUGACACAGCCUGUUUUAAUCAUUCCUCACUUUGUUUUGAAUUGGUGCUUGUGUGUGUAGUGGGAGAGGGAGGGGGGGCAAUGGAGGGGUUGGUGGUGGAAGGGGGGGGUGGGGGGGUGGUAGCAAGGGGUGGAUUGAAGGUGUAGAUUAAAUAAUCAUAAAAUAACACAUUAUUACAUUUCCUAUAAAGAUGAAACAGUCAUCGUAGAGAACAAGCCCCAACCAGCACACACAGACUCUAAACCAUUCCUUCUGCUUGAUUUAUGGCUUUUUACUGCCCUAUAAAAACUGUUACAACGAACCUAAAGCCUGAAACUUCACUGGCACAUUUAGUCCAAUAAAUAAAACAUAAACAGCUAAGUUUAUGUGUCACUUUUAUUGUUAUCAAGUAAAAUAUUGCAUUGCCCUGCGAGCUAUGAUUCUAUGCUAUAAUUGUUAUCAGGCAGAACAAGGGAGCAAUGUGAUUUUUUUCACUCCCAUUUUUAAUGCCUAAUCUAAGCUCUUGAUAAAAUACCUAAUUGUAAUAGCUAUUUGCUUCCAAAUGUUUACAUCAAUUCCCAGGGUUGUUUUUUUUGAGGACUAUAUUAUCUGCUGAAAGUGGGAUGUGUGAAUUAGAUCCAUCGUUGAAAUACCAAGGGUCCCUCUACAGCCAUUUUUACCCACUUAAAGAAAAAGCACGAUGCUUAUUUUUUUAGAAAUUAAAAUGACAUGGUUGGAGCAGGUCCAUAAUCCAGAGUAAUCCUGUCUUCAUCCCUGCUUCUAAUAUCUUCAUCUCAGUUUCAGGCUGAUUCUUAGAUAUGGAUCAAACAGCAGCAGGGCAAAAACAAGCAUCCAGAUUAACACCCACAUGGACAUCUAGGCUCUCUCUGAAACACUAUUACAGCAGCUUUAUUGCUCCACUCUGAUUUCCUUGGGUUUUAAAUGCAUUUUGUGCCUGUUGUGAAUUUUGUGACAAAUUCAGGAUUAAAAAAAUCCUUUCUUUUUUUUUUCUUUUCCAGUGUGA